CUGAGCAGUUGGAGCAUUCCCAGCCUUGCCUCGGGUGUAGGGAUUGCUUGGAGAAAAGCAAAACUACACGGAUUCCAACCUGUGUAGUUUUGUUUUUUGGGAAUAUUCUCGAGGCUCAACCGUUCUCACAUUGGAUUUUGGAAAACAUUUCUGGAUAAGGAGUUUGUUUCAGAAGACUAACACCCCUUUGGGCUCCGUCCCCACAGUUCAAGGCACUCUUGUGGAUACAAGGUGCCCACCAUCAUGACAACACAGGCGCCAACGUUUACACAACCGCUUCAGAGCGUUGUGGCACUUGAGGGUAGUGCCGCAACGUUCGAAGCCCAAGUUAGUGGUAAUCCAGUUCCUGAGGUGAGCUGGUUUCGUGAUGGCCAGGUUCUUUCUGCUGCCGCUCUGCCCGGCGCUCAGAUCUCGUUCAGCGAAGGCCGCGCUGUUCUGAGGAUCCCCGCCGUGACAGCCGCACACAGCGGAAGGUUUUCUGUGAGAGCCACCAAUGGCGCUGGACAAGCCACUAGCACUGCUGAACUCCUGGUUACAGCGGAAACAGCGCCACCCAACUUUAUUCAGAGACUCCAAAGCAUGACAGUGAGACAAGGAAGCAAAGUGAGACUGGAUGUCCGUGUGACAGGAAUCCCUACACCUGUGGUGAAGUUUUACAGAGAGGGAGCUGAGAUUCAGAGCUCCGCUGACUUUCAGAUUAUUCAAGAUGGAGACCAUUACAGUUUGUUGAUUGCUGAGGCUUUUCCUGAAGACUCUGGUACAUACUCAGUUAGUGCCUCUAACAGCAGCGGACGUGCCACUUCAACUGCAGAACUACUGGUUCAAGGUGAAGAGGAAGCUGUGCCUGCUAAGAAAAUUAAGACAGUCAUUUCAAGCUCUCAGAUGUCAAAAACCCGCCAAACCAGAAUAGAAAAGAAAAUGGAAGCUCGCGUCGAGGCCGGGUCCAUGCAGAUGCAAGUGGAAGGCGGUGUUCUGAUUCAACAGAUGGCACACAAGACUCCACCACGUGUGCCACCCAAACCAACCUCCAAGUCUCCUCCAUCCCUUGUGACUAGAGUUUCAGCUACUCGUCAACAGUCACCUUCUCCUGUGAGGCAUGUGAAGGCACCCACGCCAACUCCUGUCAGAACCGUGUCUCCCUCCACAAGACUGUCCGUAUCACCCAUCAGACCUGUCAAGUCCCCGGUGAUGACCCGCAAACAGAUUACAGUGAGCACAGAGGUCUUGCCUCCGUGGAAACAGGCGGGUUAUGUGUCUGAGUCCAGCUAUGUAGCCAGCAUGGCAGCUAGAGCUACACAGGUUCAAACCACUACUCAGGUCCACAUGGAGAAGCGUUGGGAAGGCUCCAUCGCCAUGCAGCAACAAGUCAGCGGUGUCGCUGUCAAAGAGGGUGUUGAGAAAAAGGCUGGAGCUGUGGCUACAGUGCUUGCUGCGGUGGAUCAAGCACGUGUACGAAAACCUGUGCAUGUUGAGAGUGCUUUGGCUGAAGAGGAAAUCGACAUAAAGCAGCUAAGUGCUAAGCAACAGGCUGCAAGUAAAAUGGAGGUGUUGCAAAUUCCCAGUGAUAUACUGAGCACUUCCACCGAGCAGACCGUUCAUGUCAGCCAGAUCCAAAGAACUACUGAGGUUAAGGCCCAGGUGGAUACUGGCCUUGCCCCAUCCCCAGUUCCUCAUUUCACAGUUUCAAAAGUUACUGUUCCUAAACCUGAACAUAGUUAUGAGGUCUCAAUAGCUGGCUCUGCUAUUGCCACACUACAGAAAGAGUUGUCUUCUACUCAUACUGCUCAAAAGAUCAUCAAGCCUGUCAAGCCUCCAACUUAUAAGAUUGUGGAGACAAGACUGACUCCAGAACCCACCCCUCCUCCAUUUAGAGAUGCCACCGAGCAAUAUCAGUCGCAUUUCGACACAGAGUUACAGAGACAGAUAGGUGCUUCGUAUACAGGGGAAUGGGAGACACAGGUUCUUGAAAUAGCUGCAGUUCCCUCAGCUGCCAAGGAGCCAAGUAUUCCUCCAACUCUUGUUGCUGGCUUGAAGAACCUGACUGUUACUGAGGGAGAGUCUGUGACUCUGGAGUGCCAGAUCUCAGGCCACCCCACACCGGGCAUUAUAUGGUUCAGAGAGGACUACAGGAUUGAGAGCUCCAUUGACUUCCAGAUCACAUAUGAGCAAGGAUAUGCACGUUUAGUGAUCCGUGAGGCUUUUGCUGAGGAUAGUGGACGUUUCACUUGUACUGCUACAAAUGAGGCUGGAACUAUCAGCACCUCCUGCUACCUGCUUGUUAAAGUGUCCGAGGAGAUCGAGACCCGAGCAGAGAUUACUAUGGAGAAACAGGCUGUUUUUCAAACGAAAGAAGUGGCUACGUCCGAAGUCAGAGUUGUCUCUGAGACCGUGGAAGCUGGACCAGCUGCAGCUCCGUUCUUUGUGAGGAAGCUAGUUUCACAGAAACUUGUGGAAGGUGGCAGUAUUGUGUUUGUUUGCCAGAUUGGAGGCAGCCCAAAACCUCACAUCUACUGGAAGAAGAAUGGUGUCCUGCUCACAUCAGGAUACAGAUAUCGCAUAAGUUACAAUAAGGACACAGGAGAAUGCAAAUUGGAAAUCUCCAUGACAUUUGCUGAUGAUGCUGGAGAAUAUACUGUCUCUGCCAAGAACCAGCAUGGAGAGGUAUCUACCUCUGCAAGACUUCUUGAGGAAGAGGAAUAUGAAGCUUAUAUGAAAACGCUGGAUGUGACAUACAAAACAGAAGUGACCACUACAGUGGUUCAAGAGCCCAAGGUGGCGGACGUGCCCCCUGUGUUCAUAAGUGAACACGAAAUGCAGAGAAGGAUGGCUCAACAAGCACACAUGAUGACAUUCAUAUCAGAGAGGGAAUUCCAAAUCUCUGCUAUUGAGCAGAAAAUCAUUCAAGAGAUUGAGGUCAGGAUCCUAAAGAUUACAUAUCGUGAACUGGUGAUUGAGGAUGGAGAAGAAAUGCUGUUGAGUGCAGCUGAGCAUGAGGCAAUAGCAUCCUCUUUCAGCACACCUGUCAAAAGCUACAGAAUCAUGGAGGGAAUGGGUGUGACAUUCCACUGCAAAAUGGAAGGAAAUCCCUUGCCAAAGAUUGCCUGGUAUAAAGAUGGCAAGCGCAUCAUGCAUGGAGGCCGUUAUCAGAUGGAGGUUCUUCAGGAUGGUAGAGCCACUCUGCGUCUUCCUGUGGUGCUGCCAGAAGAUGAGGGAGUUUACACAGCAUUAGCUAGUAACAUGAAGGGUAAUGCUGUCAGCUCUGGAAAACUCUAUGUGGAAUCCACAGCUGCUGCUCAGCCUUUUUAUCCUCAGACAGAAGCAAUGAGGAGAGUACAGUCUGAAUCCCCCAUGUCUGCACGCUCCAUUAGCCUCUCCCCUGGACGUUCCCCAGCACGUUCUGUUAGCCGUUCUCCUGCUCGCAGACUGGAUGAGACAGAUGAGACCCAGCUGGAAAGGCUUUACAAACCUGUGUUUGUCAUGAAACCAUCAUCUUUCAGGUGUGCUGAAGGGCAGACUGCAAGAUUUGAUUUGAAAGUUGUUGGAAGGCCCAUGCCCGACACUUUCUGGUUCCAUAAUGGCCAACAAGUGGUGAAUGACUACACCCACAAGAUUGUGGUAAAGGAGGAUGGAACGCAGUCAAUGAUUGUGGUUCCUGCUAUGCCUCAUGACUCUGGAGAAUGGACAGUUGUUGCUCAGAAUAGGGCCGGAAAAACUACUGUUUCUAUGACUCUAACUGUAGAAGCUAAGGAAAACUUGAUUAGACCACAGUUCAUCGAAAAGCUAAAGAAUGUCAGUGUCAAGGAAGGAACCUUGGUUGAGUUGGCUGUCAAAGCCAUUGGAAAUCCACUCCCUGACAUUGUCUGGUUGAAAAACAGUGACAUCGUCUCUCCUCAUAAGUACCCAAACAUUAAGAUUGAGGGAACCAAGGGGGAAGCACAUUUCAAAAUCCCCCAAACUACUGGUUCUGAUAGUGCAUGGUACACAGCUACUGCAAUCAAUAAAGCUGGACGGGAUACCACGCGCUGCCGUGUCAACGUUGAGGUGGAGUUCACUGAACCUGUACCAGAAAGAAGACUCAUUAUUCCUAAGGGAACUUACAAAGCUAAGGAAAUUGCUUCACCAGAGUUGGAGCCGCUGCAUCUCCGCUAUGGUCAGGAACAAUGGGAGGAGGGUGACCUUUACGACAAGGAGAAGCAGCAGAAGCCUCACUUCAAAAAGAAAUUGACCUCAGUAAGACUCAAGCGUUUUGGUCUUGUACAUUUUGACUGCAGACUCACCCCUAUUGGCGAUCCCACAAUGGUUGUUGAGUGGCUGCAUGAUGGCAAGCCCCUGGAAGCUGCUAACAGGUUACGCAUGAUUAAUGAGUUUGGUUACUGCAGUCUGGACUAUGAAGUUGCAUAUUCCAGAGACAGUGGUGUCAUCACAUGCAGAGCUACCAACAAAUUUGGUGUUGACCAGACCUCAGCCACCCUGAUUGUGAAAGAUGAGAAGGGUCUUGUUGAGGAAAGUCAGUUGCCUGAGAGUAGGAGGGGACCGAGAUUAGAUGAAUUAGAGCGCAUUGCUCAUGAGGGAGCUCCUGCUGGAGUUACUGCAGAUGAAAUCGCUGAAAAAACUAAGCCUGAGAUUGUCCUCCUUCCAGAGCCCAUUAGAGUACUGGAGGGGGAAACUGCUAAAUUCCGUUGCAGAGUAACUGGAUACCCAACCCCAAAAGUCAACUGGUACCUGAAUGGACAGCUUAUUCGCAAGAGCAAAAGAUUCAGGUUACUGUUUGAUGGCAUUCACUACCUUGAGAUUGUGGACUGCAAGUCUUAUGAUUCAGGAGAUGUCAAAGUAUUGGCAGAAAACCCUGAGGGCACUGCAGAAAACACUGUGAAGCUAGAGAUCAAACAGAAGGAGGAUUUCAGGUCAAUCCUGCGACGUGCUCCUGAGAUUAAGGCUCCAGAAGGUCCUGGUCCUGAGCAUGGCAGAGUAUCUUUUGAUGUUGUGAAGGUGGAUAAACCUGCUGAGACCACACAAGCCAAAGAGGUUGUCAAGCUAAGGAGGGCUGAGAGAGUUAUUCAUGAGAAGUCUACAGAAGAGACAGAGGAAUUAAGAAGCAAAUUCAAACGCAGAACUGAAGAAGGCUACUAUGAGGCCAUUUCCUCAGUGGAGUUUAAAUCUCGCAAGAAAGAUGAGUCCUAUGAAGAUAUGCUGAGGAAAAGAAAGGAGGAGCUUCUGCACUGGACUAAGGAGAUAACUGAAGCUGAGAAGAAGAAGAUGGAAGAGGAAGGCAAACUUACCAUUCCUACCAUCAAGCCUGAGAAAAUAACUCUUUCCCCCAGCAUGGAGGCACCGAAGAUCUUGGAACGUAUUCAGAGCCAGACUGUCACCCUGGGUGAUGAAGUACGCUUCCGUUGCAGAGUUAUUGGUAAACCAGAUCCAGAAUGCCAAUGGUUCAAGAAUGGAAUCUUGCUGGAAAAAUCAGACCGAAUUUAUUGGUACUGGCCUGAGGACCAUGUCUGUGAACUGGUUGUUAGAGAUGUCUCAGCUGAAGACUCAGCUAGCAUUAUGGUAAAAGCCAUUAACAUUGCAGGAGAGACUUCAAGCCAUGCCUUCUUGCUGGUGCAAGCCAAGCAAGUUAUAACCUUCACACAACAAAUAGAGGAUUUAUAUGCCAAAGAAAAGGACAACAUGGUAACCUUUGAAUGUGAGACAAACGAGCCUUUUAUCAAGGUGAAAUGGAUGAAAAACAAUGCUGAGAUAUUCUCUGGGGAUAAAUACAGGAUGCACUCUGACAGAAAAGUGCAUUUCCUAUCUGUCCUGGUUAUCAACAUGGAUGAUGAUGCUGAAUACACUUGUGCUGUUGUUGAGGAUGACCACAUAAGAACAUCAGCCAGACUUCAUGUUGAAGGUGCACCACUUGAAAUUGUGAAGAAUUUGGAAAGUAUUGAAGUACCAGAGUCAUAUUCAGGGGAGUUUGAGUGUGAACUGUCCCGUGAGGAUUCUGAAGGCAUCUGGUACUUUGAAAACAAAGAGAUCACCCAAGGCACAAAGUAUGUUAUGUUUUCUCGCCGUGGAAGACACAGCCUGUGUGUCAAGGAUGUCAAGAAAGAGGACCAAGGCAAAUACACUUUCAAAGUGGGUGAUCUAAAGACAAGUGCUUCUCUGAAGAUGAAAUUGCGCCCAAUUACACUGAUGCAAGGCCUUUCUGACUUAACCGUCUGUGAAGGUGAUAUUGCUCAGCUGGAGGUGCGAUUCUCUCAGGAGAAUGUGGAGGGAACUUGGGUAAAGAAUGGUGUACCCAUCUCUGCUACUGAUAGGAUUCAUAUUGUUAUUGACAAACUGGUACACAAACUCCUUAUUGAAAACGCCACCAAAGAUGAUGCUGGAAUGUACACCUUCAAUGUUUCUUCUCAUCUCAUUUCCACAUCAGGAAAGCUAACUGUUCAAACUAUUAGUAUUGUAACACCUCUAAAGGAUGUUAGCACAAUUGAAGGCACGAAGGCUGUGCUAGAAGCCAAAAUUUCAGCUUCUGAUGUGAGCUCAGUGAAAUGGUACCAUAAUGACAAGCUUGUGACUGCUAGUGACAGAAUCCAGGUUGUGGCUAAGGGCUCCAAACAACGACUAGUACUGAACCGGGCAUAUGCUUCUGAUGAAGGACGGUAUAAACUGGUUGUUGGCAGAGUUGAUUCAUCAUGCAAGCUAACUGUUGAGAAGAUCAGUAUCGUAAAGCACACGGAGGACCGUGUGUGCACUGAGACCCAGAAUGUCACAUUUGAGGUUGAGCUCUCUCACCCUGGCAUUGAUGCUCUCUGGACUUUUAAGAGUCAACUUCUGAAGGCUGGUCCCAAGUACAAAAUUGAAUCUAAGGGCACAAAGUAUAGUCUCACUGUUCUCAAUGCCAUGAAAGAUGAGGAAGGCCCUUAUGUGUUUUCAGCUGGUGAAAAGACUUCAAGCGCCACACUUACAGUAUCAGGUGGUGCCAUAAACAAACCGCUACAGGAUGUAACUGUUGCAGAGUCCCAGACAGCUGUGUUGGAGUGCGAAGUUGCCAGCUCAUCUGCUGAGGGAAAAUGGCUUAAGGAUGGACAACAUGUUGACUUCAAUGAUAAUGUCAGGAGUGAACAUAUCGGUGCUGUAAGACGACUUGUCAUUGUCAUCUCAAGACCUCAAGAUAUUGGAGAGUACACAUACCAGGUGGCAAACUCUAAGACCUCAGCUAACCUGAGAGUUGAAGCUGUAAAGGUCAAGAAGACACUAAAGAACCAAACUGUCACUGAGACGCAAGAGGCCGUGUUCAGUAUUGAACUCACUCAUUUGGACGUGAAAGGGUCCCAAUGGAUCAAGAACGGAGUUGAAAUUCUUCCGAGUGACAAAUAUGAAAUCACAGUAGACGGCAUGGUUCACACCCUGAAGAUUAAGAAUUGUAACACUCAGGAUGAAUCAGUUUAUGGAUUCAAACUCGGAAAACUCAAUGCUAACGCAAGACUCAUUGUUGAGACAAUUAAAAUUGUGAAGAAGCCAAAAGAUGUGACUUCCCUGCUAAAUUCUACUGCUUCCUUUGAGUUAAGCAUAUCCCAUGAUAAUGUUCCUGUUAAAUGGAUGUUCAAAAACCAAGAGCUUCAGCCAAGUGCAAAUAUCCAAAUCCUUUCAGAGAGGAAAGCUCACAAGCUGGUCAUUUCCAAUGUUGAAGAAAACAUGGAAGGAGAAUACACAGCUAUAUUGGGACAUGUGCAGUGCAGUGCAUUUUUACAUGUUGAGUCCUUGAGGGUUACAAAGCCCAUGAAGGAUAUUGAGAUUCCAGAGACUCAGGUGGCCACAUUCGAAUGUGAAGUUUCGCAUUUUAAUGUCCCGUCCACCUGGCUGAAAAAUGGAGUUGAGAUUGAAAUGAGUGAGAAGUUCAGAAUAGUGGUGCAGGGCAAGCUCCACCAACUGAAGAUCAUGAACACCAGCAGAGAUGAUACUGCAGAGUACACAUUUGUCUGUGGAAAUGACCGAGUCUCAGCCACACUGACUGUUAGCCCUUUACUCAUCACCUCCAUGCUCAAAGACCUUAAUGCUCAAGAGAAGGACACCAUUACAUUUGAAGUGACUGUUAAUUAUGAGGGCAUCACCUACAAAUGGCUGAAGAAUGGUGUAGAGAUUAGAUCCACUGACAGAUGCCAGACUCGUUCGAGACAGCUUACUCACUCUCUCACUAUCCGCAAUGUGCACUUUGGGGAUAGUGCAGAGUACACGUUUGCGGCAGGAUCUGCUCAGACAUCAGCAAAGCUGUUCGUUGAGGCUCGUGUGAUUGAGUUUACAAAACACAUAAAAGAUAUCAAGGUGACCGAGAAGAAAAAGGCCAUCUUUGAAUGUGAGCUCUCCGAGCCCAACGUUCAAGUCACAUGGAUGAAAAAUGGGCAGGAACUUGAGAUAUCCGAAAGGUUCAAGGUUUCAACAGAAAAAUACAUUCAGCGUUUAAUGAUACAGACUGUUCGCAUGUCUGAUGCUGGUGAAUACUCAGUGGUUGCUGGGUCAAGCAUAUCCAAGGCUCAGCUCACAGUAGAGGGCAAAGAUGUCCGCAUUACUGAACCUGUUGAGAAAGAAAUAACGGUGCUUGAGAAGCAGAGAGCUACAUUGGAAUUUGAAGUCAACGAGGAUGACAUCGAUGGACGCUGGCUCAGAAAUGGUGUUGAAAUUCAGUUCACACUUGAUAAGCGUUAUAACUAUGUGACCAUUAGAAAAAUUCAUCGCUUGACAAUCACUGAAACCUGGAGGAGUGAUGCUGGAGAAUACACUUUCAUUGCUGGGAAGAACAGGAGUGUGGUGACACUACAUGUCAACAUUCCCGAGCCUCCUCAGAUCAUCAGGCAUAUGGAGCCUUUGUCUGUUGAGGCUGGCAAACCUGCACGCUUCUCUGUGGAAGUGACUGGCAUCCCUCAGCCCCAGGUCUCCUGGUAUAAGAACUCUCAGGUAUUAUCUCCUGGAUUCAAGUGCAAGUUACUGAGAGAGGCAAAUGAACACACUCUGCUGCUCAUUGAAGUCUUCCCAGAGGAUGCAGCUCUGUACAAAUGUGAGGCGAGAAAUGACUAUGGGGAGGCCACAAGCUCGGCUUCGCUGAACGUUGAAGUUCCAGAGGUUGUGUCACCUGACACUGGUGCACCUUUAUCCCCACCUGUGAUUAUAUCUCCAAUACAACACAUCUCUGCCACUGAAGGAGGAUCUGCCAGAUUUCAGUGUCGGGUGUCUGGAGAAGAUCUGACGAUUACCUGGUUCUGCAAAGACAAAGAGAUCAAACAGUCAAACUUCUUCAGAAUGUCUCAGUUUGACGACAACUGUCAGCUGGAGAUCGCCCGAGUUUAUCCAGAGGAUGAGGGAGAGUACACCUGUGUUGCACGCAAUUCUGCUGGAAUGGUUUCUUGCUCUGGAGUACUUAGACUGGAGGUUACCAAACAGGAGGAUAUUGAAAGAAAAAUUGAAGAAGUCGUCAAAGUGCCACCUGUUUUCAGGCAUAAAAUCCAUGCACUGGAGACAAAUUUUGGCAGCCCUGCCAAAUUUGAAUGUGAGAUUGAAGAUGCUCCAAAUGUGACCUUCAAGUGGUUCAAGUCUGGUUCUGAGAUCAGACAGAGUGACAAGUACAGGAUCAUCAGUUACUCUACCACAUCAUCUCUGGAGCUUCUGAGUCCAACGAAAGUUGAUAGUGGAGAGUAUAUCUGCAAAGCUUUGAACCAACAUGGUAGUGACAGUUGCUCUGCUAACCUGACUGUGACAGAGGUUUUCCCUCCAGAAUUUGUGUCAAAGCCUGAACCGAUGACAUUAUUUGUGGGCAAACAAGCAAAAUUUCAGUGUGUUAUCACUGGUUCUGCACCAAUGAAUGUUGUAUGGUACAAGGACAACAUUGAUAUUUUGCCCGAUGAGCACUAUAAAGUGUCUUUUGAGAAAAACAAGCAUUGUCUUGAGAUCACAAAGCUUGAGCAAAGUGAUCAGGGAUCUUACCUUUGCAAAGCUUCAAACAGUGUUGGCAUGGCUACAUGCUGCACUGAAAUGAGAGUUAUAGACAAACCCAGUUUUGUCAAGACCUUUGAAUCAACUUCUAUAGCUGUGGGUAACCCACUGCGGCUUGAGUGUCAGGUAAAUGAAGAUACAGGAGUGAGCAUCACUUGGACAAGGGAUGGCAAGAAACUCCAUAACACUAUGGAUAGCAAAAUGUCUUUUGAUGAGAAAGUGGUCAGCCUUGAUAUCCCAAAGACCAAGAUUAAAGAUACAGGCACUUAUGUCUGUACUGCUACAAAUGAUGCUGGAAGCAGCAGCUGCUCAUCUGUGGUUACAGUGAAAGAACCUCCGGUAUUUGUUAAGAAACUGGAGCCUAAAAUCCUGUGGAAACAAGGAAUUUCUGCACGCUUACUGUGCACUGUUAAAGGAUCUCCUGAGCUCCACGUCAGUUGGUUUUUAAAUGACAAACAACUCAGUUCCAGUGAAAGACACAAAAUCAUGUUCAAGGAUGGUCAAGCUACACUUGAGAUUAUUGAUCUUACAGUGUCUGACAGUGGAAAUUACACCUGUGAAGUAAUGAACGAGGCUGGCUGUGAAAGCUGUAGCACCAACUUGACUGUUAAAGAACCCCCUGCUUUCAAAAAGGAGUUAGAAAUGGUUGAAGUGGUCAAGGGGCAUGCUGCAAAAUUCCAGUGUGAAGUUACUGGCACUCCGCCAUUUGAUGUCACUUGGUUUAGGGAUAGGAAACCAGUGACCACUGAUAAAAAGCACAACAUUGUUACAAAGGACACCAUUUCAUAUUUGGAAAUACAAUCAUUUGACAGUUCAGAUGUUGGGGACUACCAAUGUGUUGUUUCAAACGAUGUUGGUAAAAUAACUUCUAAAUCACUAGCCAGACUGAAAGACCCUCCAUCUUUUGUAAAGAAGAUUGAAAACACAACUGCAGUUUUGGGCAGUCCUGUGAAACUGCUGGGUACUCUUAAAGGCUCAGCCCCUAUAACUGUUACAUGGCUAAAGGAUUCUGAGCUACUCAGACGCGAUGAUCCUAAUAUUACAAUGACUUUUGAAAACAACAUUGCCAGUUUGGCAAUUGCAAAAAUAGCCAUGAACCAUGAUGGAAAGUACAUAUGCCAAGCUGAAAACGAGGCUGGCCAGCAAAAAAGUGAAGCCACGUUAUCAGUUCAAGAACCUGCUAGAAUUGUUGAUAAAGCGCCAUCCAUCAGUGUAACAGCAGGAGACUCUGCAUCUUUGGAAUGCACUGUGUCAGGAAGUCCAGAUCUCAAAGUUAAAUGGCUUCGUGAUGGCAAGGAAGUGACAGGAGGCCGAAAAUACAAAAUCUCUUUUAAAGACAAUGUAGCAUGCUUAAAAAUCCUCUCGGCAGAGAGGGGCGAUAGCUGUGAAUACACAAUGGAAGUUUCUAAUCGGGUUGGAAAAGACCACUGCUCUUGCUCAGUCACGGUUCUUGAUAAAAUUAUACCUCCAACCUUCACGAAAAGUCUUAAAAAGAUUGAUGGUAACCUUGGAGGACAUAUCCAGAUGGAAUGUAAGGUGUCAGGGUCGCAGCCCAUGACAAUAUCUUGGUUCAAAGAUGGAAAGGAGAUCACAACUGGGAUAAAGUACCAAACUGAAAUGAAAGAAAGCACCGCUUUGUUAAAAAUAUCCCAGUUAGAGCCUGCUGAUGCUGGGGUUUUCAUGUGCCAUGCAACUAAUGCUGCAGGGCAUAGCGAGACCAGUGGAACAGUAUCUGUUAAAGAGCCACCAGUCUUCACAUUGAAACCUGAAUCUCAAGAUGCUAUUCCAGGGUCUAAUGUUGUUUUGAAAGCUGCUUUUACCGGAACACCAAGUUUUACUAUUAAGUGGUUCAAGGAAGAGAACGAGAUAUUAACUGGAGGUAGUUGUUUCAUCAAGAAAGAUUCCUCUUCAAGUUCUUUGGCACUGCACUCUGUAAAGCCAUCACAUUCUGCCAAAUAUACUUGCCAAGUUGCCAAUGAUGCAGGAAGGGUUUCGUGCACCGCAGUCUUAUUUGUGAAAGAGCCUCCGAUGUUUGUGACGAAACUUGAUUCAAGUAAAUUAGCAGUGAAUGGCAGUGUUGUGGUUUUGGAGUGUAAAGUAACUGGCAGUCCUGAAAUUGCUAUUACGUGGUACAAAAAUAAUACAGAAAUCAGCCCAAGUAGUAAAUAUCAAAUGACCUUCACUGACUCAGUUGCUACACUGCAGAUAUCCAGUUGUAGUCUUGAAGAGAGCGGGGAUUAUAUUUGUGUAGCAUCUAGCGAUGCUGGCAGUGACAAAUGCAGUUGCUUGGUUACCGUCAAAGAACCUCCUGCAUUUGUUAAGUUAUUUGAAGCCAGAGAAGUUGUCCAAGGCUCAGAUGUUGUGCUUGAGGGAUCUGUCUCAGGAACAACCCCAUUUGAGGUUUCGUGCUUCAAAGACUCAAAGCAGAUCAGAAAUGACCGCCGGCAUAUCAUUGGCAUAAAGAAUGAUGUAGUUACUAUUGAGAUUCUCAAGUUUGAACCUGGAGAUGCUGGCAAAUAUAAAUGCGCAGUAGCAAAUGAAGUGGGACAGACCUCGUGUGAUUGUCAAAUUAUAUUGAAAGAGCCACCAUCAUUCACGCAGAAGCUAGAGAACAUGGAUGCCUUACUAGGCAGCGAGCUUACAAUGCUAUGCGUUCUGAAAGGCUCACUGCCUAUGACCGUGUCAUGGACAAAAGGUGACCAUGAGGUCAAAGAUUCUGAGGAUGUCCAGAUUUCUUUUGAGAACAGAACAGCAGUGCUGUAUUUCUCUAAUGUAAAUUUAAAACACUCUGGAAAGUACACAUGUCAUGCUCAGAAUGAGGCUGGAAGUCAGAACUGUACAGCAGCUUUGGUGGUCAAAGAGCCAGCAAAUAUUACAGAGCAGGCCAAGUCUAUCAGUGUCACAGUAGGAGAUCCAGUCACUCUGGAGUGCAGGUUCUCAGGCACUAAAUCCCUGAAAGCCAAAUGGUUGAAGAAUGGAAAAGAACUGAUAUCUAGCAAAAAAUACAAAAUACAAAGCACUGAUACAAGCUCCAUAUUAAAGAUCCUUUCUGCAGAGAGGAAUGACGAUGGCGAAUAUAGGUUUGAGGUUUCAAAUGAUGUUGGCAGCAGCUCUUGUGAAGCCUGUGUAACAGUACUAGAUCAAAUAAUUAAGCCAUCGUUCACAAGAAAAUUAAAACAAUCAGAAGGUAUUAAAGGAUCCUUUGCACAGUUGGAAUGUCUGGUUGCAGGAUCUCUGCCUAUAAAAAUCACUUGGUUUAAGGAGAACAAGGAGAUCGAGACAAAUGAAAAACAUAAAUGUGUUUUCUUUGAGAACGCAGCAUCUUUGGAAAUCAGUCGUCUUGAUAGUUUGGACAGUGGAAAUUAUACCUGCAUUGCUGCAAACAAAGCAGGCAGUGCCCAGUGUUCUGGUGUCUUAAGAGUUAAAGAACCUCCUGUUAUCAUUGAGAAACCUGAGUCACAGCAGGUCAUAACUGGAACCAGAGUGAAAUUCAGUGUACUUGUGUCUGGAACUCCCCCACUGACCAUCAAGUGGUUCAGAAAUAGAAAAGAGGUCUUAUCUGGGGUUGAUUGCUCCAUUCAGAAAGAUGACACUUCAGGCUCACUUGAGCUGUUCUUCACUAAGCCAUCAGACUCUGGAGACUACAUUUGUGAAAUAAGCAAUGACGUUGGCUCAGAUUCCUGCCAAACAACACUCUUUGUCAAAGAACCCCCCAAAUUCAUCCGAAAGCCAGACAAAGUUUCAGUAGUGAAACCUGGUCAGUCUGCAAUUUUCGAGUGUGAGGUUGCAGGCACACCGGAAAUAGACACAUACUGGUUUAAAGACGGUAAUGACUUAAGUCCAGACGACAAGCAUAAAAUUAGUUUUGUCAACUCAUUGGCACGACUUGAGAUUACUGGUGCUGAUCUUAAAGACAGUGGUGUGUAUUACUGUGAGGCCCGCAAUGAGGCGGGUAGUGAGAGCUGUAGCAUGGAUCUGAAAGUGAAAGAGCCACCGGUUAUUGUAAAGCCAUUCACCCCUGUAGAGGUUGUGAAAGGUUCAAAUGCCUCUUUUGAGUGUCAAAUUCGAGGCACAGCUCCUUUUAAAAUAACCUGGCAAAAAGAUUCCAAGGAGAUCAUGCCAAGCACAAAACAUGUGUUCUCUCAGAAAAAUGGUUCACUAAUGUUACUUGACAUUCAGAAAUGUGAUGACUUGGAUGUUGGCGAGUACGCUUGUAUUAUUUCAAAUGAAGUUGGAAGUUGUUCAUGCAGGACAACACUAAGCAUAAAAGAACCACCAUCAUUUGUAGAAAAGAUCCAGAAUAUUACUACAGUGUUGGGAAAUGUAGCAGAGUUUAAAUGUGCUGUGAAGGGGUCACCUCCUCUGACCAUACAAUGGCAGAAAGAUGAAACAUGGAUCUUGGAAGACGCUGAGAUUGAGAGAACAUUUGAGAAUAAUGUUGCUACAUUAAGAAUUCCCAUGUGCCAGUCUAACCAUAGUGGAAGAUACACCUGCCAGGCUAUGAAUGAGGCAGGGCAGGAUAAGUGUUUUGCCACUCUUUUGGUUCAAGAGCCUCCCCAGAUUAUCGAAAAACCUGAAAUGAUAAAUGUCACUGCUGGAGAUCCAGUCAGUUUUGAGUGCAAGGUAACAGGCACUGCCGAACUGAAAGUGAAAUGGAGUAAAGAUGGCAAAGAGGUGGUCCCAUCCAGACAACAUAGCCUCAGUUUUGUCAAUAACAUCAGUAACCUUAAGAUUCAGGCUGCACAGUUAGAUGAUGGAGGAACUUACCUCUUUGAGGUCUCCAACUACAUCAGUACCUGCAAGUGUAAAGUGACUUUAAAUGUCCUAGAACAAACAAUUCCUCCUGCCUUCAUCAAACCCCUGAGUGACAUGGAGGUGAUUCUAGGUUCCCCAGUAAAACUGUCAUGCAAUAUAUCUGGCUCACUACCAAUCUCUGUGGAGUGGUUUAAAGAUGGAACUAAACUUACAGGAAAAACCAAGUAUAAACUGGUUCAGGACAACAACAGUGUCUUUUUGGAGACUGAGCAUCUAGAGAAGGCAGACACUGGAACCUACUCUUGUAAACUUACAAAUAAAGCAGGCAGUUGUGAAUGCAGUGGAACACUGAGGGUGAAAGAACUCCCAAGCUUUGUGGUGGUGCCUGAGCCACAGGCUGUCAUACCAAAUACCACUGUUCGUUUUAAAAGUACCUUUAAAGGAACACCUCCGUUCACAGUGAAAUGGUUCAAAGAAGAUACUGAACUGAUUACUGGACCAUCCUGCUUUAUUGGCCUUGAGGGCCUUUCAAGCUUCAUAGAUCUUUAUGCUGUGGGACUUUCGAACACUGGGCCAUACUCUUGCCAAGUUAACAAUGAUGCUGGUACAGCGAAAUGUACCACAAGCUUAUUGGUGAAAGAACCACCUGAAUUUGUGCAGAAACUACCAGCAACAAAGUUUCUAAAGAUGGGAUUGCCACUCCAGCUUGAAUGCAAAGUUACUGGCACACCACCUUUGAAAAUUAGCUGGUACAAAAAUGACAACGCAGUCACUGAGACUAGAAACAUGAUGAUUGCUUUUGAUGGCUCGAUGGCAGUGCUUGAGAUUUUGAGCACCACCUGUGAUGAUGAUGGAGUGUACACCUGUGAAGUUCAAAAUGAUGCAGGAACUAAGAGCUGCAGCACCACUCUCUCAGUCAAAGAACCACCAAGUUUCCAGAAAGUGCCCUCACCUGUAGAGGGACUGAAAGGCAAAGAUACCAGUCUUAGCUGUGAGCUGAAGGGACAUGCGCCAUUUGAGAUAACCUGGUUUAAAGACAAAAAGCAACUGAAGGAAAGUAGAAAGUACAAAUUUGUGUCUGAGGGACACUCUGCUACUCUUCACAUUCUUGGACUGGAGGCAUCAGAUGCUGGUGAAUAUGAAUGCAAAGCCUCAAAUAAUGUAGGAAGUGAUACCUGCCAAGGAAUGGUGAAACUCAGAGAACCACCAGUUUUUGUCAAGAAACUGACCAAUAUGACAGUCAAAUUUGGUGAGGAAGUUACUCUCAUGGCAACUGUCAAAGGCUCUGAGCCAAUCAAUGUGUCUUGGGUACAAGAUAAGGACCAUGUUCUUAGAGAUGGUGACAACAGAAAAAUUACAUUUGAAAACAACCAGAUAACUUUGAGGAUCUUUAAAGCUGAUUCAACCACUGCUGGGAAGUAUACCUGUGAGAUUAAAAAUGAUGCUGGUGUGGCACAAUGCAUGGCAAACCUAACUGUUCUAGAGCCCGCUGCCAUUUUGGAUAAGACCGAGUCUGUAAAUGUCACAGCCGGUGACCCAGCAGUUUUAGAAUGCACUAUAUCUGGAACCCCAGAGCUUAAACCAAAAUGGUAUAAAGAUGGAAUGGAGCUGUCUUCUGGACAGAAAUACAAAAUCACCUUCUCCAAAAAGAUAUCCAGUCUUACGGUGUUGUCCACAGACAUAGGUGAUACUGGAGAUUACACCUUUGAGGUCUCAAAUGAAGUCGGAAGUGAUAGUUGCAAGAUGCACCUUGGUGUUUUAGAUAAAAUUAUCCCUCCUGCAUUCUCAAGAAAAUUGAAGGAUAUGCACAGUAUCAUUGAUAAGCCUAUUGAACUGAAUUGCAAAGUCUCAGGUUCUGCACCUCUUACCAUUUCAUGGUACCACAAUGGUGAGGAGAUUGAGAGUGGGCCAAACUAUGAAAUUAGUUUUGCUGAGAACACCUGUAUGCUCAAGCUGCCCAUUCAAAAGCUGUCUGAUGCAGGUUCAUACAAGUGUAAAGCAGUGAACAGUGCUGGAACUGCUGAAACUACUGCCUCACUUGAUGUUAAAGAACCUCCAUCUUUUGUGACGUUCCCUCAGCCAGUUGAGGCACUUCCGGGAUCAAAUGUCUCAUUCACUGCAACUGUGAGAGGAAGUGCCCCAUUAAAGCUGAAAUGGUUCAGAGGCAGUAAAGAGAUUGUAUCUAGCAGAGCCUGUGAGAUCGCACUGAAAGGAGACAUAGCUACACUGGAACUCUUUCAAAUUGACAAAUCUCAUGCAGGAGAAUACACCUGUCAAAUAAUGAAUGAUGUUGGGAAGGAAAACUUCCCUGUGACUCUUUUUGUUAAAGAAGCGGCACGCUUUGUCAAAAAGCUGAAAAACAUCUCUGUUCAAGUGGGCAAGUCAAUGAUACUUGAAUGCACAUAUGCUGGAAGCCCUAAGAUUCUGGUGAAGUGGCACAAAGAUGGCCAGGAGAUCUUCUCAUCUUAUAGAUACAAUAUUACAACCACUGAGACCUCCUGCAUCCUGGAGUGUCUCAACAGUGAUAAAGAGGCAGGAGGAAAAUACUCCUGUGAAGUUUCCAAUGAAGCUGGCUAUGACACCUGUGAUGCAACAGUGUCCAUUUUAGAGCCACCAUUCUUUAUUGAGAGUUUGGAACCUAUGGAAGUGACUGCAGGUGAUGCGGUCUCUCUAAAAUGCCAGAUUGGGGGCACUCCUGACAUCAAAGUCUCCUGGUUCAAAGGGGAUGGCAAAGUUCGAUCUUCUCCAAGCUGUAGAAUUGAGUACUCCAAAGGUGUUGCUUGUUUGAAAUUAGCCAAAUCCUCCAAAGCUGAUAUUGGAGAAUACACUUGUAAGGCUGAAAACAGCAUUGGAUCUGCUUCUUCUAGCUGCCACUUAACUGUACAAGAGGCCAAGACACCACCAUCUUUCCCCAAGAAAAUUACUAGCAUUCAACAAACUGUAGGACAUAGUGUCCAGUUUGAGUGUCGUGUUGCAGGAUCAUCUCCACUGGAGAUCUCUUGGCUUAAAGAUGGUGAAGCUCUAAAGAGUAGCUCAGAGUACACUAUGACUUUUGAUGAUAACUCUGCUAUCCUAAGAAUUGCAGUGGGAGAAAUGAGACACUCUGGAGAAUAUACUUGCGUUGCAACAAAUAUUGUUGGAACUGCCUCUUGUCGAGCCAAGCUCACACUUCAAGAGCCAAGAUACCCACCCGUGUUUGAUAGAAAGCUUUCACCUGUGGAUGUUUCAGUUGGAAAUACUGUGCAAUUGGAAUGCCACAUGACUGGAUCAUUACCUAUAAAAGUCACUUGGUCAAAGGAUCAUAAAGAUAUCCGCACAGGGGGCAAUUAUAAGAUAUCAUGUGUGGAAAACACCCCGCAAUUGACUAUUCUGAAAGCAGAUAAGGCUGACUCUGGCCGUUAUUCUUGCCAUGCUAGUAAUGAUAUGGGGAAGGACUCAUGUUCAACAGAGGUCACUGUAAAAGAACAAAAGAUUCCACCAAGCUUCACCAAAAAGCCUUCAGAAACCCUUGAGGAUACUGAGGGCAAGUUGUUGAAGAUUGAGGCUCGUGUUGCUGGAUCACAGCCCAUGAUUGUCAACUGGUAUAAAGAUGACAAAGAAAUCUUCAGCUCUGACAGAUAUGAUAUGACCUUCAAAAGCAGCAUGGCUGUGAUGGUGAUAAAGAGUUCCUCCAUCUCAGACAGUGGUACUUAUACAUGCAAAGUCACCAAUGAGGCUGGUUCUGCUUCUUGCCAGGUUUUGGCUCAUAUUACAGAGCGGGCGGUACCUCCGAGCUUUGACUUGCCUCUUAAACCUGUGACACUGAAUGAGGGUGAGACACUUUCACUUAGCUGCCAUGUACGUGGCUCUCCACCCCUGAAAAUUCAGUGGAUGAAGGACAGAAGGGAGUUGAUGUCCUCUGCCAGCACCAAGAUCACCUUUGUAGAUGGUACCGCUACACUACAAAUGCUUAAUGUGUCUAAGACAGAUGCAGGAGAUUACCUCUGUAAGGCAACCAAUGAAGCUGGUAGUGAGUUCUGCAAGUCCAGAGUUACUAUUAAAGAGAAGCCAAAAGCUCCUGCUACUGCGCCCACUCCAGCUCCUGCAGCACCUGCAGCUCCUGAACCAGCUAAGAAAUUGGACAAUUUAUUCUUCAUUGAGGAACCCAAGAGUGUCCAUAUCACUGAGAAGGGCACUGCGACCUUCAUUGCCAAGGUUGGCGGUGAUCCCAUUCCUAAUGUGAAAUGGAUGAAGGGCAAAUGGAGGCAGAUGACUCAUGGUGGUCGCAUUGCCAUUGUGCAGAAGGACCAAGAUGCCAAGCUGGAGAUCAAAGAUGUGACCAAAUCGGAUGCUGGACAGUAUAGAUGUGUAGCAUCAAAUAAACAUGGAGAAAUUGAAUCCAGCACUGAUCUGACUGUUGUUGAGAAGAAAGAGAUUACACCUGAAAUGGUCACAUUGAAGAAGACACCCUCAAAACAGAAAAGCCCCAAAGAGGACAAGGACAUUAAUAUUGUUGAGCUGCUCAGAAAUGUGGACCCCAAAGAGUAUGAGAAAUAUGCACGUAUGUACGGCAUCACAGACUACCGUGGCCUUCUUCAAGCCAUUGAAUUUCUAAAGAAGGAGAAAGAAGAAGAACAAAGGGCAAGACCUGAACUGGAACAUACGAGACGUGAGUCAGAUGAACAGGAUCUAUCAAAACUUGUGGCUGAUUUACAGAAAAGAAUGGAGCAAACUGAGCCUAUAACACUGAUCAGAGACAUCACUGACCAGACUACAGUUGCCAACAGAGACGCUGUGUUUGAAUGUGAGAUCAAAAUCAACUACCCGGAGAUAACGCUGUCCUGGUACAAAGGAACCCAGAAACUUGAUACAAGUGACAAGUAUGAGAUUAAAGUUGUUGGUGACCGCCACAUCUUAAAGCUCAAGAAUUGCCAGCCCCGGGACGAGGGCAGUUAUCGCAUUGUAUGUGGACCACAUAUCUCCGGUGCCAAAUUGACAGUGUUGGAAGGUGAAGUGGAACAGCACAUGGAGGAUGUUGCUGGUAAGGAAGGCCAAACCUGUACACUCGCAUGCCAGUUCUCCAUACCUAAUGCAAAGGCCCAGUGGUUUAAAAAUGGAAAGCUUUUAGAGCCUCAUGGCAGGUAUAAAUAUUCUGUGGCCAAUUACACUCAGAAGCUAUCAAUUAAAGACGUUAGGCCUGAAGACCAAGGAGAAUAUACCUGCAAAUAUAAAAACCUUGAAACAACAGCAAAUCUUUGGGUUGAAGCGGAGCAAAUACAUUUCACUAAACGCAUCCAGAACAUUGUGGUUCGGGAACGACAGUCUGCAACUUUUGAAUGUGAAGUGUCCUUUGACAAUGCCAUUGUAACAUGGUACAAGGACACAUGGGAGCUUAAAGAAAGCCCAAAAUAUACAUUCAGGAGCGAAGGCCGACGCCACUUUAUGAUCAUCCGCAAUGUAACGUCGGAGGAUGAAGGCGUAUAUUCAGUGAUUGUCAGAUUGGAGCCCAGAGGCGAAGCCAAAAGCACAGCAGAGCUUUACCUGUCAGGGAAAGACAUUGAUGUAGGAAGGGUGCCUUAUGAUAUUCCUGAUUCAUCAAUACAAGUCCCUGAAGCACCAUCUGCAUAUACUAUCGAAGCUGAAUCAUCUGUUGAAUAUUAUCAUUACGAAGAAAAGAUGGAAAUUCAAGGGUAUGAGUACAGUACGGAAGAAAGGAUAGUAGAGGAAAUCUCUAUUACAGCCCCAAGAAUUCCUGUGGAAGAGAUUGUUGAGAGGAAGGCACUUGGAGUGAGAGAAGUAGUACCAACCAAAGUUCCUGAGAUGAUUGAGAAACCAGAGGAGAAACCUGUACCAGUUGAGGAAAGGAUAGAAGCACCACUAAAAGUACCCGAAGCUAAGAAGCCUAAAGAAGAAAAAGUCAUACCACUCAAAGUGGAAGAACCAAAAGUACUUCCCGCUAAAGAAGAACACGAAGAGGUACCUACUCCUCAGCCAACCAAGGUUGCUCCCAAGAAAGUGCCAGAAGCUGUAGCACCUGUGGUUCCAGAGCCUAAACCCAAAGAACCUACACCUAAACCUUCAUCAGUACCUGAAACUAAACCAAAGCCCAAACUGAAGGCCACACCUGAGCCUACACCUGAAAAGAAGCUAGAACCAAAGCCUGUACUGAAGCCUGUACCUCUGAAGGACACUGAGCCACCUCCAGCCAAAGUUCCUUUGGAGUUAAAGAAACCAAAACCAACUGAACCAGAACCACCUAGGACAGUACCAACCAAACCAGAACCAGCACAAGUCACUGUGGUUCCUGAGGAAGUAGUCCCUCAAAAAGUACAAGAACCUUCCAAGAAGCCAGAGGUUCCCUCAUAUAUACCUCCAGAGAAAGAGGAAGUGCAAGAAGAAAUAGCACAGUUCAUCACACCUGUCCCUAAAGUAGAUGAAUACAAAGCUGUUCCUGACCGCAAGGAUGUAACACCUGUGCCUCAAAUAUCUAAACCCAAAUUAACACCUGUCGCCAUGUUAAAACCACAGUCCACGUUGGAGGCCAAGACUGAGCUUAAGACUGUACGUAAACCUGAGGUCAAACCCGAGCCUACACCUGAGGUUAAGCGAGAACCCAAACCUGAGGCUAAGCCUGAGCCUAAACAUGAGAUCAAACCUAAACCUGGGGUUAAGCCAGAGCCCAAACCUGAGGUCAAACCUGAACCUAAACCUGAGGUUAAGCCAGAGCCCAAAUCUAAGGUUAAGCUUGAACCCAAACCUGAGGUCAAACCUGAACCUAAACCUGAGGUUAAGCCAGAGCCCAAACCUGAGGUCAAACCUGAACCUAAACCUGAGGUCAAACCUGAACCUAAACCUGAGGUUAAGCCAGAGCCCAAAGCUAAGGUUAAGCUUGAACCCAAACCUGAGGUCAAACCUGAACCUAAACCUGAGGUUAAGCCAGAGCCCAAACCUAAGGUUAAGCUUGAACCCAAACCUGAGGUCAAACCUGAACCUAAACCUGAGGUUAAGCCAGAGCCCAAACCUAAGGUUAAGCCUGAACCCAAACCUGAGUUCAAACCUGAACCUAAACCUGAGGUUAAGCCAGAGCCCAAACCCAAGGUUAAGCUUGAACCCAAACCUGAGGUCAAACCUAAACCUGAGGUCAAACCUGAACCUAAACCUGAGGUUAAGCCUGAACCCAAACCUGCAGUUAAGCCUCUGCCUAAACCUGAAGCCAAACCGGAGAAACCUGCACCAGAGAAGAAACCUGAGUCACUUCUACCAAAAGUUCAUGUGGAGGAAGAGAAACCAAAACCAACUCAUCCAGAACCACCAAAAGCAGUGCCUACUAAACCAGAACUAGCCACUGUGGCUCCUAAGGAAGUAUCUCUUCAAAAAGUUAUUUUGGAGCCAAAAGAAGCGCUGCCGAGAAAACUGGAUUCAAUUCUUGUCUCUCCAGAGAAGGUCAAACAAGCCCAAGUGCCUGAACCAAAGAAGAUGGCUCCUUCAGAAAAACCAGCCAUUCCUCUGAAAAAGGAGGAAGUUGCUCCCAAAGUUGAAAAGAAACCAACUCCAGAGCCUGCAAAGAAAAUUUCUCCAGUUGAAGUUAAAAAAGAAGUACCAGCUGAGCCUGCAGUUGUGCUGCAAGCCAAGAAAGUUCCUCCUGUUGAAGAUGGUGAAAAGGAACCAGUUUCUGCGCCUGCACCCACACCUGUGAAAAAAGGGAAAAUUCUUAUUACUGAGGAAGAAAAGCUAGAAAUGCCAACUCUAAAGAAAGUUACAAGGAUCUCCAAAGACAAGCAUGAGGAACAAGAAACAGUGAAAUUGAAGAAGGUUUAUAAACCUUCACCAGAAGAACAUGAAGAAAUCAAGAAGGUCUGUGCUGAAGCCGCCACUGAGGUUUUAAUUACUGAGAGUUAUGAGGCUGAAAGGCAUUUUGAAAAAUAUGAACAUAUCAAGAGAAUUGAAAUAACAAGACCGGAAAAAGACAAAAUGACACCAGUGGAGCCUGAUAAAGAACCAGAAAAGACAAAACCAUUAGAUGAAAAGGUGGAAAAGCCAGACCUGAAGAAAAAAGCAAAGGUUCCCAAAGAGGAUGUGCCUGAGGAGCCUGGCUUGGCUUUGAAGAAAGUAAGGAAAUUACCACCUGAAACAAAAGAACAAGAAACAGUCAAGUUAAAACCUUUUGAAAAACCUGGAAAACCAGUGCCUGAAUCUGAAGCAAAAGACACUAAAAAGGAACCAAUGGAAAAAGAACCUGUAUCUUUCCAAAAAGACAGAGAACCUAUCAGUUUUGAGAAAGGUGAAAAGCCCAAAAAAGCUGAUGUGCAAAAAGAACCUGAGGUCACCGGGAAAACAGCAGAGCCUAUUAAACCUGAUGAGAAGAAGCCAGAUGAGGCUGUACGUAAACCUGUUGAUAGAGCUAAAAAAGAUGAACAGGCAAAAGAGCCUGAUACACCAUUGUGGAAAGGCAAAAGAAUCCCAAAACAAGAUGAAGAACCUGAAUCGGUUCAGCUAAAGCCUUUCACAAAGAAGCCUUCAGCUGGAUCACCAGCAGAAAAAGAAGCUCCUGAACCCAAGGAACGACAGCCGCUUGAAAUAUCACCACCCAGUCGGACACCUAAAACAGAACUCUUAAAAGAACCAAAAACUCCACAAAAAGAAGUUGAAAUUCCCGAAACAGAGGUUGAAAAGAAACCAUCUGGGGUACCUAAAGAAGACGAAAAGAAGGAAUUUCCUAAAAAAGUAACUCCUGUGAAAAAGGCGGUGACUCCAAAGGAGGAAGAGAAGAAGCCUCUAGUGAUCAAAAAGGGCAGUUUGCCAAAGGAGUCUGAGAAAGAAGAGGUUAUAUUAAAACCCAUUGACCUUGCAAAGAAAGGGUUGGAGCCUAAAAAGUCUCCUUCACCCAAGGUGACUCAAGCAGAACCAACUGAACUAGCUCCACUGGAAAAGAAAUCAAGUGUAGGUGUGGCUAAGAAACCACUCCCUAAAAAGGUUUCCCCCAAAGAAUCAAUUGAAAGUGUUAUCCUGAAAAAAGUGCCUAAAAAAAUUUCACCCCAGGAGAAAAAGGUUGAAGAAAUUCCUGCAGAAAAGAGAAGUGAAGAGAUUCCGUUAAUAAAAGAAAUGUCCCCUGGAGCUGUGGAGGUAAGAAAAAUCUCAACACAAAUGGAAGAAGAAGUAUUUGAAGAGGAGAUGGCUGAGGUUGGAGAUGAGGAGGAAGAUAAGGCAUGGGGAUGGGAGCUUUCUCCUCAAGAUAGUUAUGCUUCUGAAGACACGGAGUAUUUAGAAGAUGAUGCGCUUGAGGCCGCUGGGAUACCAGGAGGUAGACGAGAGGGAAAACCAAAAGAAGAGGCCGGGAGGGGGCGAGGACUGAAACCAAGACAAACUCCUUCACCUGGGGAUGGUGGACGAGGAAGAGGAUUGAAACGUGGUGCUGGUGGUGAUAAACCUCCAGGAGAAUCCCCAUUUGAAUACACGCUUAAGGCUGUUCCUCUGAAGUUUGUAAAGGAGCUUAAAGACAUUGUGUUGCAGGAGGCUGAGUCUAUUGGUUCCUCUGCUGUGUUUGAGUGCCAGAUUUCUCCUUCUACUGCUAUAACUACAUGGAUGAAAGAUGGAAGUAACCUAAGGGAGAGUCCAAAGCACAAGAUCACUUCUGAUGGAAAAGACCGCAAACUGGCCAUUAUUGAUGUCCAGCUGUCUGACACAGGGGAAUACACAUGUGUUGGCAAGCUUGGAAAUAAAGAGAAGACCUCCACUGCCAAACUUAUUGUUGAAGAGUUGCCUGUGAGAUUCACAAAGAACCUGGAAGAGGAAGUAUCGGUAAUUAAGGGGCAGCCCAUGUACUUGACCUGUGAGUUAAGCAAAGACAGGGAUGUGAUUUGGAAGAAGAAUGGAAAGCCACUUUCAGAAAUUGCUGGCAAGGUUGCCAUCAAUGUUAUUGGGCUACAACGUUCUGUAACAAUCCAGGAUGCAAAUGAUGAUGAUGCUGGUGUUUACACGUGUGAGUGUGAAAAUCUCAAAACUCAGACCAAUGUUAAAGUCAUUGAGAUAAUCAGAGACUGGUUGGCGAAGCCACUGAGAGACCAGCAUGUGAAACCAAAGGCCACUGCUACCUUCAAGUGCGAGCUCAUCAAAGACACUCCCAACUGGAAGUGGUUCAAGGGAAAUGAAGAGAUCCCAAAUGAACCAACUGAUAAGACUGAAGUCAAGAAGGAUGGGAAAGAUAUCACACUGACUGUUAAGAAUGCUCAACUGAAUGAUGCUGAUGAGUAUGCCAUUGAAGUGGAAGGUCGUAGAUACCCAGCAAAACUGACACUUGGAGAUCGUGAAGCUGAGAUCCUAAAACCCCUUGCUAGCGUGGAAGUGGUUGAAAAAGAGGAGGCCAAUUUUGAUACUGAAAUCUCAGAAGAGGAUGUGCCUGGAGAAUGGAAACUUAAAGGGCAGGUUCUAACCAGAUCACCGACAUGUGAUAUCAGGGCAGAGGGAAAGAAGCGAUUCCUUACUUUGAAAAAUGUUCAGCUUGAUCAGGCAGGAGAAGUAACAUACCAAGCUCUGAAUGCCAUCACAAGUGCAAUGCUUAUAGUAAAAGAAAUUGAAAUGGACUUCAUAGUACCACUGAAGGAUAUUACAGUGCCUGAAAAGAAACAAGCAAAGUUUGAGUGUACCAUCACUAAAGAUGUGUCUAAAGUGAUGUGGUAUAGAGGAUCUGAUAUUAUAUCAUCAGACCAGAAAUAUGAUAUCAUUGAUGAUGGAAAGAAACACAUGUUGGUUAUAAACCACUGUGAAUUUGAUGAUGAAGGAGAUUAUAGUAUUGAAGUCUUAAGCAAAACAUCAAGAGCUAAACUGACAGUCGAGGGUAUUAGACUGAAAUUUGUCUCACCAAUGUCGGAUCAAACUGUGAAGGAAGGUAAAACCGCUCGGUUUGAGAUUGAACUCUCUCAUGAGAAUGUGCCAGUGACUUGGUACAAAAAUGAAACAAAAUUGCAUCCAAGCAGAACAGUGCUUACCCAUGUUGAUGGAAAGAGAUAUAUAUUAGAAAUCAAAGAAGUUACACUAGAUGACACUUGCCAAAUAAAGGCAGAGGCUAAAGGAAUAUCAACUACAGCAAACCUGACAGUACUAGAGGGAGAUGCCUACUUCACAGUUAAACUUCAAGACUACACUGCAGUUGAGAAAGAUGAGGUCACUCUUGACUGUGAGCUGAGCAAAGAUGUUCCAGUCAAGUGGUUCCAUAAUGAGAUCGAAAUUAAGGCCUCAAAGAUGGUUUCCAUGAAAGUUGAGGGUAACCGAAGAAUUCUCCACAUUAAGAAAGUGGAGAACAAAGACAAGGGCCAGUAUGUUUGCGACUGUGGAACAGACAAAACAAUGGCCACUGUGAACAUUGAAGCUCGUGACAUUAAGGUUGUUCGUCCCAUAUAUGGUGUUGAGCUGUAUGAUGGUGAAACUGCACGUUUUGAAGUGGAACUCUCAGAGGAUGAUGUCCAUGGCCAGUGGAAAUUGAAAGGAGAGGUUCUUUCACAGUCACCGGAUGUUGAAAUCAUUGAGGAUGGAGCUAAGCACACUUUAACUUUGUACAACUGCAAAGUUCCCCAGUCUGGUGAAGUUUCAUUCCAGGGUGCCAAUGCAAAAUGUUCUGCAAACUUGAAAGUGAAAGAGCUUCCAAUUACUUUCCUCACACCUUUGAGUGAUGUGCAAGUAUAUGAGAAAGAUGAAGCAAGGUUUGAGUGUGAAAUAUCACGAGAGCCAAAAGCCUUCAGGUGGCUGAAGGGAACCCAGGAGUUGAAGGCAGAUGACAAAUUUGACAUUCUGACAGAGGGAAAAAGGCACACUCUUGUUGUAAAAUCUGCUGCUUUUGAAGAUGAGGCUAAAUACAUGUUUGAGGCUGAAGACAAGAGGACAUCUGCCAAGCUCAUUAUUCAAGGCAUUCGUCUUGAGUUCAUUAAGCCAAUCAAGGAUGUUACGGUAAAAGAGCGUGAGACGGCGGAAUUCAGCAUUGAACUUUCACAUGAGAAAGUUCAGGUCUCCUGGUACAAAAAUGAUGUGCGUUUGCACCCAAGUAAAGUGGUGCACAUGUCUGAUCAUGGCAAGAUCCACACGCUGUCCUUCAAGGAGGUGUCUAUUGAUGAUACCUCUUUGAUCAAAGCAGAGGCCCUUGGAAAAAGUUGUGAGGCAAUGCUCACAGUACUUGAGGGAGAAGCUUAUUUCACUACCAAGCUACAGGACUACACAGCAGUUGAGAAGGAUGAGGUUGUGCUGAUGUGCGAACUGAGCAAACCCUCUGCUGAAGUGAAAUGGUUCAAGGAUGGCAAGGAAAUUACCCCCUCCAAAAAUAUCCUCAUCAAGGCAGAUGGCAAAAAACGUAUUCUAACAGUUAAGAGGGCUGAUAAGGGAAAUAUUGGUCAAUAUACUUGUGAUUGUGGCACUGACAAAACAACAGCUAAGCUAAAUAUUGAGGAUCGGGAUAUUAAGGUUAUCCGGCCACUGUACAGUGUGGAAGUUAUAGAGACUGAGACUGCUCGCUUUGAGACCGAGAUCUCAGAGGAAGAUGUCCAUGGACACUGGAAACUCAAAGGAGAGGCUUUGCACCAGUCACCAGACUGUGAGAUUAAGGAAGAAGGCACCAAACACAUGCUGAUUCUCUUCAAUGUACGCAAGGACAUGGCUGGUGGUGUGGACUUCAGUGCUGCCAAUGCUAAAUCUAGUGCUCAUCUCAGAGUUAAAGCACGAGUGAUAGGCCUCAUACGGCCUCUCAAGGAUGUUACAGUUACGGCUGGGGAGACGGCAACCUUUGACUGCGAACUGUCAUAUGAGGGCAUAUCUGUGGAGUGGUUCCUUGGGGGUACAAAGCUGGAACCAAGCGACAGGGUGGUGACCCGAGCUGAAGGCAGAACCCACACGCUGACCCUAAGAGAUGUAAAACUGACUGAAGCGGGUGAGGUAAAACUCACUGCAAAGGAUUUCCAUACCCAGGCUAACCUCAUUGUAAAAGAGCCUCCAGUUGAGUUCACCAAGCCGCUCGAGGACCAGACUGUAGAGGAAGAAGCUACAGCUAUACUAGAGUGUGAAGUCUCCAAAGAAAAUGCAGAGGUCAGGUGGUUUAGAGGUGGCCAGGAAAUUCGUAAAACUAAGAAGUAUGAGAUGGUUGCUGAUGGCCGCAAGAGAAAGCUUAUCAUCCAAGACUGCACACUUGAUGACUCAAAGACAUAUACCUGUGAUGCCAAAGACUUUAAGACUUCUGCUUUUCUAAAUGUUGAACCUCCACAUGUUGAGUUCACUAAACCACUCCAUGAUGUUGAGGUAAUGGAGAAAGAAACUGCCAAGUUUGAGUGUGAGGUUUCCAGAGAAAAUGCCAAGGUUCGCUGGUUUAAGGAUGGUAAUGAAAUCAGAAAAGGCAAGAAAUAUGAUAUCAUUUCCAAAGGUGUUCAACGCAUUCUCAUUAUUAGCAAGUCGGUGUUUGAUGAUGAAGCUGAAUAUGAAUGUGAUGCAAGGACCUCCAAGACCUCUGGCAUACUUACUGUUGUUGAGGAGGAGGCAAGAUUCACAAAGAACCUGGCUAAUGUUGAAGGCACUGAAACUGACAGUAUUAAACUCAUCUGUGAGGUCUCCAAGACCAGUGCAGAGGUUACAUGGUAUAAGGGUGACCAGGAAUUGCCUGAGGGUGGUAGAUACGAACAUGUUGCUGAUGGCAGAAAGAGAAUCCUUAUCAUCCAGGCCCUUCAUAUGAAUGAUGCUGGAGAAUACCACUGCAAAUUGCCCAGCUCACAAACUACAGGAAACCUGAAAAUCAACGAACUUGCUGCUGAGUUCAUCUCCAGACCUCAAAGGCAGGAGGUGGUUGAAGGUGAAAAAGCUGAGUUUGUGUGCUCUGUGUCCAAAGACUCUUAUGAAGUCAAAUGGCUCAGUGGUGACAAAGAACUCCAAACAGAUGACAAGUAUGAAAUUAUUUCUGAUGGCAAUAGACGAGCCCUUGUAGUGAAGAAAUGUGAGCUCAGUGAUGAGGGCUCUUUUGUGGCGCUCAUUGGUGCUACAAGAGCUUCUGCCGAUUUGAUCGUCCUUGAGAAACUCAGAAUUAUUACACCCCUCAAGGACACAAAAGCAAGUGAAGGACAAGAGAUUGUUCUCAACUGUGAGGUGAACACAGAAGAAGCCAAGGCCAAGUGGAUGAAGAAUGAUGAAACAAUAUUUGAUAGCAGCAAAUUUAUAAUAACCCAGAAAUACAAUGUGUACUCUAUGAGAAUUAAAGAUGCUGAAAGGUCAGAUGCAGCUACUUACACUAUAACACUGACCAAUCAACGCAAUGAAUGCGUCAAGAGUUCUGCCAAGAUUACUGUACAGGAGGAGGAUCUGAAAAUCAUUGUUCCUCUGGAGGAUGUCGAAACACAGGAGAAGAAAGCCAUCAGCUUUUCAUGCAAAGUAAACAGACUAAAUGUGACAUUGCAGUGGAUGAAGGCAGGACAGGAGAUUACUCUCAGCAAGCGCAUUGUGUAUCGCGUUGACAAAGACAAGCACACCUUGACCAUUAAAGACUGUAGUCUGGUAGAUGAAGGGGAGUACUCUGUCAUUGCUGGUGCUGACAAGUCAACUGCUGAGUUGAUUAUCAGUGAAGCACCUACAGACUUUAUUACCCAACUUCAGGACCAGACCAUUACCGAAUUCGAAGAUGCUGAGUUUACCUGCCAACUCUCUAAAGAAAAGGCUGAAAUCAAAUGGUACAGAGAUGGCAGAGAGAUCAGAGAGGGUCCACGAUAUCAGUUUGAGCGUGACGGAAGGACAUGCACACUACGCAUUAAGGAGUGCAGACCCGAUGAUGAAUGUGAAUAUGCCUGUGGUGUAGAUGACAAAAAAUCAAGAGCUCGUCUUUUUGUUGAAGAAACACCAGUGGAGAUUGUCAGACCGCCCGUGGAUAUAUUUGAGCCCCCUGGCUCUGAUGUUGUGUAUGAGGUCGAGCUCAACAAAGACAGAGUUGAAGUCAAAUGGCUAAGGAACAAUAUGACUAUUGUCCAGGGUGACAAAUACCAAAUGAUGAGUGAAGGCAAGAUUCACAGACUUCAAGUAUGUGAGAUUAGACCUCGUGACCAGGGAGAGUACAGAGUUAUUGCUAAAGACAAGGAUGCAAAAGCCAAGCUUGAGCUUGCAGCUGUGCCAAAGAUUAAGACAAUGGAUCAGGACCUGGUGACAGAUGCUGGAAAACCAUUUGCCAUGUCAGUUCCCUACAAUGCCUACCCACAUGCUGAGGCUGAAUGGUUCUUUGACAACAUUAGCCUGCCUAAAGAAAAUCUUCAUACCAUGCCGGACAAAGCAGAGUACCGUUUGAAGGACCCUAAAAAGUCAGAUGAGGGCCGUUACAAGAUCAUUAUCAAGAACAAGCAUGGACAGGGAGAGGCUUUUAUUAAUCUGAAAGUUAUUGAUGUUCCUGGCCCUGUGAAGAACCUGCAUGUGGUUGAUACUGCUGAUGGAGAGGUUAGCAUUGCAUGGGAUGAGCCUGAGAGUGAUGGCGGCAGCAAGAUCUUAGCCUAUGUGGUGGAGAGACGUGAUAUCAAGCGCAAAACCUGGACUCUGGUGACUGACCGUGCUGAUACCGCAGAGUACACUGUCACUGGGCUACAGAAAGACUCCAAGUACUUUUUCCGUGUUUGCGCACGCAAUAGAGUUGGAACCGGGCCAAAUGUUGAAACAGAUGAAGCAGUGCAAGCUAAGAAUAAGUUUGAUGUUCCUGAUGCACCACAAAAUGUCAGUGUUGGAAAUGUAAACAAGUUUGGUGCCACAGUCUCCUGGGAACCACCUCUGUUUGACGGUGGAUCUGAAAUCACAUCCUACAUCAUUGAACUCCGUGACAGAGCAUCUGUAAAAUGGUCUCCAGUCAUGGUGACUAAACCACAAGAUCGUUCAGCUAUAAUCAAUGAUGUUAUUGAAAACAAGGAAUACAUCUUCCGUGUAAGGGCAGAGAACAAGGCUGGUCCUGGCAAGCCAAGUGCUGCCACUAACCCAGUUAAAAUCAUGGACCCAAUAGAGAGACCAAGCCCACCCCUGAAUCUCACACACUCUGAACAGACCAAGGAUGCCUGUCUGCUGACAUGGGAGACUCCUCUUAGAAACGGAGGCAGUAUGAUCACUGGCUACAUUAUUGAGCGAUGUGAGGAAGAUUCCGAUAAGUGGCUCAGAUGUAAUGCCAGGCUUUGCCAGGACCUCUCAUACAGGAUGUCUGGUCUUAAAUUUGGAAAGAAAUAUAAGUACAGAGUCAUUGCUGAGAAUGCAGCUGGUCAGUCUGACCCAUCUAAUAUUGUUGGACCUGUGCUGGCAGAUGACCCACACUUUGCACCUACACUGGACUUGAGUGCCUUUAAGGAUGGCCUGGAGGUCAUUGUACCUCAGCCUCUUACUAUUCGUGUUCCCAUCACUGGAUACCCGACACCCACUGCUAAGUGGACCUUUGGUGACAAGGAGCUCACUGCUGGUGAUCGAGUGUCCAUGGUCACAAAGAGCACGUUUACAGAGUUAGUCAUUACUCCAAGUGUGCGGCCUGAUAAAGGCACAUAUUCUCUGACACUGGAGAAUGAUGUAAGCAGUGUGUCUGGAGAGAUUGACGUCAACGUAAUUGCAUGUCCAAGUGCACCCAAGGACUUCAAGGUUGCAGAGGUAACCAGAAAACAUGUGCAUCUUAUGUGGGAAGCACCAGACCAUGAUGGAGGCAGUCCACUGACUGGCUACCAGAUUGAGAAGCGUGAUGUGUCCAGAAAGACAUGGGUCAAGGUCAUUAGUGGUGUGCAAGAUCAAGAAUACACUAUCACAGAUGUGAUUGAGGGCAAGGAGUACCUGUUUAGAGUUAUUGCCUGCAACAAGUGUGGCCCUGGAGAGCCUGCAUACAUUGACGAACCUGUAAAUGUGUCUUCACCAGCCACUGUUCCAGAUCCACCAGAGAAUCUUAAAUGGAGAGACAAGUCUUCCAGCAAAAUAUUCCUUUCUUGGGAACCUCCGAAAUGGGAUGGUGGUGCUCCAAUAAAAGGCUACACUGUUGACAAAUGCCAACGUGGCACUGACAAGUGGGAGCCAUGUGGAGACGCACUACCUGAGCUCAAGCUUGAGGUUACUGGUCUGAUAGAGGGACAGUGGUAUGCGUAUCGUGUGAGAGCCUUGAACAGAUUGGGCUCAGGUAGACCUUGUAAGGCAACUGAUGAGAUCCUGGCUGUUGAUCCUAAAGAGCCUCCAGAAAUUCACUUGGAUGCAAAACUCCUGGCAGGCUUAACUGCAAAAGCUGGCACAAAGAUUGAACUUCCUGCUGACAUCACAGGCAAACCAGAACCUAAAGUCAAAUGGACCAAGGCUGACCUUAUCCUUAAGGAAGACGACAGAAUAUCUAUUGAUACCAAGCCUGGUCACUCCACAGUGUCAAUUUCAAAGACAAAAAGGGAUGACUCAGCAACAUACAUUGUUGAAGCAGUUAACAGCAGUGGCCGUGCAACUGCAACUGUCGACGUCAACAUUCUAGAUAAACCUGGCCCUCCAGCUGCCUUUGAUAUCUCUGAAAUCACCAGUGAAUCCUGUUUACUGGCCUGGAAUCCACCCAGAGAUGAUGGUGGCUCAAAGGUGACAAAUUACAUUGUUGAAAGAAGGGCUACAGACAGUGAAAUCUGGUACAAGCUGUCUUCUACGGUGAAGCAGACCAACUACAAAUCCACCAAGCUUGUGACAUUCAAAGAAUAUAUCUUUAGAGUCUAUGCUGAGAAUCAAUUUGGCAUUGGUCCACCAGCUGAACAUGCUCCGAUUGUUGCCAGAUAUCCCUUUGAUCCACCUGGACCUCCAUACAAACUGGAGGCAUCAGAUAUUGUUAAGGAUGCUGUGACUCUGACCUGGUAUGAGCCUGAUGAAGAUGGAGGAAGUCCCAUCACUGGCUACUGGGUUGAGAGAUUUGAGCCAGAUGCUGAUAAGUGGAUAAGAUGCAAUAAAAUACCAGUCGGAGACACUAACUUUAGGGUAAAAGGAUUGCCCACAAGGAAAAAGUACAAGUUCCGUGUCUUGGCUGAAAAUCUUGCUGGACCAGGCAAACCAAGCAAAGAGACUGAUCAAAUCAUGAUCAAGGAUCCUAUAGAUCCACCAUGGCCUCCUGGCAAGCCAACUGUUAAGGAUGUUGCAAAGACAUCUGCUUUCCUGCAAUGGACAAAGCCUGAGCAUGAUGGUGGUGCUAAGAUUGAGUCCUACAUUAUUGAGCUUCUCAAAAGUGGAACUGAUGAGUGGGUUCGUGUGGCAGAUGGUAUACCUUCUGUUGAAUAUUUUCUGAAGGGAUUAAUGGAGAAGCAGGAAUACUCCUUCCGUGUCAGAGCGGUCAAUGCAGCAGGAGAGAGUGAACCUAGUGAACCUAGCAAUCCUGUUCUUUGCAAGGAGAGACUCAAUCCUCCAUCACCACCAAGAUGGCUAGAGGUGGUUAGUAUCUCCCGUAACAAUGCCGAACUAAAGUGGACAGCCCCAGAGAGAGAUGGUGGUUCUCCAAUUACCAAUUAUAUUGUGGAAAAGAGAGAUGUGAGACGCAAAGGCUGGCAGGCUGUGGAUACCACAGUGAAGGAGCUGAAACAUACUGUCACGCCACUGACUGAUGGCUCUCUCUAUGUAUUCCGUGUGGCAGCUGAGAAUGCUGUUGGACCUAGUGAAUACUGUGAACUUGUAGACUCAGUUCUGGCAAAAGACACAUUCACUACUCCUGGACCUCCUUAUGCUCUGACUGUCACUGACGUGUCAAAGACACAUGUUGAUCUUAAAUGGGAGGCACCUAAGAAUGAUGGUGGCAGACCUAUCUUACGGUAUGUCAUUGAGAAGAAAGAGAAACUUGGAACACGCUGGGUAAAAUCUGGAAAGACAUCAGGUCCUGACUGCAAGUACAGGGUUACUGAUGUCAUUGAAGGCACUGAGGUACAGUUCCAGGUCCUUGCUGAGAAUGAGGCUGGGGUUGGUCACCCAAGUGAACCUACAGACAUUGUGGUAAUUGAAGACCCAACAGGUCCACCAUCUCCUCCUCAGGACCUCCAUGUCACAGAGGCAGCCAGGGACCAUGUCUCUAUUGCAUGGAAAGCUCCAGAAAGAAAUGGAGGAAGUCCAGUCACUGGAUACCACAUUGAGCUCUGUGAGGCUGGAACAGAAAAGUGGAUGAGAAUUAACUCUCGUCCAGUUAAAGAGCUGAAAUACAGGGCUGGGGAGGAGGAAGGCAUUGUUCCUGAGAAGAAGUACAUUUUCAGAGUCCGUGCUGUCAAUUCCAUUGGUGCUAGCGAGCCAUCUGACAUCUCUGAGAGUGUAUAUGCUAAAGACUCUGACUGCAAACCUACUAUUGAGUUCCAGACCAAAGACCUAAUUGUUGUGGAGGGUGAGAAGAUGCAUCUCCCAAUUCCAUUUAAGGCUGUUCCAUCACCUAGGAUCACAUGGCACAAAGAUGGCAAGGAGAUGAAAGCUGAUGAGAGACUUUCACUUAGAUCAGAUUACAUUUCCUGCCAUCUGGAAAUACCAAGCUGUCUGCAUGCUGAUGCUGGCCAAUACAAAGUUACCCUGGAGAACAGCCUUGGUGCAAUUAGUGGGACAAUUAAUGUUAAAGUUAUUGGACUUCCUGGGCCAUGCAAGGAAAUUGUUGCUAGUGAUAUCACCAAGAACUCCUGCAAAGUGACAUGGGAACCUCCAGACUAUGAUGGUGGCAGUCCUAUCCUGCACUAUGUCCUGCAGCGCAGGGAAGCAGGCAGGAGAACGUAUGUCAAUGUCAUGUCUGGUGAGAAUAAACUGAGCUGGCCUGUCAAGGACCUCAUCCAAAAUGGAGAGUAUUAUUUCCGUGUCGGAGCAGUGAAUAAAAUUGGUGGUGGCGAGUUUAUUGAACUUCGCAAUCCUGUAAUUGCUGAGGAUCAGAAGCAUCCACCUGAUCCACCUGUUGAUGUUGAGACUCACAACCCUACUUCUGAAUCUGUGACCCUUACUUGGAAGCCACCCAUGUAUGAUGGUGGAUGCAAGAUCAUGGGUUACAUUUUAGAGAUGAUGAUAAAAGGUGAAGAAAAAUUUAAGAGAUGCAAUGACUUCCUUGUGCCAGUAUUGUCGUACACAGUUAAGGGCUUGAGGCCAGGAAAAGAGUAUCAGUUCCGUGUACGUGCAGAGAAUGCAGCAGGCAUUAGUGAGCCUUCUCGUAACACUCCUAUGGUCAAAGCCACUGAUGCAGUUGAUCGUCCCAAAGUGUUCCUCAGUGGCAGUUUGCAAUCAGGAUUAAGUGUCAGGAAAGGUGAGGAGAUCCGACUAACUGCCUACAUUUCUGGUUUUCCUUACCCGGAAAUAACAUGGAUGAGGAACAAUUCAACCAUCAGGCCAGAGGCACUGAAGAAGAGGCCAGAAAAGCCUAUUAGAAAGAAGAAGGAAAAGAAGGCAGAGGAAGAAAAAAUAGAAGUUGACAAGGAGAAAACGGAGGAGAAGACAAAGGAAGAGCUGGACAAGAAGGAGGAAGAGAAGACUGAGAAACUAGAGGAGGCAGAGGAACCAGAAGAGCCAGAGGAGGAAUACCACCCAUCUCUGAAUGAGCGUCUUACCAUUGAUAACUCAAGGAAGGGUGAAUCCUCCAUUCUUGUGAAAGAUGUUAUCAGAGGCGAUCAUGGUGUUUUCACCAUCAAGGUGGAGAAUGAUCAUGGGGUUGCUUCUGCCACCUGUGAAGUUAUUGUUCUUGAUACUCCUGGACCUCCAGUCAACUUCAGAUUUGAGGAGGUCAGGAAGGAUUCUAUCCUCUGCAAGUGGGAACCUCCUCUAGAUGAUGGUGGCAGUGAGGUCCUAAAUUAUGUAUUGGAGAAGAAAGACAACUCCAAGGCUGAGACUGGAUGGGUCACUGUGACAUCAACUCUCAGAGGUUGCAAGUACCCAGUGACAAAACUGAUUGAAGGAAAGGAGUAUCUUUUCAGAGUUACUGCUGAGAACAGAUUUGGUCCUGGAAAACCAUGCAUAUCCAAACCUGUCAUUGCCAAGAAUCCAUUUGAUCCCCCAGAGGCACCUGAGAAACCUGAAAUUACAGAUAUUACAGCUAACAGCAUGGUUGUUACUUGGAAUGAACCCAAUGACAAUGGGAGCCCCAUCCAAGGAUACUGGGUGGAAAAACGAGAAAUAAACAGCACACACUGGGCACGAGUUAAUCGCAACAUCAUUGAUGCACUAGAAGUAAAAGUAGAAGGUCUUUUGGAAGGAUUGACAUACAUUUUCAGGGUCUGUGCAGAAAAUGUAGCUGGAUGUGGAAGGUUCAGUCCACCAUCUGAUCCAAAAACAGCCCAGGCUCCUAUCUUGCCACCGGGUCCACCAAUUCCACGUGUUGUUGACACCACAGACCAUUCAAUAACAGUUGAAUGGGAUCCUCCAGUAGACAAUGGUGGUGCAGACAUUUUUGGUUACCAUGUUGACAAGCUAAUUGCUGGCACUAAGGACUGGUCACGAGCCACAGAGAGACCAUGGAAGAACCACACAUUUACUGUCUAUGGUGUCAGAGAAGGAGCUAAGUACAUUGUCCGUGUGGUGGCCGUAAACUGUGCUGGUGAAGGUGCUCCUGGUUUGACAGAUGCUGUCAUUGUGAGGAAUCCAGCAGAGAUGCCUGUAAUUGAACUUGAUAUCUCUGUGAAGAAUGGUCUUGUUGUAAGAGCUGGAGAGAUGCUGAAGAUCCCUGCACAUGUAAAAGGUAAACCAAAACCAUCACUUACAUGGACAAAGGAUGAUGCGGCUCCUGACAAAGAGCGUGUGGAAAUAGAAGAAGUAGGACAGGACAGCACUGUUAUCAUCAAGACCUCAAAAAGAAGUGACACUGGCAAAUACCAGAUCACAGCAGCAAACCCAAGUGGUAUCAAGUCUGCAUGGACCAGAGUUGAAGUAGUGGAUGUUCCUGGGCCUGUUCUUGACCUCAAGCCUGUAGUAGUAACCCGAAAGUUAAUGAUUCUGAACUGGUCCGAUCCUGACGAUGAUGGUGGCAGUGAUUUGACUGGCUUCAUUAUUGAAAGAAGAGAACCAAAGAUGGUCACAUGGAGACAGCCCAUUGAAACACCCGCAUCUAAAUGUGAAAUUGUGGGUAUUAUUGAAGGACAGGAGUACAUCUUCCGAGUCGUGGCCAAGAACAAAUAUGGCUGUGGACCACCAGUUGAUCUUGGACCUAUUCUUGCAGCUGAUCCACAAGGUCCACCAACCUCUCCAGAGAAGUUCCACUACACAGAAAGAACUAAGUCAUCCGUUACCCUUACUUGGAGGCCACCUCGCAAUGAUGGUGGUAGUCCAAUUAUUGGCUACAUCAUUGAAAAGAGACGUCAAGAUCAGCCUGCUUUCCAGCCUGUCUCCAAAGACUUGUGCACUGCUCUGACACUGACUGUUGAAAAUCUGGAUGAGCUGCACAUGUAUGAGUUCCGUGCAAAGGCUGUUAAUAGCAUUGGUGAAAGUGAUCCUUCUAUACUCUUGACUGUUGUGAUUCAGGAUGAUGAAGUUUCUCCAACUUUGCACAUGAUGAAGCACUUCAAAGGUGAUUUGAUUAGAGUGAGGAAGAAUGAGCCAGUUGAGAUUCCUGCUGAAAUUACAGGUAUCCCAAUGCCAAAGGUUGAAUGGUUGAAAGAUGAUGUUAUUAUUGAAAAGCCCACUGAGAGAGUCCUGUUUGAGACCAAAGUGAUUGACAGAGUCACAGAACACACCAAACUCACUAUCCCAGCUAUUUCAAGGCUGGAAAAGGGAACAUACACUGUGACUGCAUCAAAUCGCCUUGGGACAGCCAGCCAUUCCAUCACAGUGGAGGUGCUGGAUCGGCCAACACCUCCAAGAAAUGUUGCAGUUUCAAAUAUCCGAGCUGAGUCUUGCCAGCUGACCUGGGAUGCACCACUGGAUACUGGUGGGAGUGAGCUCACCAACUACAUUGUUGAGAAGAAAGACCUUAAUGUUGAGGAUGUUGAGAAAGCGGAAUGGGUUCAGGUUAAUAACACCAUCAUAGAGAAAAAAUAUGGGGCAUGGGACCUUGUACGUGGUGGAAACUAUAUGUUCAGAGUUAAAGCUGAGAAUAAGUAUGGAAUAAGUGAUGGCUGUGAAACAGAGGAAGUGCACAUAAAGGAUCCAUUUGCCCUACCUGGUCCCCCAGAAAAAGUUGCUAUAGCAGAACAUUCUAAAACCAAUAUGCUAGUAACAUGGGAACCGCCGAUGGAUUCUGGUGGAUCUACGAUCACUGGUUAUUGGCUGGAGAAGCGUCAAAAAGGCACCACCCAUUGGGCUAAAGUAAAUAAGACCCUGGUGUCAAAACGUGGCAUGAAAGGCUGGGAAUUUCAGGUCACACGUCUCAUUGAGGGACUUGAGUAUGAAUUCCGAGUGAUGGCUUGCAAUGCUGCAGGAGUUGGUCCCCCAAGUGCUGUUUCUGAAUCAGCCUUUGCUACUGAUCCUCUCACUCCACCUGGCAUGCCAGCAGCUCCUGUAAUUGCUGACAAAACCAAGCGUAGUGUCACUCUGUCAUGGACACCACCAGCCAAAGAUGGUGGCAGCCCAAUCAAAGGUUACAUAAUUGAGAUCCAGCAUGAGGGCACAUCUGAUUGGGCAAGGGUGAACGAUGCAGACAAUCUGCAUCCUACUACUGAAUUUACCAUUCCCAAUCUGCAGGAACUCAAGAAAUACAGAUUUAGAAUUGUUGCAGUAAAUGAUAUUGGCGAGUCUGAGCCAAGUCCUAGAACCACAGAGGUUCUCUUGGAGGACAUUCACACUGAGCCGAAGCUAUUUAUGGACAUCAGUGCUGAUGAGUUACUAUCUAUCCGUGCUGGAACUCCAAUCAAAAUCCCGGUAACUGUUACUGGACGUCCUGUUCCCAAGGUAACUUGGGAAUUUGAUGGCAAAGCAAAGACAGAAAAGAAAGACCGUCUUCAUACCCUGCCAGCUGAUUCACAGGUGGAAUCUACUGAAACUACCUCUGUUGUAACAAUUCCUGUGAGCUUGAGAGCUCACUCUGGCAGAUAUACCGUCACAGCAAAGAACAAAACUGGACAGAAACAUAUUAAUAUCAGAGUCAUUGUGCUUGAUGUUCCUGGAGCACCCAAGGAUCUCAAAGUUACUGACAUUACCAGAUCUACAAUGCGGCUUAUCUGGAAACUCCCAGAUACUGAUGGUGGAGAGAGGAUUAAGAGCUACUUUAUUGAAAAGAAGGCUGUCAGUGGAAAGGCCUGGACAACAGUAAAUGCAGCCUGUGCCAAUAUGGCCUUUGUGGUGCCUGGCCUUCUUGAGGGCCAGGAAUACCUGUUCCGAGUUCGUGCUGAGAAUCGUCUUGGAAUGGGACCAUUCACUGAGACCACAGAGCCAGCGAGGGCAAGGGAUCCCAUUUAUCCCCCUGAUCCUCCAGUUAAGCUCAAGAUAAACCUUGUCACUAAAAACACAGUGACUCUAACGUGGAUGCCUCCCAAAAAUAAUGGUGGUGCACCAGUAACACAUUACAUUAUUGAGAGGCUGAGCUGGGACACCAGUGGUCCACAAAAGGAGACCUGGAAACAGUGCAAUAAAAGGGAUGUUGAAGAGACAACCUUUAUUGUUGAAGACCUCAAAGAGGGUGGUGAAUACGAGUUCCGUGUCAAAGCAGUGAAUGAAGCUGGUCCAAGCAGACCCUCUGUUACUGUUGGACCAGUAAUUAUCAAGGACCAGACAUGUGCUCCAACCAUUGAGCUUAGAGAAUCUCUGGAGAGUGCAGAAACAUUUGAUGUCAACAUACUUGCCAGGAUCCAGGGCUGUCCAUUCCCAUCACUUGUUUGGCAGAAAGCCACAUUUGACAAGCCUGAUGAAAAGUUUGAUAUACAAUAUGAUCAGCAUAUCAAUAAACUUGUCUCUGAUGACAAAUGCAGUCUGGUAAUCCAGCAAUCCAAGAGAGAUGACAGUGGAAUUUAUACACUCACAGCUACUAACAGCCUUGGCAAGGCUUCCAAGGAUAUCAAACUUACCAUUUUGGGACGACCCGGGCCACCAGUUGGACCAGUCAAAAUUGAGGAGGUCUUUGCUGAAAGGAUUGGACUCUCCUGGAAGCCACCCACAGAUGAUGGUGGUUCCAAAAUCACAAAUUAUGUCAUUGAGAAGCGUGAGGACAACAGGAAGACAUGGGUGCAUGUAUCUAGUGAUCCUAAGGAAUGUGCAUAUACAGUUCAGAGGCUAACAGAAGGGCAUGAAUAUGAAUUCCGUAUUAUGGCUCAGAACAAAUACGGUGUUGGACCACCACUCUAUAGCGAGCCUGAGAAAGCAAGAAACCUAUUCACUGUCCCCGGUCAAUGUAACAAGCCAACUGUCUCAGAAAUCACUCUUGAAUCCAUGACUGUUGAAUGGGAGGAGCCAGAAUAUGAUGGUGGAUCUCCAGUUACUGGCUAUUGGCUGGAAAAGAAGGAAACUACAUCAAAACGUUGGAUUAAAGUGAACCGUGACCCCAUUAGAAUCAGGCCCCUUGGUGUUUCACAUGUUGUGACUGGUCUUUUGGAAGGAGCUACUUACCAGUUCCGUGUUAUUGCCAUUAAUGCUGCUGGAUGUGGACUUCCAAGUUUGCCAUCAGAUCCUGCUGUUUCUAGAGAUCCAAUUGCUCCUCCAGGACCCCCGAUGCCAAAAGUAACAGACUGCACAAAGUCAACUGUAGAUCUUGAAUGGAUUCCUCCACUGAUUGAUGGUGGAUCUAAGAUCACAGGAUACUUUGUUGAAUACAAAGAAGAAGGAAAGGAGGAAUGGGAGAAGGCUAAAGACAAGGAGAUUAGAGGCACUAAAUUUGUUGUUCCUGGACUUAAAGAGCUUGGACUUUACAGAUUCAGAGUAAGAGCAGUGAAUGUUGCAGGAGUUGGUGAACCUGGUGAAAUCACAGAAGUGAUUGAAGUCAAGGAUAGAACAAUUCCUCCUGAAGUAGACCUGGAUGCAACUGUAAAAGAGAAGAUCACUGUUCAUGCUGGUGGUGUAAUCCGUAUUAUUGCUUAUGUAUCUGGCAAACCUGCCCCAGUCAUUAUCUGGAACAAAGAUGAUGGUGAUAUGCCUAAAGAGGCUGUUGUUGAGACUACUGCUAUCAGUUCUUCUCUGGUCAUCAAAAACUGCAAAAGACAUCAACAAGGUAUUUACACCCUGACUGCCAAAAAUGAAGGAGGAGAAAGGAAGAAAGCAGUAAUUGUGGAAGUGCUGGAUGUUCCUGGACCCGUCAGUCAGCCUUUCUCUGGUAUAAAUCUAACAACGGACUCUUGCAAGCUGACAUGGUGUUCACCUGAAGAUGAUGGUGGCUCAGCAAUCACCAAUUACAUAAUAGAAAAAAGAGAAUCUGACCGCAGAGGCUGGACUUCAGUAACAUACACUGUCACCAGACAUAAUGCUGUGGUUCAGGGUCUUAUUGAUGGCAAAGCUUACUUCUUCAGAAUUGCUGCUGAAAAUAUCAUUGGAAGGGGCCCAUUUAUUGAGACUGCAUCAGAAGUUCUUAUUAAGGAUCCUAUUUCUGUCCCUGAACGUCCAGAGGAUCUGGAGGUAACAGCUGUCAUGAAAGAUUCAAUUAGCUUAGCAUGGAGACCACCAAAGUAUGAUGGUGGUGCCGAAGUGACCAGCUAUGUUCUUGAAGUCCGUCAGAUAGGAAAGGACAACUUUAACCGUGUUGCAACUGACAAUAAGCUAAUGGAUCGUAAAUUUGUUCAUGAGGGUCUCAAAGAGGGCUCUAUAUAUGAAUUCCGUGUCAGUGCUGUCAAUCAAGUUGGCCAAGGCAAGCCGUCAUUCAGCACUAAACCUAUUACAUGCAAGGACGAGCUUGAGCCACCUACCCUUGAUCUGGACUUCCGUGACACGCUUUUAGUUCGUGUUGGGCAGACUUGCACUCUCCAAGGUCGAUAUACAGGGAAACCUACACCAACAAUCAAAUGGUUUAAAAAUGAUGAGGAACUUCAAGCAAAUGAUGACAUUUUGCUCACCAGCACUAAGAAGACCUUGUGCUUGUCUAUUGAAAAGGCUAAGCGUGAUCACAGUGGUAAAUAUACUGUGGUUGUGGAGAACUCAACUGGUUUACAGAAGGGCAUCUGCACUGUUACUGUUGUUGAUCGACCACAGCCUCCAGAGGGCCCUGUUGUCUUUGAAGAAAUCUUUAGGGAUCACAUGGUCAUCUCUUGGAAACCACCACUGGAUGAUGGAGGAUGUGCUGUAUCUAAUUACAUUGUUGAAAAGAGAGAUAUCAACAGGGAUCUCUGGAUGCCUGUCACAGAGUCCUGCACUAGAACAACAUGUAGAGUACCCAAGCUAAUUGAGGGCAGAGAGUACAUUAUUAGAAUCUGUGCUCAGAACAUUCAUGGCAUAAGUGAUCCAUUGCUGUCUGCUGAGAAAAAAGCAAGGGAUGUCUUUAAGGUACCUGAUGCUCCCAAGCAACCAGUGGUGAAAGAGGUCUACAAAGACACAGCUCUGAUCUCCUGGGAACCACCAGCUGAUGGUGGAAAACCAAUCACAAACUACAUUGUCGAGAAGAGAGAAACAAUGUCAAUCAGAUGGAUUCGUGCUGGAACUGACCGCAUCUUCCCUAAAACAGAAUACUGGGUUCCAGAUCUUCUCAAAGGAUGUGAAUAUGAGUUCCGUGUCAUGGCAGAGAAUGUCAUUGGUGUUGGUGAUCCCAGCCCACCCUCAAAGCCUGUCUUUGCUAAAGAUCCCAUUGUGAUUCCAAGCCCACCAGUAAAUCCAAUGGCAAUUGACAAAACAAAGAACUCAGUUACUCUGUCUUGGCAGCCACCAAAGGACUGUGGCAGAGGCAAAAUCUUGGGCUACCUGCUUGAGUACCAGAAUGCUGGAGUUGACGAAUGGAUACAGGUUAAUCAGACCCCUGAGUCCUGCCCAGAAACAACAUUCAAAAUAAUAAACCUUGAAGAUGGAAUGUUGUACCGGUUUAGAGUGAAAGCAGUGAAUGCAGCUGGGGAAUCUGAUCCUGAGAAUGUUCCUGAGCCUGUUCGGGCACAGGACAGACUUGAGCCUCCAGAGCUUCUGUUGGAUAUGGGCAUGCCCCGUGAACUUAAAGCCAUGGCAGGAUCUCAUAUAAAAAUUGUUGCUGGAAUCAAAGGUAUGCCUUUCCCCAAGGUCACAUGGAAGAAAAAUGAUACAGAGGUACCUCCAAGAGCAGAAAUUGAGACUUCUGGAGUAAGAAGCAAGCUUGAGAUGCGUUACUGUAACCGAAGGGAUUGUGGAGAUUACACACUCACUGUAGAAAACCCAGCAGGAUCCAAGACAGCAACUUGCACUGUUCUUGUUUUAGACAAACCUGGCCCAAUUCAAAAUCUGAGAGUAUCUGAUGUUAGAAGUGACUCAGCACAACUCUCAUGGAAAGAUCCAGAAGAUAGCGGUGGUGUACGCAUCACCAACUUUGUGGUGGAGAAGAAGGAUGUUGCUUCUGCACAGUGGGUGCCAGUCUGCGCAACAUCCAAAAAACGAAGCAUUAUGGCCAAGCAUUUGAUGGAAGGCACAUCAUACAUGUUCCGUGUAGCUGCCGAAAAUCAGUUUGGCAGAAGUGAAUAUGUUGAGACAACUAAACCUGUGAAGGCAAUGAAUCCGCUGUUCCCACCUGGUCCACCAAAAGACCUGCACCAUGUAGAUGUUGACAAAACAGAGGUGUGGCUUGAGUGGAACUGGCCUGAUCGCACAGGAGGAAGUGACAUCACUGGCUUCUUGGUUGAGUAUCAGGAGGAAGGUGAGAGAGACUGGAUCAUCUUCAAGACUGUGAGCAUCCCUGAAUGUCAUGUGACAGGGCUAGAGGAAGGAAAAACCUAUAGAUUCCGUGUGAAGGCGGAGAAUGCAAUUGGUCUUGGCCGACCAGACACCACUGUGCCAGUGCUCUGCCAAGAAAAACUUGUGCCACCAAUUGUUGAGGUUGAUGCAAAACUGAUUGAUGGAAUCAUCGUGAAGGCUGGAAGCACUAUCAGGCUGCCUGCAAUAAUGAGAGGCAUUCCAGUUCCAACUGCAAAGUGGGUGAUUGAUGGCGAAGAAAUUAAAAGCGAAGGAAAUACCAAAAUUGACACAGACAACUUUUCAACUGUUCUGAGCAUUGCUGAAUGCACAAGAAAUCACACUGGAAAUUAUAUUCUCACAGUAUCUAACCCUGCAGGAAGUAAGACUGUUUCUCUGAAUGUCACAGUACUUGAUGUCCCUGCUGCACCCAUAGGCCCAGUUAACAUCCGUGAAGUAACUCCAGAUUCCAUGGUCAUUGAUUGGCGCCCUCCCAAAGAUGAUGGUGGAAGCCCUGUCAUGAAUUAUAUUGUCGAAAAGAAGGAAUCUAAUAAGGAAACCUGGGGAGGUGUUAGCUCUGGCAGUACUGCGACACAUCUUAAGAUUUCUCGUUUACAGAGUGGUGUUGAAUAUGUUGUAAGAAUCCGUGCAGAAAACAAGAUGGGAAUUGGUGCACCUCUUGAAAGUGCACCAACUGUGGCAAAGCACCAGUUUGAGUCACCUGGCCAUCCUGGAAAACCUGUUGCAUCUGAUAUUUCUGAGGAUGCGCUCACUCUUGGUUGGACAAUGCCGUUAUAUGAUGGUGGAAGUCCGAUUACUGGUUACAUUAUUGAACGUAGACAUAAAGGUGGCAAAUGGAUUAGAGUGAAUAAGACACCAUGCAAGGAUCUCCGAUUCAGAGUCCUUGGUCUUUUUGAGGGUAAUGAUUAUGAGUUUAGAGUAUUUGCUGAAAAUAUUGCUGGCUUUAGUGGACCCUCACCUAUCUCAGACCCGGCCAAACCCUGUAGGCCAAUUACAGUUCCUGGACCUCCAGUCAAUCCUAAAGUUAAGGAUUAUACUUGCACUUAUGCUGAUUUAGUAUGGAUAAAGCCUACAAGAGAUGGAGGUAGCCCAAUCCUGGGAUAUGUUGUUGAAUGGAAGAAAGCUGGUGGUGAAUGGGAUAAAGUUAACAAAGAUGAUUUGAUUAAACAGUGUGCAUAUAGAGUCAAGGGACUAUCUGAAGGCACAGAAUAUAGGUUCCGUAUUCGAGCUGUCAACAUGAUUGGAGAUGGCGAGACAAGAGAAAUCCCAGAAUCAGUUAUUGCUCAAGAUAUCCUCAUUCCCCCAGAGAUUGAGAUGGAUGUCACAUGCCGUAAACAUGUGACUGUCCGUGUAGGACACAACAUUAAUAUUACUGGAUAUGUGAAGGCAAGACCAGAUCCUGAGAUUACUUGGACCAAAGGAGAGACCGUUGUGGAAAGAGAUAAACGUACUACUCUCACAAAUAACUUCCCAGUAGUACAUAUGCGUAUCAAGGAAGCAACCAGAACAGAUCAUGGAAAAUAUGUUCUUAAGGCAGUGAAUGAUGGUGGAGAAGCCUCAGCUACCAUCACUGUGACUGUACUGGACAGACCUGGACCCUGCAGGAAUCUUAAAUUGACAUAUGUGACCAAAAAUUCCUGCAUGGUGAACUGGGAUGCUCCUGAGGACAAUGGAGGCACUGAGAUUACAAACUACAUUGUUGAGUGUCGCGAACCAAGCAGCAGAGCUUGGUCAAUGAUCUCUUCUGACUGCACCAACCGUAAGGUAAAGACAAAACUCCUGGAGAAUCAUGAAUAUUUGUUCCGUGUAUCUGCAGAGAACAAGUGUGGUCCUGGACAAGCAACAGAAACCAAAACACCUAUACUUGCAAUUGAUCCACUUCAGAAACCUGGUGAACCAGAGAAUUUCCAUGUAGCUGAUGUUGGCAAGAACUUUGUUUUCCUGAGAUGGCGAAGACCAGAUUAUGAUGGUGGCAGUCCAAACUUAGGAUACAUUCUGGAAAAGAAAGCAAAGGAUGCUGAGAAGUGGGAAAGCUUACAUGAUGGCAUAAUCAAAGAUACAUUCUUUAUGGUGGACAAAUGUGCUGAGAACCAAAUAUAUCAAUUUAGAGUCCAGGCAUCUAAUGAUGGUGGGGAAAGCAACUGGGUGAAGACAUCUGAUGUUCUUGUCAAAGAGGAAAUUCAAAAACCAGUUCUUGACCUCAAAUUUGCUGGUACUAUAGUGGUUAAAGCUGGUGAAUCAGUCAGGCUUGAGGCAGCCCUCAGAGGAAAGCCACAACCUGAGGUAAAAUGGGUGAAGGACAAGACUACAGAAGAUAACCCAAGAGUUAGCAUUGACACUGGAGCAGAUUAUUCAAAAUUCCUUAUGACUAAAGCCAAACGAUCGGACACUGGAAAAUAUGUAAUUACUGCCACAAACUCUGUUGGAACUUUCACUGCAUAUGCAAAUAUAAGUGUUUUGGACAUACCAGGACCUGUCAGGGAUGUCAGGGUCACUGGUGUGUCCACAGACAAAUGCAGAGUUGUGUGGGAUCCUCCAGAGGAUGAUGGUGGAUGUGAAGUUGAUAGCUAUAUUCUAGAAAAAUGUGAAACUAGAAGAAUGGUUUGGUCUACAUAUUCUGCUAAUGUAGUCACUAACUACUGUAAUGUUACUCGCCUUGUGGAAGGUAAUGAGUACAUCUUUAGGGUUAGAGCAGAAAACAAGAUGGGAACAGGUCCUCCAAUGGAGAGCAAGCCUGUUAUUGCCAAAACACAAUACAGCAGACCUGGUCCACCUGAUCCACCAGAGGUCACCAAAAUUGGCAAGGAUGAGAUGACUGUGAUGUGGGCUCCUCCUGAGAAUGAUGGUGGAAAAUCCAUUACCGGCUACAUCUUAGAAAGAAAGGAGAAGCGUGCUGUACGAUGGGUACCGGUUACAAAAAGUCCCAUUUCUGAGAGGCGCAUGAAAGUAACCAACCUGAUUCCUAACCAUGAAUAUCAAUAUCGUGUUAAAGCUGAAAAUGAAGUUGGAUUGGGAGAACCAAGCAAACCUUCAAGACCAGUUUGUGCUAAGGAUCCAAUUGAGCCUCCUGGUCCUCCUGGCAGUCUAAAAGUGGUAGACAGUACAAAGACUUCAAUUACACUUGGCUGGUCCAAACCAGUGUAUGACGGUGGAGCUCCAAUCAUUGGAUAUUUGGUUGACAUGAGAGAGAAGAUUGAAAUGGAAGGUGAACAAGAGCGAGAUCCUGAAGAAGGCUGGUCAAGAUGCAACACUAGUGGGCAGCUCGUUCUCACUGAAUUCACAAUGCUCAAUUUGGAUGAGAGGAAGCAAUAUGAAUUCCGUGUCGCUGCACAAAAUCAAGUUGGAAUCGGUCGCCCAGCAAAACUUAAAGAUGCUGUGACACCAAAAGAGAUUCAUGAAUUGCCAGAGAUUGAUCUGGAUGCCAGUUUGAGAAAAGGACUCAGUGUAAGAGCAGGUUGUCCCAUUAGAUUAUUUGCUACAAUCAGAGGAAGGCCAUCACCUAAAGUGACCUGGAAACGCAUUGGUAUUGACAAUGUUGUCAGGAGAGGUCAUGUGGACCACAUUGAUACAAUGACCUUUCUUGUUAUACCUGAGAGCACACGUGAAGACUCUGGAAAAUACUCUCUGACACUCUCAAAUCCUGCAGGAGAGAAAGCUAUAUUUGUUCAUGUUAAGGUCUUGGAUACUCCUGGACCUGUUGGUGAACUGGAAGCAACCAAUGUCACAAAGACAUCUUGCCAACUCUCCUGGUCACCCCCAGAAAAUGAUGGUGGCAGUCCAAUCCUUAACUACAUUGUUGAAAAGCGUGAAGUAGAUAGGAAGACGUGGACAAGUUGCACCAAUGACUUAAAGAAAAUAAGUUUUAAAGUCACAAACCUAACACCAGGAACUGAAUACUGCUUCAGGGUCACGGCAGUCAACAAGUAUGGUAUUGGGGUGCCAAAAGACUCUCCAAAAUCCUAUUUGGCUGUAGAUUCCAUGAGUGAACCAGAUCCACCCAAAAAGAUGGAUGUCUUGGAGAUUUCAAAAAACAGUGCAACACUUGGAUGGCUAAAACCACUAAGAGAUGGAGGCUCUAAGAUUAAUGGCUACAUAGUUGAUUACCAGGAGGCUAGUCAGCCUGAGGACAAAUGGACUUUAUACUCAGUUGUAAAAGACUUGAGCAUUGUUGUUGUUGGUCUAAAAGAAAACACAAAGUACAGAUUCAGGGUUGCUGCAAGAAACUCUAUAGGAUGCAGUCUGCCAAGAGAGGCUGAAGGAAUUUUUGAAGUCAAAGAGCAGCUGAUGGGACCAAAGAUCAUCAUGCCUGAUGUGGUCACAGCAAAGGCAGGAACAAAGCUGAAGGUUGAAGCACUUGUAUCUGGCAAACCUAUUCCAGUCACUACGUGGAAAAGAGGAAGUGAUGAUGUGGUUACAUCUGAUCGUCUUUCUGUGCAAAAGACAUUGUCCUCAUCCACACUAAUGAUUAAGGAUGUUUCAAGGAAGGACAGUGGUUAUUAUAGUCUUUCUGCUGAGAACAACAUUUCUAAGGUCAACCAAAUCCUCAGAAUUAUCAUCAUGGAUAAACCUGGUCCCCCAGAGGGGCCCCUGGAAAUUCUUGAGGUGGACAUUGAUGCCUGUACUCUUGCAUGGAACUCACCAACUGAGGAUGGUGGUAGCAACAUCACUAAUUAUGUUGUUGAAAAAUGUGAUGUGAGCAGAGGUGACUGGGUCCCUGCUGUAGCCUCUUGCACCAAGACCAGUUGCCGAGUGAAUAAACUUACUCCUGGCAGGGAAUAUGGUUUCCGAGUGCGUGCUGAAAAUCGCUUUGGAAUUUCAGAGCCAAUCUACUCUGAAAAAAUGAUUGCCAGAUAUCCAUUUGAUCCACCCAGUGAACCAAGGAACUGCUGUGUCAAUAAAAUCAACAAGGACUUUGCUGUUUUGUCUUGGGAGACACCAGUAAAUGAUGGUGGUAGUCCUAUUCUAGGAUACUCGAUUGAACGUAAAGAGAGAAACAGCCUUUUAUGGGUCAAGGCAAAUGAGACACUUGUUCGUCCAACUGAAUACUCCUGCUUUGGCCUUAUUGAUGGUCUGGAAUAUACAUUCAGAGUAUCUGCUGUGAAUAAGGCAGGCCAAAGCAAACCAAGCAAACCUACUGAGAUCAUUACAGCAAGGACUCCAGUUGAUCCACCUGGUAAACCAGAGGUUCUUGACGUAACAAGAAAUUCAGUUUCCCUUGUUUGGAGCCGUCCAAAACAUGAUGGUGGCAGCAAACUUAUUGGUUAUUAUGUUGAGUCUUUGAAACUUCCAGGUGAGAAGUGGGUGCGUAUAAAUGCAAGCAGCAAAAAUGUGCCUAAAGAGGACUACAUUGUCACUGGACUUGAAGAGGGAGCCCAAUACAAGUUCAGAAUUAUUGCAAAGACGGCAAUUAACAUCAGCGAGCCUUCAGAAGAGUCUGAUGCAAUCACAGUCAUUGCAGAGCAUGUUCCACCCCGGGUUGAGAUCAGUCUUGAAAUGAAGAACCUUAUCACUGUCAAAGCUGGAGCAAAUGUUUGCCUUUAUGCUGAGGUCUAUGGAAAACCAUUACCGAAAGUUACAUGGAAGAGAAAUGGUGUGCCAUUGUCACUUGUUGAGGGCAUAAAGAUGUCUCAGAAGAGACAUCUCUUCCUCUUAGAAUUGUUCUCUGUGACAAGAAAGGAGACUGGAGAGUAUACUAUCGUUGCUGAGAACCCUAGUGGCACUAAGUCUGGCAACAUUAAGCUGAAAGUUCUGGAUAAACCUGGACCCCCAGCUUCAGUAAAGAUCAGCCAUGUUUUCGCUGACCGGGUCAAAAUACGGUGGGAGCCACCUCUUUCAGAUGGUGGUGCUGAAAUAACCAACUACAUUAUUGACAAACGCGAAACAAGCAGAGCUAACUGGGCUCAGGUUACUUCCAACAUUCAUGGACAGAUUACAAACUGCUCAGUGGAGAAACUGAUUGAGGGUCAUGAAUAUGAGUUCCGCGUCAGUGCCGAAAACAAGUAUGGUGUUGGUGACCCAAUUGUCACUACCUCUGUGAUUGCUAAGAAUCCAUAUGAUGUUCCUGGACCUUGUGACCCACCUGUUAUUACCAAUGUUACCAAAGACCACAUGACUGUGAGCUGGAAGGCCCCUGCUGAUGAUGGCAAAUCCCCAAUCCUUGGAUACAUGGUUGAAAAACGCGAAACUCAUGAACUCAGUUGGUCUAAAAUAAACAGAAAACCUGUCAUUGAUAGAACCAUUAAAGCUGGAGGUCUCACUGAGGGUACUGAGUAUGAAUUCAGAGUUAUUGCUCUCAAUAAGGCUGGUCUUGGCAAACCAAGUGAUCCCUCUCAGGCUGCUCUUGCAGUGGACCCACUAUAUCCACCAGGGCCACCUGCGUUCCCCAAGGUUGUUGAUACUACACACAGCUCAGUCAGUCUAUCCUGGACCAAGCCUGCCUAUGAUGGUGGCUGUGAAAUUUUGGGCUACCUGGUUGAGGUCAGGAGGGCAGAUUCAGAGGACUGGUUAAAGUGCAAUAUGGCAAAAAAUCUCCAGGACACAAAGUUCCUUGUCACUGGGCUCCUUGAUAACACAGAGUAUCAAUUCCGUGUGAUUGCUGUAAAUAAGAUUGGAUUUAGUGAGCCAAGUGAAGUUCCUGGGAAGCAUAUGGCAAAAGACAUUUUAAUUGUCCCUGAGGCAGACCUUGAUGCAGAUCUAAGGAAAGCACUUGUAUUGCGUGCUGGAGUCACAUUGAGAAUCUAUGUGCCAAUUAGAGGCCGUCCUGCACCAAAGGCUACAUGGAGCAAGGUCAAUGCCAACUUGAACGAGAGGCAAGGUCUUAUGAUCAACACAACUGAAUGGGAUACUUUUGUAUAUUGUGAAAACAUCAACAGAUAUGAUGCUGGCAAAUAUGUGCUAACCCUUGAAAACAGCAGUGGAUCCAAGUCCUAUACCAUUGUUGUCAAAGUCUUAGAUACACCUGGACCACCACUCAACCUGACUGUAAAAGAAACAUCAAAAAAUCAUGUGUCCAUCACUUGGGAUCCUCCACAAAUUGAUGGUGGAAGUCCAGUGAAGAGCUAUGUUGUGGAAAAACGUCUGGCAGAACGGAAAGCAUGGACCUGUGUUGCUUCUGAGUGCCCCAAAACAUCUUUCAGAAUUACUAACCUAGAAGCUGGAAACGCUUACUGCUUCAGAGUCUCCGCUGAAAAUGUGUAUGGUAUUGGGGAAGGCUGUGAGACAGCUGGACCAGUUAAAGCCUCAGAGCAACCUGGACCAGUUACAGACUUCAAACCUGCACUGGUCACCAAGGAUUCUUGCACUCUUAUUUGGAAGAAGCCCAUCAGUGAUGGUGGAAGCCAUAUUGUUGCAUACGCAUUAGAAAUCAGUGAAGGUGAAGACAAAUGGAAGCAGCUCAUGAAGGCCAAACACCUGCAAUACACAGUUAAGGACCUACAAGAAGGAAAAGAAUACUCUUUCAGAGUUAAGGCUUUUAAUGAGACCGCAGAAGGACCCACCACUGAACUGACUGCGGUGGCUAAGGAUCAAAUUGUUCUUCCAGACUGUGACCUAAAGGGGUUGCCAGACUCUUGUUAUGUGGCAAAGGAGGGAAGCACGGUUCGCCUCACAAUCCCAAUUACUGGCAUUCCUGCUCCAACAGUCAUGUGGAAGAAGGGUGGUAUUGCUUUGGGAGAUAGUGGACGAGUCUCUGUUGAAUCCACAGCGACAAACACAACCUUGCUGAUACGUGACUGUCAGAGAGGUGAUGCAGAGAAGUACUGUCUCAUUUUGAAAAACACUGCAGGAACCAAGGAAUCCACUAUAUGCAUCAAAGUAGUUGGAAAGCCUGGAAUUUGCACAGCGCCCAUCAAAUUUGAUGAAAUUACAGCUGAUGGAAUUACUUUGGAAUGGGGUCCACCCAAGGAUGAUGGUGGAUCAGAAAUUACCAACUAUAUCGUAGAGAAGAGGCAGGCAACAAAUAACAAGUGGGUCACUGUUGCUUCAGCCAUUCAGAAGAACAUCAUGAGAGUCACCAGACUCCAUGAUGGAACAGAGUACCUAUUCAGAGUAUGUGCUGAAAACAAAUACGGUGUUGGAGACUUUCUGAGAUCUGAACCAGUGGUGGCUAAACAUCCAUUCAAUGCGCCAGAGGCUCCAGAUCCACCACAGGUCUUGGCUAUUCGCCAUGAGUCUGCUAUUGUGUCCUGGUCAGAUCCAAAGGAUACUGGAGGUUCUCCUAUUACAGGAUACCAUGUGGAAUUCAAAGAUAGGAACAGUUUAUUAUGGAAGAGAGCCAGCAAAACACCUCUGAGAGUGAAGGAGUAUAGAGUGACUGGUUUAGUUGAGGGUCUCGAGUAUGAAUUCAGAGUUAUGGCUAUAAACAUAGCUGGACUAGGAAAACCAAGCAAACCAACUGAAGCAUUUAUUGCUCUUGAUCCAAUUGAUUCUCCUGGCAAACCUGAUGUAAUCAGCAUUACAAGGAACAGUGUAACACUCAUUUGGACUGCACCUAAAUAUGAUGGUGGUCACAGACUGACUGGCUAUAUUGUUGAAAAGCUAGAGCACCCAGGAAAGGUCUGGAUGAAGGCCAACCAUGUCAAUGUCCAGAGUUGUGCUUUCACAGUAACAGAUUUGCAAGAAGGCUGCAUGUAUGAUUUUAGAAUUAGAGCAAAGAAUGCAGCUGGUGCCAUUAGUGCACCCUCAGAGCAAACUGACACCCUUGUCUGCAAAGAUGAAUAUGAGCCACCAACUAUUACAAUUGACCCUGAAAUGAAGGAUGGUAUCAGAGUCAGGGCUGGAGAAACAAUUGUGAUUUCUGCAUCAAGUAUUCUCGGUAAACCUCCACCUACAUCUGCAUGGUCUAAGGAAGGAAGAGAAUUCAAGCCAUCGGAUGUUGUCCAGAUUACAAGCACCCCCACAUCUUCAACUCUGUCAAUUAAAUAUGCCAGCAGAAAGAACACUGGGGAGUAUACAAUUACUGCCAGCAACCCAUUUGGUAUUAAGGAAGAAAGAGUAAAAGUAAAAGUCCUAGAUGUGCCUGGUCCACCUGGUCCUAUUGAGGUCAGCAGUGUCUCUGCUGAAAAAUGCACACUGACAUGGUUACCACCAGAAGAGGAUGGAGGCAGUGCUAUCAAAUCAUAUAUCCUUGAAAAGAGAGAAACUAGCCGCCUACUUUGGACAAAGCUUGCUGAUAAUGUAAUGGAUUGCCAUCAUGUGGCCUGCAAGUUGAUUAAAGGCAAUGAAUAUAUCUUCCGUGUUUCAGCGAUCAAUCAGUAUGGUACAGGCGAUGCUAUCCAGUCUGGUCCAGUCAAAAUGGUUGACAGCUUUGGACCCCCUGGGCCACCAUCAAAACCAGAAAUUGACAAUGUCAGCAGAACCGCUGUAACUAUUUCCUGGAAGAGACCAGUGGUGGAUGGAGGAAGUGAUAUUAGAGGGUAUAGUGUUGAGAGAAAGGAGAGGAGAGGUAUGAGAUGGGUUAGAGCUUCAAAGAAGUCCAUCUCCGAUCUACGUUAUAAAGUAUCAGGCCUUACGGAAGGAGUAGAGUAUGAGUUCCGUGUAACUGCCGAGAACAAAGCUGGUUUUGGAGAACCCAGUGAGCCAUCCCAACCAGUGCUGACAAAGGACAUUACAUAUCCACCUGGACCCCCAUCCAACCCAAGAAUAACUGAUACCACUAAAACAACAGCAACAUUUAACUGGGGAAGACCCUUUUAUGAUGGUGGCCUUGAUGUAACAGGAUAUAUUGUUGAGCACAAAAAGGAAGGAGUAGAUGAUUGGAUUCAGGACACAACUUCUCCCUUGAGAAUCACUGAGUUUGUUGUUCCAAACCUACAAGCAGGAGGCAAAUAUAAUUUCAGAGUCAGUGCAAUUAAUUCAGAAGGAUGUGGGGAACCUGCUGAAGUUGAGAAAAUUGUGGAACUUGUUGACCGUGAAGAGAUUCCUGACUUUGAACUUGAUGCAGAACUGAGAAGAACACUUAUUGUCCGAUCAGGUGGCUCCAUCCGCAUAUUUGUACCAAUUAAGGGCCGUCCAACUCCCGAAGUUACAUGGAUGAAAGAUGAUGUUGCUCUCAAAGGUAGAGCUCACAUCGAUAGUACUGAGUCAUACACUCUAGUGGUCGUCCCAGACUGUACAAGAUAUGAUGCUGGAAAAUACAUUUUGACUUUAGAAAAUGUUGCUGGAAAGAAGACAGGCUUUGUCAAUGUCCGAGUCGUGGACACACCUGGGCCCCCAGUCAAUUUGAAACCAAGGGAAAUCACCAAAAACAGCAUCACACUUCAGUGGGAGAUUCCAAUUAUUGAUGGCGGAUCAAAGAUAAAAAAUUACAUAAUUGAGAAGCGUGAUGCAACUAGAAAGGCCUUCACAAUAAUUACUACAAAUUGGCAGAAAUGUUCGUACAAGAUUAAAGAUUUGGAAGAGGGAGCUGAAUAUUACUUCAGAGUUUCAGCUGAAAAUGAACAAGGUAUUGGUGAGGCAGCAGAGACACCUGAACCUAUCAGAGCUUCCCAGGCUCCAUCUUCACCAGACAAUUUAGUAGUUACAGAUGUGACAAAGGAUACAGCGACUCUUGCAUGGACAAAACCAACUUAUGAUGGUGGUAGCAGAAUCACUGGCUACGUGAUUGAGGCUCAGAAGAAGGAUUCUGAUCAGUGGCUACAUGUCACAACAAUAAAGGCGUUGGACUAUACUGUAACAGACUUAACAGAAAAUGCAGAAUAUGUAUUCCGUAUCUUUGCUGUGAACAGCUCAGGUAGAAGCGAACCUCGUGAAAGCCGGCCAGUUGAAAUCAAGGAGCAGACUACAGCACCAGGAUUUGACCUCAGAUCGGUUUAUCAGAAGUUGGUAGUAGCCAAAGCAGGUGAUAAUGUGAAGGUUGAGAUCCCUGUUUUUGGUCGUCCAAGACCAUCUGUUACCUGGAAGAAAGAAGAUCAGGAACUUAAACAGACACAAAGAAUUAACACUGACAACACAACAACCUCAACAAUCCUUAACAUAAGAGAAAUCAAGAGAAAAGAUGGAGGACAGUAUUCAAUGACAGGGAAGAAUAUACUGGGAACAGUGACAGAAACCAUUACUGUACAAGUACAUGAUAUCCCAGGACCACCAACUGGACCGAUUAAAGUGGAUGAAGUGUCCUGUGACUAUGUACUUAUAUCAUGGGAUUCACCAGAGAAUGAUGGAGGAGUUCCUAUCAGUAAUUAUAUUGUCGAGAUGAGAGAGACAACUGGCACAUCCUGGGUUGAGUUAGCAGCUACUGUCAUCCGCACAACAUUCAAAGCUGCACGUCUUACAACAGGAAUUCAAUAUCAGUUCCGUGUAAAAGCUCAGAACAGAUAUGGUGUUGGUCCCUACAUAACAUCUGAGCCCAUUGUUGCUGCUUAUCCAUUUGAGGUACCAGGCCAGCCAGGUAUUCCACAAGUUGUUGCCUUCACAAAAGAUUCUAUUACAAUUAGCUGGAAUGAACCUUCCACAGAUGGGGGUAGCCCAAUUUUGGGAUAUCAUAUUGAGAGAAAAGAGAAAAACAGCAUCUUGUGGCAGCGGAUCAGCAAAGCCCUUAUAGUUGGGAACAUUUUUAAGUCAUCUGGUCUGAUGGAUGCUAUUGCAUACGAAUUCCGUGUUAUUGCUGAAAACAUGGCUGGUCUUAGCAAGCCAAGCAAGGCUUCUGAAAUGACAUUUGCACUGGACCCAGUGGACCCUCCCAGUCAACCAGUGGCACUUAAUAUAACUAGACAUGAGGUUACCCUUCAAUGGAUGAAGCCACAGAGUGAUGGUGGUUUUCCAAUCACUGGAUACACUGUGGAAAAGAGAGAACUGCCAAAUGGUCGCUGGCUCAAAGCAAACUUUGGAAAUAUCCACGAGACAAGCUUCACUGUAAGUGGUCUGACAGAAAAUUAUUCAUAUGAAUUCCGUGUCUUUGCAAGAAAUUCAGCUGGAUCUGUCAGCAAGCCCUCAAAACCCUCAGAAGUCAUAAUCUGCAGAGAUGAUAUUGAGGAGCCAAAGCUUGAUAUUGAUGCAAGCUUUAGCAGUAUUGUGGUAGUUAAGGCAGGCGAUGUCUUCAAACUAGAUGCAAAUGUUACUGGCAGACCAAUCCCAUCUUUGAUAUGGACAAAAGACGGGAAAGAACUUGAAGACACUGCAAAACUAGAGAUCAAAACAGCAAAUUUCCAUACAUGUUUAAUCAACAAAGAUUCAUCACGAAGAGAUGGUGGUGCAUUCACUCUAACUGCGAGCAACCCUGGAGGAUUUGCCAAGUUUGUUUUCAAUGUUAAAGUCCUUGAUAGGCCUGGGCCUCCUGAAGGACCCCUUCAUGUUACAGACAUGACAACAGAGAAAUGUAUUCUGUCUUGGCUACCACCACUUGAAGAUGGAGGAGCAAAGAUUGAAUAUUAUAUAAUUCAGAGACGUGAAACAAGCAGACUUGCAUGGACAAAUGUAGCCACAGAUUUGCAAGUCAACCGUUAUAAAGUUACCAAAUUGCUAAAAGGAAAUGAAUAUGUCUUCAGAGUUAUGGCUGUGAAUAAAUAUGGAGUUGGUGAGCCCCUUGAGUCAGAACCUGCAGUUGCCAAUAACCCAUAUGUACCCUCUGAUCCACCACAAGCUCCUGAAGUAACAACAAUAACAAAGGACUCUAUGGUGGUUUGCUGGGGACAUCCUGAAAACAAUGGAGGAAGUGCCAUAAAUACCUAUAUAAUUGAAAGAAGAGAUAAAACUGGCCUCCGAUGGGUAAAAUGCAAUAAGAGGUCAGUAACUGAUUUGCGCUUUAAAGUGUCUGGACUUACACCAGAGCAUGAAUAUGAAUUCAGGAUCCUGGCUGAAAAUGCUGCUGGUUUAAGUGCUCCAAGCCCUUCAAGUCCAUUUUAUAAGGCAUGUGACACAAUAUUCCAACCUGGACCACCAGGGAGUCCAAGAAUUUUGGAUACAACAAAGUCCUCCAUUACUGUUGCUUGGAAUAAACCAGUUUACGAUGGUGGUUCAGACAUUACAGGAUAUAUUGUAGAAACCUGCCUACCAGAAGAAGAUGAAUGGACAGUUGUCACUCCAAAGGAGGGUCUUAUAGGAACAUCAUUUACCAUAAUUAAUUUAAGAGAAAACCAAGAAUAUAAGAUCAACAUUUCUGCCCUGAACUGUGAGGGAGUCGGAGAACCUGCAUCAGUACCUGGUUCACCAAAAGCAGAGGACCGAUAUAUUCCACCUGAAAUUGAGCUUGAUUCAGAUCUUCGAAAAGUGGUGAACAUUAGAGCUUGCUGCACACUUAGACUGUUUGUACCAAUUAAAGGAAGACCUACACCAGAAGCUAAAUGGUCAAGGGAGAAUGGUGAACCUCUUGAUAAAGCAUCUAUUGAGACCACAACAUCAUUCACAUCGCUUGUUAUUGAGAAUGUUAACAGGUUUGACAGUGGAAAAUAUUUGCUAACAGUGGAAAACAGCUCUGGGAGUAAAACAGCAUUUGUGAAUGUCAGGGUGCUUGACACUCCAGGGGCACCACAAAAUCUCACAAUUAAGGAAAUCACAAAAGAUUCUGUCUCACUUAUGUGGGAUCCUCCAAUUAUUGAUGGUGGAUCAAGAGUCAGGCAUUACCUUGUAGAAAAACGUGAAUCCACAAGAAAGGCAUAUUCCAUUGUAAAUGCUUCCUGUCCCAAAACAAGCUGGAGAAUUGGUGAUCUGCAGGAGGGAAGUUUGUAUUUCUUCAGAAUAUUAGCUGAAAAUGAAUAUGGUGUUGGCCUCCCAGUGGAAAUUGCUGAACCAGUCAAGAUUUCUGAAAAGCCUUUACCUCCUGGUAAGGUGACUCUUAAAGAGGUAACAGGCAGCAGUGUAACACUGUCCUGGGAGAAGCCGGAUCAUGAUGGAGGAAGCAGAAUCACAGGCUAUAUUGUGGAAAUGCAAGGAAAGGGCAGUGACAAAUGGACUCAGGUGAUGACUGUUAAGGUAACAGAGGCAGUUAUUGCUGGUCUGACUCAAGGUGAAGAGUACUCAUUCCGUAUAUUGGCAACAAACGAAAAAGGGACAAGUGAUCCUCGGCUACUCGGUGUGCCUGUUGUGGCGAAGGAUCUUAUCAUCACACCUGCUUUCAAGUUUUUAUUUAAUACAUUCAGUGUGCUGGCAGGUGAUGACCUCAAGAUAGAUGUACCAUAUGUUGCUCAGCCCAAGGCUGCAGUUACCUGGAUUAAAGAUGGCACUGUUCUUAAAGAGACAACACGGGUAAAUUCUGAAGUUACUGACAGUCAUCUAUACCUUGUAAUCAAGGAAGCAACACGUGAUGAUGUGGGUAAAUAUGCUAUCAAGAUUACAAACUCAGCUGGAGAAGCUACAGCUGAGAUCACCGUAGUUGUACUUGAUAAACCUGGCCCUCCUACUGGACCUAUCAAAAUAGAUGAGGUAACUGCAGACAGUGCGACAUUGUCAUGGCAACCACCAGAGUAUGAAGGUGGUUGUUCAAUUAAUAAUUAUAUUGUGGAAAAGAGAGACACAUCCACCACAAACUGGCAGAUUGUGUCAGCUACAGUUGCUAGAACAACCACGAAAGCUGCAAGACUAAAAACUGGCUUUGAGUAUCAAUUCAGGAUUGCAGCUGAAAAUAGAUAUGGUAAGAGCUCAUUUCUACUGUCUGACCCAGUCAUUGCACAGUAUCCAUUUGAGGUGCCAAGUGCACCAGGGACUCCCACUGUUCAGUCUGCUACCAAAGAAACUAUGGUCAUUGUUUGGAACAGGCCUAGCAGUGAUGGUGGAAGCAAGAUUAUUGGAUAUCAUCUUGAGAGUAAGGAAAGAAAUAGCCUCCUGUGGGUGAAACAAAAUAAAACCAUCAUUCCAGACACAAGAUUCAAGGUUAGUGGUCUCGAAGAAGGCAUUGAAUAUGAGUUCAGAGUUUAUGCUGAGAAUAUUGUUGGACUGAGCAAAGCCAGCAAAGUGUCAGAAAUACAAGUAGCAAGAGAUCCCUGUGAUCCUCCAGGCAAACCAGAAGCAGUAAUUGUCACUAGAAGCUCUAUAACAUUACGAUGGACAGCACCAGAGUUUGAUGGUGGCAGCCGAAUAACUGGAUAUGUAGUUGAGAAGAAAGAGCUGCCUAAUGGUCGCUGGAUGAAGGCUAGUUUCACUAAUAUCAUAGAAACUGAAUUUGUUGUCAGUGGCUUGGUGGAAGAACAACAAUAUGAGUUCCGGGUCAUUGCAAAAAAUGCAGCUGGUGUAUAUAGUGUACCAUCUGUCAGUACCGGUGCAAUAACUGCAAAGGAUGAAGUAGAGCCACCUAUGAUUGACUUGGAUGCUAAAUAUUCUCAAAUCAUUAUUGUUAAUGCUGGAGAAUCAUUUAAGAUUGACGCAGGAAUAUCUGGCAAGCCUAUACCAUCAGUCCAUUGGAUAAAAAAUGGUGAGGAACUUGCUAAUACAGCUAGACUUGAGAUUAAAAAUACAGACUUCACAGCCUCUUUGAGCGUAAAAGAAGCUAUUCGUGUUGAUGGAGGCCAGUACACACUGUUGUUGAAAAAUGUCGGUGGUGAGAAAUCCAUAAACAUCAAUAUCAAAGUUCUAGACAGGCCUGGACCACCAGAUGGGCCUAUUUCUAUAUAUGGGGUUACAAGUGAGAAAUGCUGCAUAGCAUGGAAAACGCCUUUACAUGAUGGAGGUGCUGAGGUAUCUCAUUAUAUUGUUGAAAGAAGGGAGACCAGCCGAUUAGUUUGGACUGUUGUGGAAUCUAAGGUUCAAACCCUUAAUCUGAAGAUUACCAAGCUCCUUCCUGGAAAUGAAUACAUUUUCAGAGUGAUCCCUGUUAACAAAUAUGGAAUUGGUGAGCCUCUGGAAUCUGAUCCAGUUAUUGCCACAAAUCCAUUUGUCACACCUGAUCCACCAACUGGGGUGGAUAUAUCCAAUAUAACAAAGGACUCCAUGGUUGUUACUUGGGAAAGGCCCAUUAAUGAUGGAGGUAAUGCAAUUACAGGAUUUGUAAUUGAAAAGAGGGACAAAGAAGGUGUCAGAUGGACAAGAUGCAAUAAACGUUUAGUUAGUGAACUGCGCUUUAGAGUGACAGGUCUUCUUGAAAACCGCAGUUAUGAAUUCCGUGUCUCUGCUGAGAAUGCAGCUGGAAUUGGUAAACCAAGUGCCCCUACUGUAUACUUCAAGGCUUUGGAUCCAGUCUUCAGGCCAGGUCCACCAAACAACCCAAAGGUUGUUGAUGUCUCAAGGUCAUCUGUUGUACUACAUUGGAGCAAACCUAUUUAUGAUGGUGGAUGCGAGAUUCAAGGUUAUAUUGUUGAAGUCUGUGAAGGCAUAACUGACGAGUGGACAAUGUGCACACCUCCAACAGGAAUCACUGAAACAAGAUUUGAAGUUCAAAAACUGCUGGAAAAACAUGAAUACAAAUUCAGAAUUUGUGCGAUAAAUAAGGUUGGAGUUGGAGAACAUGCAGAUAUAAAAGAAUCCAUUCUCAUGGAGGACAAACUGGAGGCACCAGAUAUUGAUCUUGAUGCUGACCUAAGAAAGAUGAUUACUGUUAGAGCUGGAGGAGCCCUUAGAUUAUUUGUUCCAAUCAGAGGCAGACCAGCUCCUGAGGUCAAAUGGGGAAAAGCUGAAGGGGAAAUUAAUGAAACAGCACAGAUUGACAUCACAAGCAGUUAUACUUCUCUUGUAAUUGAAAACAUGAAUAGAUUUGACAGUGGAAAAUACACUUUGACUUUGGAAAAUGCAAGUGGUACAAAAUCUGCAUUUAUUAGUGUCAGAGUACUUGACACCCCUGAUGCACCUGCAAACUUCCAUGUAAAGGAAAUAACAAAGAAUUCAGUUACUCUCACAUGGGAGCCACCUUUGCUGGAUGGUGGAGCUAAAAUAAAAAAUUAUAUUGUAGAAAAGCGUGAGAGUACAAGGAAGGUAUACUCUACUGUUACUUCCUGCAACAAGAUGACAUAUAAGAUAGAGCAGCUCCAAGAAGGCAACAACUACUUCUUCAGAGUUCUUGCUGAAAAUGAAUAUGGAAUUGGAUUACCUGCUGAAACUCUAGAACCACUAAAAAUCUCAGAAGUGCCACAACCUCCUGGAAAAGUCUCUGUAGUGGAUGUUACACGAAAGAGCAUCUCUCUGUCCUGGGAAAAACCAGAACAUGAUGGGGGUAGUAAAAUCACUCACUAUGAAGUUGAGAUGCAAGCAAAAGACAGUGAAAAGUGGUCUCUGUGUGCACAAGUUAAAUCACUUGACACCAUUAUUACCAAUUUAGUCCAAGGUGCAGAGUACAAUUUUAGGGUAACUGCAGUUAAUGACAAAGGAAAGAGUGAUCCCAGACAUCUAGCACAGUCUGUUCUUGCAAAAGACCUUGUAAUUGAGCCAUCUGUAAGGGUGAAACUUAACACAUAUAGUGUACAAGUUGGCCACGACUUGAAAAUUGAAGCACGUAUCACUGGUCAUCCAAAGCCAACCAUUACAUGGACUAAAGAUGGUACAGAGCUGAAACAGACCACAAGAGUUAAUGUUGCAGACACUGCCCACCAUACAACAUUAUCAAUUAAAGAUGCAACAAGAGAUGAUGGUGGUAUGUACAGCAUUACUGUAGCUAAUGUACUAGGACAAAAGGAGGCCACUGUUGAAAUUAUUAUACUUGACAAACCUGGUCCACCAACAGGGCCAGUGAGGAUAGAUGAAAUAAGUGCAGAAAGUAUUACAGUGUCAUGGGAUCCUCCAAGUUAUACAGGAGGAUGCCAAAUUUCAAAUUACAUUGUGCAAAAGAGAGAUACUACCACAACUAACUGGGCAAUUGUUUCAGCUACAGUAGCAAGAACUACACUCAAAGUUGGAAAUUUGAAAACUGGAGCUGAGUACCAGUUCAGAAUCUUUGCAGAAAAUAGAUAUGGGAAAAGCUAUGCCAUUGACUCAGAGCCGGUUGUUGCUCAGUAUCCUUUUAAAGAACCAGGCCCCCCUGGAACACCAUAUGUGUCUGUCUUUACCAAAGAAUCUAUGGUAGUUGAAUGGCACAAACCAAUUUCAGAUGGUGGCAGUGCUAUUCUUGGAUAUCAUCUUGAAAGAAAAGAAAAGAACAGUAUUCUCUGGACAAAAAUAAAUAAAAUGCUUAUUCAAGACACUCGAUUUAAAACAUCUCCUUUGGAGGAAGGCAUAGAAUAUGAGUUCAGAGUUUCUGCUGAAAAUAUUGUUGGAAUUGGUAAAUGCAGCAAAGUUUCUGAAGGUUGCGUGGCCCGUGAUCCAUGUGAUCCUCCUGGCACACCAGUGCCAGUAAUUGUGACGAGACACUCAGUGAUGCUGAGAUGGACACCACCAGAAUAUGACGGAGGCAGUCUGGUUACUGGAUAUGUUGUGGAGAAACGGGACCUCCCAGAUGGCCGUUGGAUGAAAGCAAGCUUUACAAACAUCCUUGAAACUGAAUUUAUUGUCACAGGUCUGACAGAAGACUCAAAAUAUGACUUCAGGGUCAUUGCUAGAAAUGGUGCUGGAUCAGUCAGCAAGCCUUCUGCAUGCACAGGGCCAAUCACAGCUAAAGAUGAGGUUGAGCCACCAACCUAUGAGAUUGACUCACAAUACAGCCAAAUAAUGAUUGUAAAUGCUGGAGAUACAUUUGUACUGCAAGCAUCUGUAUUAGGGAAGCCAGUUCCAACAAUGCAGUGGUUCAAAGGUGAUGUGGAAGUUGAAAAUUCUGCAAGAGCUGAGACCAGGAACACAGACUUCAAAGCAGUCCUUGUUAUCAAAGAUGCUAUUAGAGUCGAUGGAGGACAGUACACUUUGCAGCUUACGAAUGUUGGGGGAACUAAAUCUGUGCCCUUUAACAUAAGAGUGCUUGAUAGACCUGGGCCACCAGCAGGACCUAUAACAGUUUCAAAUGUAACAAGUGAGAAGUGCUCUUUGUCAUGGCUUCCUCCUAUGCAUGAUGGUGGUAGCAGUAUUUCUCAUUACAUCAUUGAAAAAAGGGAAACCAGCCGUCUUACUUGGACUGUAGUGUCUAGUGACUGUGGAGCAACUAUGUUCAAGGUCACUAAGCUUCUAAAAGGAAAUGAAUACAUCUUCCGUGUCAUGGCUGUUAACAAAUAUGGUGUUGGUGAACCUUUAGAGUCUGUACCAGUAAUAAUGAGAAAUCCAUUUGUUCCUCCUGGACCACCUAGAGAACUAGAAAUAACAAAUAUUUCAAGAGAUUCUAUGACUGUGUGUUGGACUCGCCCAGAGACUGAUGGUGGAAGUGAGAUUGCUGGGUACAUUGUAGAAAAAAGAGACAGAACUGGAGUCAGAUGGACAAAAUGUAACAAACGUAGAAUUACUGACCUUCGCUUCAGAGUUACAGGUCUCACAGAAGACCAUGAAUAUGAAUUCAGGUUAUCUGCAGAAAAUGCUGCAGGAAUUGGUCAACCAAGUCCACCAACGCUGUAUUACAAAGCAUGUGACCCAACAUUUAAACCUGCUCCACCAACUAAUGCACACUUUACUGACACCACAAAGGACUCAGUGACUAUUCAGUGGAGUAGACCAAUCUAUGAUGGUGGCUUAGACAUCCAGGGCUAUGUUGUAGAGAUCUGCAAAGCUGAUGAAGAGGAAUGGCUAACAUGUACUCCACCUACUGGGUUGAAUGAUACUAAAUUCACAAUUACUAAACUCAUAGAACAUCAAGAAUACAAGGUUCGAAUAUGUGCUCUUAAUAAAUUAGGUGUUGGUGAGCCAGUCACCAUUCUUGGUACAGUAAAGCCUGUUGAUAAAAUGGAACCUCCUGAAAUUGAACUUGAUUCAGAGUUAAGAAAGGGCAUUGUUGUCCGAGCUGGAGGAAGCAUGAGAAUUAGCAUUCCCUUCAAAGGCCGUCCCACUCCAGAGAUAAACUGGACUAAGGAUGAUGGUGAUCUACCAAGUAAAACUCAAAUUGAAAAGGGUCUAGAUUAUACCCAGCUCUCAACUGACAUAUGUGAUCGGAAUGACGCAGGAAAAUAUAUUCUGACUCUCGAGAACAGCAGUGGUACCAAGUCAGCAUUUGUUUCAGUGAAAGUACUGGAUACACCAGGUGCUCCACUAAGCCUAACUGUUAAAGAUAUCACAAGAAAUUAUGUAACUCUUGUUUGGGAGCCUCCACUUAUAGAUGGUGGGGCAAAAAUAACAAAUUAUAUUGUGGACAAACGUGAAUCAACUAGACCUGCCUUCUCUAAUAUUACUACAAAAUGCACCAAGUCUAGCUUACGUAUUGGUGAUCUUAAUGAAGGUGGCAUUUAUUACUUUAGAGUCAUGGCUGAGAAUGAGUUUGGAGUUGGUCUGCCUGUAGAAACAGAAGAAUCCGUGAAGACAGCAGAUCCUCCUCUGCCUGUGGGUAAGGUCACAUUGACUGAUGUGACUAAAACUUCUGCAACACUGUCAUGGGAGAAACCAGACCAUGAUGGUGGUAGUAGGAUUCUAGGAUAUUAUAUUGAAAUGCAGCCAAAAGGAUCAGAAGACUGGGUAGUAGCAACUACUACCAAAACCUGUGAGGGAACAGUCACAGGACUCAGCGCUGGCAGAGAGUACCUCUUCAGAGUGUUGGCCUACAAUGAUAAAGGAAAGAGUGAUCCAAGGGCACUAGCAGCUCCAGUCAUAGCCAAUGAUAUGACAAUUGAACCAGCCCUCAAAUUGACUUUCAACACAUACAGUGUGCAAUGUGGUGGAGAGCUGAAAGUAGAAAUUCCAGUAAAAGGUCGUCCAACACCAAAGGUCACAUGGACUAAAGAUGGCCACUCAUUAAAGGAGACAACUAGACUAAAUGUCUCAAGCACAGCAAGAUCAACAGUUCUUAGCAUCAAAGAUGCCAAUAGAGAGGAUUCUGGUAAAUAUAUAGUAACAGCUAUAAACAAUAUAGGAUCAGUCUCAGAGGAAAUUGGUGUAAUCAUCUUAGACAAGCCUGGUCCACCUGUUGGCCCUGUUAAAAUUGAUGAAGUAAGUGCCAACUAUGUAAUAAUUUCAUGGGAACCACCUGUGUACACUGGUGGCUGUCAGAUAAACAAUUACAUUGUGGAGAAACGAGAUACAACUACCACAGCCUGGCAGAUUGUAUCAGCAACCAUUGCACGUACAACAAUCAAAAUCUCCAAGCUGAAAACUGGCUCAGAAUAUCAGUUUAGAGUGUUUGCUGAAAACAGAUAUGGAAAGAGUUCAUCUUUAGACUCAGUACCUGUUGUAGUUAGCUAUCCUUUCAGUGAACCUGCAGCGCCUGGUACACCAUUUGUGUCCUCAGUGACAAAAGAUCACAUGACAGUUGAAUGGAAGCCACCUAAUAAUAAUGGAGGUAGCCCUGUUCUUGGGUAUCACAUUGAGCGCAAAGAGAAGAACAGCAUUCUCUGGACAAAACUUAACAAUCUUCUUGUUACUGAUACUCGAUUCAAAACAAAUGGUCUUGAGGAGGGCAUUGAGUAUGAAUAUAGGGUAUUUGCUGAAAAUAUUGCAGGAAUAAGUCCAUCUAGCAAAGUUUCUCAAAGUGUUGUGGCACGUGAUCCAUGUGAUCCACCUGGAACUCCUGAGGCUAUUGUUAUCACUCGAAACCUUGUCACACUUCAGUGGACCAGGUCUCAAUACGAUGGAGGGAGUGCAGUCACAGGUUAUAUUGUUGAGAAGAAAAAGCUACCUGAUGGUCGUUGGAUGAAGGCUAGCUUUACAAAUAUAAUUGACACUCAGUUUACAAUUACAGAAUUGACAGAAGGAGACCGUUACGAAUUCAGAGUAAUUGCAAGAAAUGCAGCAGGUAUUUUAAGUGAGCCUUCUGAAAGCACCGGACCAAUUACUGCACAGGAUGAGAUUGAAGCACCUUCAGUUUCCAUGGACUCAAAAUUCAAGGAUGUCAUUAUUGUGAAUGCUGGUGAGACAUUUACUAUUGAUGCUGAUAUUGCAGGCAAACCACUCCCAGAUAUAAAGUGGCUAAAGGAUGGAAAAGAAAUUGACAGUGCUACUCCAAGAGUGGAAAUUAAAUCCACUAUUACACAUACGGCUUUAACCAUUAAAGACUGCAUAAGAGUAGAUGGUGGACAUUUUGUCCUAAGUCUCACCAAUGUGGGUGGAACAAAACUCGUCCCUGUAAAUGUCAAGGUUCUGGAUAGACCUGGUCCACCGGAUGGCCCUUUGAAGGUAACUGGUGUCAGAGCAGAAAAAUGCUAUCUACACUGGAGCCACCCAACACAUGAUGGUGGAGCUGGUGUUUCCCAUUACAUUAUCGAAAAGAGGGAAACAAGCAGACUGUCUUGGACUAUGAUAGAACCCAAAAUUCAAGCUAUCAGUUAUAAAGUCACCAAACUCUUGCCAGGUAAUGAGUACAUCUUUAGAGUCAUGGCAGUAAACAAGUAUGGUAUUGGUGAACCUCUUGAAUCUGAACCAGUUAUUGCAAGAAAUCCUUUUAAGACUCCUGGCCCACCUUCAACUCCAGAAGCAAGUGCAAUCACUAGAGACUCAAUGGUCCUUACAUGGGACCGUCCGGAGGAUGAUGGUGGUUCACAAAUUGAGAGUUAUAUCCUGGAGAAGCGUGAUAAAGAAGGCAUCCGAUGGGCAAAGUGCAACAGGAAAAGACUCAGUGAUCUGCGUUUCAGAGCCACUGGAUUAACAGAUGGACACUCUUAUGAAUUCCGAGUGUCUGCCGAAAAUGCUGCAGGUGUUGGCACACCAAGUGAACCAUCUGAAUAUUACAAAGCCUGUGAUGCAACCUAUCCCCCUGGCCCGCCAAACAAUCCCAAAGUGACAGACCAUUCAAGCACAACUGUUUCCCUUGCAUGGAGUCGGCCUAUUUAUGAUGGUGGUGCACCAAUCUCUGGAUAUAUUGUUGAGAUGAAAGAAGCCAUUGAUGAUGAAUGGACACUAUGCACACCAAACACUGGUGUACAAACAACUCACUUUACAGUGAAAAAUCUGAAGGAAAAUGCAGAAUACAACUUCCGUAUUUGUGCCGUUAAUAUUGAAGGUGCUGGAGAUCAUAUUGAUGUUCAAGGCUCUGUAAUUGCUGCUGAGAAACUUGAAGCCCCAGAAGUAGAGUUAGGCGCUGAUCUGAGGAAAAUUGUGACUGUUCGUGCAAGUGCAACACUACGCUUAUUUGUUACCAUCAGGGGAAGGCCUGAGCCUGAAGUUAAAUGGACAAAGGCAGAGGGUACCCUAACAGAACGUGCCCAAAUUGAAGUAACAAGCUCUUACACCAUGCUUGUUAUUGACAAUGUUGACAGAUUUGAUACCGGCAAAUAUGUUUUAACUCUUGAAAACAACAGUGGCACCAAAUCUGCAUUCAUAAAUGUCAGAGUCCUGGACUCCCCAAGUGCUCCUGUGAACUUUGUCAUUAAAGAUAUCAAAAGAGACUCAGUCCAGCUGCAGUGGGACCCUCCACAUAUUGAUGGUGGUGCCAAGAUUACUCAUUACAUUGUCGAGAAGCGUGAAGCUAAGAGAAUGGCAUUUACAUCUGUGACAAAUAACUGUGUCAGGAAUUCAUUCAGGGUUGAUGAUCUGCAAGAGGGAGGUGUUUAUCACUUCCGUGUACUUGCAGUGAAUGAACUUGGUGUUGGCUUGCCAGCAACCACCACAGAGCCGGUCAAAGUGUCCCAAGCACCUCUACCACCAGGUAAGGUUACACUUGUUGAUGUAACUCGGCACACUGUGAGUCUUUCUUGGGAAAAGCCAGACCAUGAUGGUGGUAGCAAAAUAACAGGUUACAUAGUAGAGAUGUUGACUAAAGGAUCAGAUAAAUGGACUGUAUGCACAACAGUAAGAAUGCCUGAAGCUACAAUUGAAGGACUUACAACGGGGGAGGAAUAUUCAUUCAGAAUUUCUGCCAUGAAUGACAAAGGAAAGAGUGAUCCUAAACCACUUGGAGCACCUGUGGUUGCCAAGGAUAUCACUAUUGAACCCGUUAUUGACUUGGUAUUUAAUACAUACAGUGUUAAAUCUGGGGAAGAUCUCAAAAUUGAUGUUCCAUUUAGAGGUAGACCUCACCCAGAAGUGACAUGGAAGAAGGAUGGCCAUACCCUGAAGCAAACAACCAGAGUAAAUGUUCUUGCAUCCAAAAUGUCUUCAAAGAUUGUUAUCAAAGAUGCAACAAGGGAAGAUGCUGGAAAAUAUGAAAUCACACUGAUUAAUUCAGUCGGUGUGAAAUCAGCUGAAAUAACAGUUAUCAUUCUUGACAAACCAGGUCCACCAAUUGCAAUCAGAGUAGAUGAAGUAAGUGCAGAUUACAUUUCAUUAUCAUGGGAUCCUCCAGUUUAUGAUGGUGGGUGUCAGAUCAAUAAUUAUGUUGUUGAGAAGAGAGACACGACCACUACAACAUGGCAAAUUGUUUCAGCUACAGUGGCAAGGACAUCAAUUAAAGUAUCCCACUUGACAAUGGGAACAGAAUAUCAAUUCCGUAUUGCUGCUGAAAAUCGUUAUGGCAAGAGCCAUGCUGUUGACUCUGCACCAAUUGUUGCACAAUACUCCUUCACACCACCUGGCCCUCCAACUGACCUUCAAGUUGCUCAUGCUACUAAGUCAGGCAUGUUGGUUAAAUGGAAAAAACCAGCCAGUGAUGGUGGAAGUCCAGUCACUGGAUAUCACUUGGAAUGCAAGGGACAAAGCAGCAUUCUCUGGACUAAGAUCACUAGGGGUCUUGUUUCUGAUACACAAUUUAAAGUAACUGGUCUUGAAGAGGGUCUUCUCUAUCAGUACAGAGUAUAUGCAGAGAAUAUUGCAGGAAUUGGACCUUGCACAAAAGCCUGUGAGCCUGUUGCUGCAAGAGAUCCAUGUGAUCCUCCAGGUCAGCCAGUUGUUACUAACAUUACAAGAACUUCUGUUUCUCUCUCCUGGGCAAAACCUGAAAAUGAUGGUGGUGCCAAGGUGACUGGUUACAUUGUAGAGCGAAGAGAGCUACCAGAUGGUCGUUGGUUGAAAUGUAAUUUCACCAAUCUCCAAGAAACAUUCUUCGAUGUGACUGGCCUGAUUGAAGAUCAAAGAUAUGAUUUCCAUGUAAUUGCAAAGAAUGCAGCUGGGUUACUUAGUCAGCCGUCAGAGUGUACAGGCCCUGUUACAGUGAAAGAUGAUGUUGAUCCUCCACGCAUUACAAUUGAGGAAAAUCUCAGACAACUAGUUGUAGUCAAAGCAGGAGAUAUACUAAGAAUUGAUGCUGAAAUUUCUGGCCGCCCGGCUCCAGUGAUUUCAUGGGCAAAGGAUGGAAAAGAAAUUGAUUCUAAAGCAAGAAUUGAAAUUUCUUCAACAUUCACAACCACAACACUAAUUGUAAGAGACACCAUCAGAAGAGACACUGGACAGUAUGUUCUCACAUUACAGAAUGUUGCUGGUACCAGAUCUUUAGCAGUGAACUGUAAAGUGCUUGAUAGACCUGGUCCAUCUUCUGGACCAUUGGAAGUAACGGGUCUAACAGCAGAAAAAUGUACAUUAACUUGGGGACCACCCCAAGAAAAUGGGGGUGCUGAAAUUCAACACUACGUUGUUGAGAAGCGUGAAACAAGCCGUCUUGCCUGGACAUUAGUCUAUGGAGACAUGAAGGCCACAACAUGCAAAGUUACAAAACUGCUUAAGGGCAAUGAAUACAUUUUCAGAGUCCGGGGAGUAAAUAAAUAUGGAACUGGGGAAGCUCUUGAGAGUGAUCCCGCUAAGGCCCUAGAUCCAUUUACAGUGCCUGCUGCCCCAACAAAUGUUGAAGUCACAAGUGUUACAAGUGAAGCUAUGACAAUCUGCUGGGAAAGGCCCAUUUCUGAUGGUGGCAGUAGUAUUAGUGGCUAUGUCAUAGAAAAACGUGAAAAAUCAGGUCUUCGUUGGGUUCGUGUCAACAAAAAGCCUGUUUAUGACUUGAGGGUCAAGGCCUCCAAUCUUCGUGAAGGAUGUGAAUAUGAAUACCGUGUAUAUGCAGAGAAUGCUGCAGGUUUGAGUACACCAAGCCUUCCCUGCCCAUUGACGAAGGCAGAGGAUCCAUUAUUUUUGCCAUCUCCACCAGCGAAACCAAAGGUAAUUGAUUAUACCAAGUCCACAAUAACACUCUCUUGGAACAAGCCAUUGUUUGAUGGUGGUUCUCCAGUCACAGGAUACUCAAUUGAAUAUAGGAAAACCAAUGAUGAGGACUGGAUUGUUGGGGUGCAGCACACUAAUAACACAGAGUUUACAGUUGUAGGGCUGACAUUAGGAGCAGAAUAUGUCUUUGUGGUUAGGUCAAUUAAUAAAAUUGGUCCAAGUGAGCCAAGCCAGGAGACUGAUCCACAAGUAGCAAAGGACAGAGAAGAUGAACCCGUUUUCCUCAUCAGUAAUGAAAUGCGAAAAACACUGAUUGUCAAAGAUGGCAGCUCAUUCACCCUAAGAGUCCCUUUCAAGGGAAAGCCUGUGCCAAAUGUAAUAUGGAACAAGCCUGAUGUUGAUCUCAGAGUUCGGGCAACAAUUGAUACCACAUACACUUGCACAUCUGUCACAAUUGAGCAAGCUACAAGAAAUGACUCAGGGAAGUACACUGUGACUCUACAAAAUGUUGCUGGAACAGCCACACUAACACUGAAUGUAAAAGUGCUCGAUUCACCUGGACCACCUGCCAGUCUUUCAGUUAAGGAAGUGACCAAAAACUCUGCAACAAUAACAUGGGACACACCAGAAAAUGAAGGUGGUGCUCCUGUCAAGAACUACCUUGUAGAUCUGCGUGAGGCAAGCAAAAAAGGAUGGACAAGAGUCACAGACAGUUGUCCCAGACUUACAUUUAAAGUAACUGACCUUCAAGAGGGAGGCAUUUAUUAUUUCAGAGUCACUGGUGAAAACGAAUAUGGAACUGGAGUACCACUUGAAACUAAAGAAGGAACUAAAAUUACAGAAAAACCAAGUCCACCAGCAAAGCUUGGAGUAACUGAUGUUACAAAAGAUACUGUCUCAUUAGCUUGGAGUAAACCUGAGCAUGAUGGAGGUAGUAGAAUUACCAAUUACCAGGUGGAUGCGCUAGAGAAAGGACAACAGAACUGGAUAAAAUGUGGUGUCACCAAAUCAACUCACUUUGUUGUCUAUGGGUUAAGAGAAAAUGCGGAAUACUACUUUAGAGUUCGUGCUGAAAAUCAUGCUGGACUUAGUGACCCUAAAGACAUGGUUCUGCCUGUUCUUGUUAAAGAUCAACUCGAGGCACCUGAAAUUAACAUGAAGAACUUUCAACACAAUACAGUCUAUGUAAAGGCAGGUUCAAAUCUUAAAGUAGAGAUCCCACUUACUGGUAAACCUUUACCAAAAGUAUCACUCUCAAAGGAUGAUCAGGUUCUGAAAUCAACAAUGAGGUUUAAUUCUGAAGUUACACCUGACUGCCUUAUCAUCACCCUGCGUGACAGUGUUGCUCAUGAUGCAGGCAGAUAUGACAUUACAGCCUCAAACUCAAGUGGAACCACCAAGUCCUUUAUUAAUGUUGUUGUCCUGGACAGACCGAGUCCACCUGUUGGUCCCGUUGAGAUGUGUGAUAUCACAGAGGACAGUGUAAGUCUGAAAUGGCUCCCUCCUGCAUAUGAUGGUGGCAGCCCAAUCACCAACUAUAUUGUUCUAAAACGUGAAACAACAACAGCAAACUGGGUUGAAGUUUCAUCUGCAGUCGCAAGAUGCAUGAUCAAGAUUAUGAAACUAACUACUGGAGUUGAGUAUCAGUUCAGAAUUAGGGCUGAAAACCGCUUUGGCAUCAGUGAUCACAUCGAUUCUCCAACUGUCACAGUCAAUCUGCCAUAUACAAUUCCUGAGGCACCUUCAACACCAUGGGUAUCUGUUGUCACUAGAGAAAGUAUUAGUGUCAACUGGAAAGAACCUUCUUCUGAUGGAGGAAGUCUUAUAUUUGGAUACCACCUUCAGAUGAAAGACAAAAACAGUAUUUUGUGGAAGAAAGUCAACAAAACUGUUAUCCGUGCCACACAUUUCAAAGUGACAAACAUCAAUCCAGGCCUUAUCUACGAGUUCAUGGUUGCAGCUGAAAAUGCUGCUGGCAUUGGUCCUGUCAGCAAAAUUUCAGAUGCUGUACUGGCAAUUGAUGCUUGUGAACCACCAACUGAUGUCUGUGUCACUGAUAUCACAAAGAGUUCAAUAAGCCUUGCAUGGAGUAAACCUUCCUAUGAUGGUGGAAGCAAAGUGACAGGGUAUAUGAUUGAGAAGAAAGAUGGUCCAAAAGGCAAAUGGUUCAAAGUUAAUUUAUCAAAGGUUUCUGAUACCAAGUUCACUGUAUCAGGUCUCAUUCAAGAUGAAUCUUAUGAAUUUAGAGUCUUAGCCAAGAAUGCAGUUGGCUCUGUCAGUAACCCAUCUGAUACUGUUGGGCCAGUUACAUGUGUGGAUACCUUUGGUGCUCCUGAAAUUGAACUUCCUCAGGAAUACCUGGAUGUUUUAAAAUAUAAAGCAGGAGAAACCGUUCAGCUUAGAACUGGUAUUAUUGCUAAACCUCAGCCAACAAUUGAAUGGUACAAAGAUGGAAAAGAGCUGGAAUCUGGAGCUCAGUAUAUUAUUUCAAACACCACUGAUUCUGCAUGCAUCUCAAUAAAGGAUGCUACACGUAUAAAUACUGGAACAUAUGAGCUCAAGAUCAAGAAUUCUUUGGGCUCAGCAUAUGCUGCUAUCAGAGUACUUAUUCAAGACAAACCUGGGCCCCCUUCGGGAGAGAUUCAGUUCAAGAAGAUCACAGCAGAUAGCAUAACCAUCAUGUGGGAUCCUCCAGCUGAUGAGGGUGGUGCAAUGGUUACCCAUUACAUUGUGGAGAAACGUGAGAGUAGCAGAAUCAUGUGGUCCAUAAUAUCUGAGAAACUGGAAGAGUGCAUUGUCUCUGUUUCAAGGCUGAUCAAAGGAAAUGAGUACAUCUUCCGUGUUCGUGGGGUGAACAAAUAUGGAGUUGGUGAUCCUCUAGAAUCUGAGCCUGUCAUUGCACAGAACUCGUUUGUACCUCCAAGCCAACCUUCCAAACCUCAGGUCACCAUGAUUACCAAAUCAACAAUGACUGUCAUAUGGGAAAGACCAAGUCUAGAUGGUGGCAGUGAUAUUGAUGGAUAUUAUCUGGAGAAGCGAGAAAAGAAGAGUCUACAGUGGUUCAAGGUCAUCAAAGAUCCAAUUCGUGAUACUAGGCAAAAAGUCAGCAAUCUCACAGAGGGAAAUGAGUAUCAGUAUCGUGUUUGUGCAAUUAAUAAAGCCGGUGCGGGUCAAUACUCUGAUGCAUCCAUCUUCUAUAAAGCAUAUAAUCCCAUUGAUCCACCAAGUGAGCCGACAAAACUUAAAAUUGUUGAUUCAACCAAGACUUCAAUUACACUUGGGUGGAUGAAGCCUGUGUAUGAUGGUGGCAGUGAAAUCACAAGCUACAUAGUUCAACAGAUGACAGCUGAUGAAAAGGAAUGGGUCACUAUUAGCUCCAAGGGUGAAGUAAGAACCACAGAGUAUGUGGUGUCACAUUUAAAACCUGGAUUGUACUAUUACUUCCGCAUCUCUGCUGUUAACUGUGCUGGAGUUGGACGUCCAAUUGAAAUGAUUCAGCCAGUACAAGCUAAGGAUAUUCUGGAGGAGGCUGAUGUUGAUCUUGAUAUUUCAAUGUCAACUCAAUAUACAGUAAAGGCUGGAAGAGAUGUGGAAAUCAUGAUUCCUCUAAAAGGCAGACCUACACCAAAUGUCACAUGGCGAAGAGGAGAUAGGAAUAUUGGUGGAGAUGCAAAAUACAUAAUUAAUAACACAGAGUAUUCAACAACACUUAUUAUUCCGAAGGUCACUCGGGACGAUUCAGGCAAAUAUCUACUUGAGAUUGAAAAUGGAGUUGGUGAACCAAAGAAUAUUACUAUCUCUGUGAAGGUAUUAGACUCACCAUCUGCUUGUAGUAAGUUGGUUGUGAAAAAUGUUACCCGUGGUAAACUCACUCUCAGCUGGGAUCCUCCUCUUAUUGAUGGUGGAUCUCAAAUUACAAAUUACAUCGUCGAGAAGAAGGAUGCUAAAUUAAAGGCUUACUCCAUAAUUACAACAGAAUGUACCAACACAUCAUGCAAGAUUGAAGGCCUGUCAGAAGAGAUUGCCUAUUUCUUCCGUGUGUCUGCUGAAAAUGAAAAUGGCAUUGGUGAUACCUGUGAGACUAUAGAACCUGUUAGAGCAACUGAGACUCCUGGUCCUGUAAAGAACCUUGUCAUGGUUGACUCAACUAAUACAUCUGUAACUGUGGCAUGGACAAAGCCUGAUCAUGAUGGUGGCAGCCAUAUUUCUGAGUACAUCAUUGAAAAGAGGGAAGAUGAUGUUGUGACAUGGAGCCAUGCUGGUACUUGUAAAUCUUGCAAGUAUGAGGUAACAAAUCUUAAAGAACUCUCAGACUUUUUCUUCAGAGUAUAUGCCAAGAAUGAGAAGGGUUGCAGUGACUUCUCUCAAAUUGGACCCAUUACUGUGAAGGAAUUAGUUAUUCCACCUGAAGCGAACCUUAUUGACUAUCCUAAUGGGGAAAUAUGCGUCAGAAUUGGACAAAAUGUGAACAUUGAACUGCCAUACAAGGGUAAACCCAAACCUGCAAUUCAGUGGAUGAAAGAUGAUUUUCCACUGAAGGAAAGUGAACAGGUUCGCUUCAGAAAAACAGAGAAUAAAGCAAGCCUAAUUGUGAGAAAUGCAAGAAAGGAGAAUGCAGGAAAAUAUACUCUGGUCCUUGACAAUAGACUUGUCAAGAACUUCUUUGACAUCAAGGUCAUCACUCUUGGGCCACCCUCUGCACCAGUGGGCCCUGUCCGGUUUGAUGAAAUCAAAGCACAGAGCAUUAUUAUCUCAUGGAAUGAGCCACAGGAAGAUGGUGGUGGAGAAAUCACCUGCUACAGUGUGGAAAAAAGAGAGACUUCUCAAACAACUUGGAAAAUUGUUUGUUCAAGUGUAGUCAGGACCACAUUCAAGAUACCCAAUCUGGUUAAGGGAACUGAAUACCAAUUCAGGGUGCGUGCAGAGAACAAAUAUGGAGUAAGUGAUGCUCUCAACUCAGUGGAUGUUGUUGCCCAACACCAGUAUAAGCCACCAGGUCCACCAGGAAAACCUGUUGUAUUUAAUGUUACAAGUGAUGGCAUGACUGUUUCAUGGGAUGCACCCAGCUUUGAUGGUGGAUCUCCUAUUACCGGCUACCAUCUUGAGAAGAAAGACAGAAACAGCCUCCUGUGGAUGAAAGUGAAUUCCAAUGUAAUCUCUGGAAGAGAGUACAGAGUAAUUGGUCUCAUUGAAGGUCUGGAAUAUUCAUUCAGAGUGUAUGCUCAGAAUAAUGCUGGCACGAGUCCACUCAGUGAGCAAAGCAAACACAGACUAGCUAUUUCUCCUGUUGAUCCUCCUGGCACCCCCAACUGUAUUGAUGUUACAAGAGAUUCUGUCACACUUCAGUGGGAACCACCUAAACGUGAUGGAGGCAGUAGGAUUGUGGGAUACAGUGUUGAGAGACGCCAAGGAAGAGCACGCUGGCUGAGAUGCAAUUUUACUGAUAUCAGUGAAUGCCAGUUUACAGUGACAGGACUUGCUUGUGGUGACCGCUUUGAAUUUAGAGUAAUUGCCAGAAAUGCUGUUGGAACAGUCAGUCCACCAUCACAGUCAUCUGGCUACAUCAUGACCAGGGAUGAAAGUGUUAUCCCUGAGAUUCAGUUUGGUGCUGAAAAGGCUCUGACAAUCAAGGCUGGAGAAAACAUCAAACUGAGCUGCACUAUUAGUGGCCGUCCUGUGCCUCAGGUUACAUGGUAUAAGGAUGGGAAACAGCUUGACAAAAUGCUUGUGGAUAUCACAACCUGUAUCGGAUCAAGUUCACUGUUCAUUAGAGACGCUGAUCGUAAUGAUCGUGGAAUCUACACUGUUGAAGCCAAAAAUAGCUCUGGAACAACAAAGGAGGAUGUUCUUGUCAGAGUACAAGAUACUCCUGGACCACCUGAGGGCCCACUACGCUUCACAAAUAUCUCUGCUGAGAAGGCCUCUCUUUGGUGGAGUCCCCCAGAAAAUGAUGGCUGUGCAGCGAUCACUCAUUAUGUAAUUGAAAAGCGUGAGACCUCCCGUAUUACUUGGGCACUUGUUACAUCUAAGUGUGAAGCCUGCUCUUUCAGUGCCACCAAGUUGAUCAAGGGAAAUGAGUAUCAGUUCCGUGUUUCUGCUGUCAACAGUUUCGGUGUUGGCAAACCACUCGAAUCAGAUCCAAUUGUCGCUAAAAUGCAGUACACUGUACCAGAUGCUCCAGGAACACCUGACUGCACUCAUGUGACAGGAAACAGUCUUACAAUAUGUUGGACAAGACCAAGACUUGAUGGUGGAAAUGAGAUAAAGCACUAUAUCCUUGAAAGGAGAGAAAAGAAAAGUUUACAAUGGGUAAAAGUUUCAGCAAAAAGACCGAUCACAGAGCUUAGACAAAGAGUUACAAACUUGACUGAAGGAAAUGAAUAUGAAUUCCGUGUUAUGGCUGAAAACGGGGCUGGUGUCGGACCACCAAGCGGAAUAUCAAGACUAUUUAAGUGCAGAGAACCUACAAGUGCACCUAGCGCACCAACAGUGGUAAAAGUCAGUGACUCAACAAAGACCUCUGUGUCCCUGGAAUGGACCAAACCAGUUUUUGAUGGUGGUAUGGAGAUCAUUGGUUACAUUAUUGAAAUGUGCAAAGCAAGCCUUGAAGAAUGGCACAGAGUCAAUAGCCAGACUUGUAUCCAUACCUCAUACACAGUUACAGAUUUAGAACCAGGUGAAGAGUACAAAUUCCGUGUGUGUGCUGUUAAUGGUGUUGGAAAGGGAGAGGCAUCUGAGAUUCCAAAUGCAGUGCAGGCAGUUGACAGACUGACAUCACCAGAGAUUGACAUUGAUGCAGAUUUCAAACAGACACAUAUUGUGAAAAGUGGAGGAACAGUUACUCUUAAUAUCCCUUUCUGUGGAAAACCUACACCCCUGGCUACAUGGUCAAAAGCAGGUGGAGAACUUGGUGUGAUGGUAGAUAUUCAUACUACAGACACCUUCAGCACAUUAACAAUUGAAAACUGUACCAGAUUUGAUGCUGGCAAAUACACACUUUCUCUUGAGAACAACAGCGGUCGUAAAUCCAUUACAUUAACAGUAAAAGUGCUGGACACACCUGGGCCACCAGGUCCUCUCUCAUUCAAAGAUGUGACAAGAGGGGCUUUGACGCUCAUGUGGGAUGCUCCAUCUAAUGAUGGAGGUGCUCGUAUUCAUCAUUACAUUAUUGAACAACGUGAGGCAAAUCGCCUGAGCUGGCAAGAGGUCAAUCCCAGGUGUACACGCCAAAUUCUAAGAGUAACCAAUCUUGCAGUUGGUGUAGCAUACUGCUUCAGGGUCACAGCUGAAAAUCAGUAUGGUAUAGGUGAGCCUUAUGAAAUGUCAGAACCUAUUAUUGCCACUGAGGAGCCUGCACCACCCAAGAGACUGGACAUUAUUGAUACAACAUCUUCAACAGCCACCUUAGUAUGGAUGAAACCUGAACAUGAUGGUGGAAGCCGCAUCACAGGAUACAUUGUUGAGACCAGAAAAAAGGGUUCUGAUCACUGGGUUGUUGGUGGUCAAACAAAAUCUUUGAAGAUGAUCCUAGAGGGCUUGGUUGAGAACACAGAAUAUGAAUUCCGGGUCAAAGCACAAAAUGAUACUGGAGUCAGUUAUCCAAGAGAUGCACUCACCUCUGUCAUCAUCAAAGAACCUCGCAUUGAACCAACUGCAGACCUUAGUGGCAUCAGCAAACAGCUUAUUACCUGCAAGACUGGCAAUUCCUUUACCAUUGAUAUUCCCAUUAGUGGCAGACCAGCUCCAAAAGUAACAUGGAAGCUUGAGGAGAUAAAACUAAAGGAAACAGAAAGAGUUUCUAUGAAGACUUCUAAUGUGAAAACUACCCUACUGGUUAAGGAUGCCAAGAGAGGGGACAGUGGAAAAUACUACCUUACUCUAGAGAAUGUGGCUGGGGCAAAGACAUUCAGUAUUACUGUAGUUGUCUUUGGCAGACCAAGCCCACCCACUGGCCCAGUAGAAAUCUCAGGAAUCACAUCAGAAUCCUGUGUGUUGUCAUGGGCUGAACCUACAGAUGAUGGUGGAUCAGAUAUAACUAAUUAUAUAGUUGAGAAACGUGAAUCUGGUCAAACUUCAUGGCAGGUUGUGAACUCAAGUGUGAAACGACCAACCAUUAAAGUCACCCAUUUGACAAAAUACAUGGAGUACACAUUCCGUGUCUGUGCAGAGAACAAGUUUGGUGUUAGCAAACCAAUUGAAUCUCAAGCUAUUGUAGCAGAACAUCCAUUUGUACCACCAAGUCCACCUACACGUCCAGAUGUGGUAUUCGUAUCUGCUAAUGCUAUUUCCAUUAAAUGGGAUGCUCCAUAUCAUGAUGGUGGAAGCAAGGUGACUGGAUAUUGGAUCGAGAAGAAAGAGCGCAACACCAUUUUAUGGACACGGGAAAAUAAAAUCCCAUGCACUGAGUGUCAUUAUAAGGUCUCCAAUCUUAUUGAAGGCCUUGAAUAUCAAUUCCGUGUAUAUGCCAUGAACAUUGCUGGUCUAAGCAAAGCCAGUGAAGCUUCAAGACCAGUGCUGGCUUUGAAUCCAGUUGAUCCCCCUGGCAAACCAGAAGUAUACGACAUUACAAGAUCUUCAGUUUCUAUUAAAUGGUCUGUACCAUUUAAUGAUGGUGGCAGCAAAUUGGUUGGAUAUGUAGUGGAACGUAAGGCAUCCACUGAUGAGGAUGAAACUCGUUGGUUGAAGUGCAACUACACUACUAUCACAGACAACUUCUUCACUGUUACAUCACUAGAAGAGGGAUCAGUUUAUGAAUUCCGUGUCAUUGCUAAAAAUUGUGCAGGAGUCCACAGUAUGCCAUCGGAAUCAACAGGCCCUAUCACAUGCAAGGAUGAAUACACACCACCAAAGGCCGAGUUAGACAGCAAACUUGUCGGUGAGACAAUAACUAUUAGGGCUGGAUCAGACCUUGUUCUUGAUGCUGCAAUAGGUGGUAAACCUGAACCCAAAGUAUGGUGGUCUAAGGGUGAUAAGGAGUUGGAGAUUGGUGAUAAGUACUCAUUGACAUACACCAGCACAAGAGCUAUGGCAAUCAUCAAGUCAUGUAACAGGAAUGAUACUGGAAAAUAUAUACUGGCUGUUAAGAAUGCCAGUGGAACCAAAACUGCAGCUGUCAAUGUUAAAGUUCUUGAUACCCCUGGUCCUCCAGAUGGUAAAGUCACAAUCAGCAGGGUCACAGAAGAAAAAUGCACAGUUUCUUGGAAGAUACCGCUUGAGGAUGGGGGAGAUUCUGUCACUCACUACAUUGUUGACAGACGUGAGACCAGUAGGCUCAACUGGGUUGUCAUGGAAACUGAAUGCAGGACCCUUUCUUGUGUCAGUACAAAACUGAUCAAGAACAAUGAAUAUAUAUUCCGUGUCAGAGGUGUUAACAAAUAUGGAGCUGGUGUACCACUGGAGUCUGAACCAAUUAUUGCAAGAAAUGCAUAUACUGUUCCAACACCUCCUGGAGCACCAGAAAUUACAGCUGUCGGAAAGCAACAUGUCAUCAUUGAGUGGCUGAAGCCAGAGAAUGAUGGUGGUAGUGAAAUAAAAAAUUUCCUUGUUGAGAAACGUGAGAAGAGCAGUGUAAGAUGGACCAGAGUAAACAAGACAUUCACCAUCUAUGACACAAGACUCAAGAUAACAGGUCUAUUAGAGGGAAGUGAAUACCAAUUCCGUGUUGCAGCUGUCAAUUCUGCUGGUACAAGCUUACCAAGUGAAGCAUCUGAAUAUGCUCUUUGCAAAGAUCCAACCUAUACCCCAGCUCCUCCAUCAACUCCUCGCAUAAUAGAUACUACCAAACACAGCAUCACUAUGACAUGGACCAGACCUAUGUAUGAUGGUGGUUCAGAUGUCAGUGGCUAUGUUGUUGAAAUUCUAGAAGAGGGAACUGAACAGUGGUAUAGAGCCACCCAGAAGAUCCUGACUACUAAUGAAUAUACUGCAGCUGGUUUAACAAGCAACAAGAAGUACAGUUUCAGAGUUGCUGCAGUGAAUGCAAUGGGCACUGGAGAGUUCAGUGAAGGCAGUGUGGAGACUGCACCUAAAGAAAGAGUUGAAAUUCCUGACAUUGAACUACCUGAAGAACUGAGGAAAACAGUUUGUCUGAGAGCUGGUAGCACUUUACAUCUAAAUGCAACUAUACUUGGUAGACCACUGCCAGUUGUUACCUGGAGAAAGUCUGGCAUAGACCUUCAGUCACGGGGGUACAUUGAGACAACAGAGAGCACUACAACUUUAAUAGUGGAGAAGGUUCACCGUUAUGAUGCUGGAAAAUACACAAUCGAGGCUGAAAAUCCAUCUGGCAAGAAGACAAUUACCAUUCUUGUCAAGAUAUAUGAUUCUCCUGGUCCCUGUGGCGCAGUCAAGGUCAAGGAUUACACUAAAGAAUCAGUUGUCAUUACAUGGGAUGUCCCUACUAUUGAUGGAGGGGCUCCUAUCAACAACUACAUUAUUGAAAACCGUGAAGCAUCAAUGAAAUCUUAUAAAACCGUGACAAUGGAAUGCAAGAAGACAUUGUACAGAAUCAGUGGGUUAGAGGAAGGAACACGAUACUUCUUCAGAGUACUGCCUGAAAACAUAUAUGGCAUUGGAGAACCUUGUGAAACCACUGAAUCUGUGCUGGUAUGUGAAAUUCCAUCUGUUCCUCAAGAUUUGCAAGUCAUUGACAUUACAAAGUCCACCGUCACUCUUGGAUGGGAGAAACCGCUUUUCGAUGGUGGCAGCAGACUUACUGGUUAUGUUAUUGAAGCCUGUAAGAAAGGAACAGACCGAUGGAUGAAUGUUGCAAAUGUGAAAGCAUCAGUGUUUCAGCACACCAUAGAUUCUCUGAAUGAGAAUGAGCAAUACUUAUUUAGAAUCAAAGCUGAAAACAGCAGGGGGGUCAGUGAGCCCAGAGACCUGAUGACACCUGUGACUAUUCAAGAACAGAGAGUUAUACCAAAGAUUGAUCUGGCUAGCAUUCCUCAAAAGAUGGUAAAUGUGCAUGCUGGCAAGCCAAUUGUGCUCAACAUUCCCAUCAUUGGAAGACCUGCACCAUCUUGCUCGUGGUUCUUUGGUGGCAUUAAGAUGAAAGACAAGCUUGACCGUAUUAAAAUUGAGACAACUGCUAAGUACACUAAACUAACGGUUCGUGAAACUACUCUUGAUGAUACCGGUGACUAUACUCUUGAAGUAAAAAAUAUCACAGGAGUCGCUACAGAAAUCAUCAAAGUCAUCAUUCUUGAUAAACCUGGCAUUCCAGUUGGGCCUAUGAGAAUUGAUGGAAUUGAUGCCACAUCUAUAACAUGCGGCUGGGAGCCACCAGUGAAAGAUGGAGGUGCCAAUAUCAGUGGCUAUAUAGUUGAGCAACGAGAUGCUCAUCGCCCUGGUUGGUUGACUAUUUCUGAAUCUGUCACUAGACCAACAUUCAAAUUCACUAGACUUACUGAGGGAACAGAAUAUGUGUUCCGUGUGGCUGCAACAAAUCGUUUUGGUGUUGGUGCAUUCCUUCAGUCUGAAGUUGUUGAAUGCAAGAGUGCCAAGACUGUUCCUGGUGCACCAAGCAUGCCUGAAAUAUUUGAUGUGUCUCAUGAUGGUAUGACACUCACCUGGAAACCACCAGAAGAUGAUGGUGGUUCCUCAGUGGCCGGCUACAUCAUUGAGCGUAAAGAAACUAGAUCUGACAGAUGGGUGCAAAUCAACAAGAAUCCAGUGACAAUGACGAGAUACAGAUCAACUGGACUAAUUGAAGGUCUCGAAUAUGAGUACAGAGUGACAGCUAUGAACUCCAGAGGCACUGGCAAACCGAGUCUGAGCUCAAAGCCAGUGAUUGCAAUGGAUCCUAUUGAACCUCCAGGCAUACCUUUGAACCCAAGAGUCACAGAUACAACCAGGACAUCUGUGUCAUUGGCAUGGUCUCCCCCAGAGGAAGAGGGAGGUGCCAUCAUCACUGGUUACCUGAUAGAGAUGCAGAAAGUUGACCAGAUUGAAUGGACCAAAUGUAAUACAACUCCAACAAAGAUUUGUGAAUACACACUGACGCAUAUGCCCCAAGGUGCUGAGUAUAGGUUCCGUGUGAUGGCAUGUAAUGCUGGUGGACCUGGAGAACCAGCUGAGAUUCCAGGAGUAGUUAAAGUCACGGAAAUGCUUGCAUAUCCUGAUUAUGAGCUGGAUACAAAAUACCAGGAGGGUUAUAUCGUCAGACAAGGUGGAGUUGUCAGACUCUCUGUGCCAAUUAAGGGAAAACCAUAUCCAACCUGUAAAUGGACAAAGGAAGGCCGCGAUAUUUCUCACCGAGCUAUGAUUGCCACCAGUGAAGAACGCACAGAGCUAGUGAUCAAGGAAGCUCACAGGGAUGACACUGGAACCUAUGAUCUUGUGUUGGAGAACAAAUGUGGAAAGAAAGCGGUGUACAUCAAAGUUAAAGUUAUUGGACGCCCAGAUCCACCUGAAGGCCCUCUGGAGUUUGAUGAUAUUCAAGCUCGUUCUGUAAGAGUGAGCUGGAGACCACCUUCAGAGGAUGGUGGCUCUGAUAUUCUUGGUUACAUUGUGGAGAGACGUGAGGUACCAAAGGCAGCAUGGUACACUGUGGACUCUCGAGUGGUUGACACUUCGCUAGUGGUCAAAGGACUGAAAGAAAAUGUUGAGUACCACUUCAGAGUAUCAGCAGAGAACCAGUUUGGAAUUAGUAGAUCUCUAAAAUCAGAUGAAUCAGUUAUACCAAAGACACCACUCUGUCCACCUGAGCCUCCCAGCUUCCCUCCAGAAAUUAUGGAUGUCACAAAAACCACUAUUGGUCUGUCUUGGUCAAGACCAAAGGAUGAUGGUGGCUCUCGUGUCACUGGAUAUUAUAUUGAAAGAAGAGAGUUGUCGACUGAAAAAUGGGUGCGUCACAACAAGACUCACAUCACAACUACGAUGUAUACUCUCACCGGCCUUAUCCCUGAUGCACAGUAUCAGUUCCGUGUGAUUGCUCAGAAUGACAUUGGUCAAAGUGAGCCUGGACCUGUAUCUGAAGCAGUUGUGUGCAAGGAUCCAUUUGAUAAACCAAGCCAACCAGGUGAUAUCGACAUCAUCUCAAUUACCAAGGAUUGCAUUACCAUUCAUUGGCUGCGCCCAGAAUCUGAUGGUGGCAAAGAAAUUCUUGGAUAUUGGAUUGAGUUUAGACAAGCAGGUGAAAGUGCCUGGAAAAAAUGCAACAAAGAGCGUUCAAAAGACAGGCAGUUUACCAUGGGUGGUCUCAUGGAGGCAACAGAAUAUGAAUUUAGAGUUUUUGCUGAAAAUAAAACUGGACUGAGCAGACCCCGUAGAACUGCCAUGGGCAUCAAAACCAAACUGAGUGUUGGAGAAGCACCAAGUCUAAAGGAAGAGAUUAAAGAGACUACCACUAAACUGGGAGAAUCUGGAACACUGACUUGCCAGAUUAUUGGAAGACCUCUUCCAGAAAUCAAGUGGUAUAGAUAUGGAAAGGAACUGACUCAGAGUCGUAAAUACAAAAUAAGCUCUGAUGGCAGAAGUCAUUCUCUAACAGUUUUAACAGAUGAACAAGAAGAUGAAGGUCUUUACACUUGCCGAGCCAUCAAUGAAGCUGGUGAGAUUGAAACCAGUGGCAAGCUUCUUUUGCAGGCUGCACCCCAAUUCCAUCCUGGAUUCCCUCUGAAGGAGAAAUACUAUGCAGGCUGUGGAACAAGCCUACGUCUCCAUGUUGUCUAUAUUGGACGUCCAAUUCCACAAAUCAUGUGGUUUUAUGGCAAGAAACCUCUAAAUUCAUCUGAGAAUGUUAUUAUUGAAAACACAGAGAAUUAUACUCACUUGGUUGUCAGAAAUGUUCAGCGCAAGACAAAUGCUGGCAGGUACAAGGUGCAACUGAGCAACAAAUUUGGCACAAUUGAUACAGUGCUACGUGUUGAAAUCCAGGAUAAGCCUCUGAUUCCUGAAGGGCCAAUUAUUGUUGAAGCCCUCUUGAAGAACUCUGUAAUCAUAAGUUGGAAACCACCUAAGGAUGAUGGUGGUUCAAUGAUCACAAACUAUAUUGUAGAAAAAUGUGAAGCAAAGGAGGGAGAGAAAUGGCAUCUAGUGUCAUCAUCUGUCUCAGGAACCACAUGCCGCAUUCCAAAUCUAACUGAGAGUGCUGGAUAUUACUUCCGGGUUUCUGCCCAGAAUCAGUAUGGUAUUAGUGAGUCAUUAGAGAUUCCUGCUGUUCUAAUCAUCAAGAGUCCAUAUGAGAAACCUGGAAUCCCACAACAGCCAAUGGUUACUUCAGUCACAGAGGAUUCAUGUCUUGUGACAUGGAAACCCCCAUCCAGUGAUGGAGGUGCCAAAAUUAAGAAUUACUAUCUGGAAAAGAGAGAGAAGAAACAGAACAAAUGGAUUGCUGUUACAACUGAAGAAAUACAUGAGACAUGCUAUACUGUUAAAGGCCUUAUUGAAGGCUUUGAGUAUGAAUUCCAUGUCAAAUGUGAGAACAUUGGCGGAGAGAGUGACUGGAGUGAGAUUUCAGAACCCAUCAUUCCAAAGUCAGACACAGCUCCUCGUGCUCCCUUCUUUAAAGAGGAACUGAGAAAUAUGUGUGUUAAAUAUAAAGCCAAUGCAACCUUUGUUACUAAGGUCAUUGGAUAUCCCAAGCCGAUAGUAAAAUGGUACAAGAAUGGCAAAGAAAUUUUACCAGAUGGUGAGAAAAUCAAGAUCCAAGAAUUCAAAGGAGGCUACUACCAACUUGUUAUCAGUAAUGCAGACGAGAAUGAUGUGGCUGUUUACCAAAUUAGAGCCACAAAUCAGGAAGGAUCAAUCUCUACAACUGUAACACUUGAUGUUGAAGUUCCUGCCAAGGUUCACUUGCCAUUACAUCUACAAGGUAUGGGAGCUGUUCAUGCUCUUCGUGGUGAGGUGGUCACCAUCAAGAUUCCAAUCAGUGGUAAACCUGAUCCUGCGAUCACAUGGCAGAAGGGACAAGAGAUAAUUAAUAACACAGCAUAUCAUCAAGUGAUUGUAACAAGAUCCUUCACAUCCCUUGUGUUCCAAAAGGGAGUGCAAAAGAAAGAUGCUGGUUACUAUAUAAUUUGUGCCAAGAAUAGAUUUGGUGUUGAUAAACAGACAGUUGAACUCGAUGUUGCUGAUGUACCUGAUCCACCUAAGGAUGUUAAAGUAAGUGAUAUUGGAAGAGAUACCAUCACACUCACAUGGACUCCUCCAAAUAAUGGUGGAAGUGAUAUCAUCAGCUACAUAGUAGAGAAGUGCCCAGAAUCUGGUGACCGGUGGAUUCGUGUUGCCCAGACAUCUGAAUCACAAUAUACUGCAAUGAGCCUAUUUGGUAAGACCAAAUACCAGUUCCGUGUUAUUGCAGAAAACAGAUUUGGUCUGAGUAACCCAUCUGUGCCAACGGAACCUGUAACAGCAAGAGAAGACAAGUUAGCAAUUAGAAAUUAUGAUGAAGAAGUGGAUGAAGAAAGAGAAAUUACAAAAGAAGAAGCACCUCAUUCCAAAGUUAAGAAUUUGCCAUCUCUUUACAAAAUCUCGGAGGAACUAGCACGAUAUGGGCACUUUGGUAUUGUUCAUCGUUGUGUUGAAAUUAGCUCCAAGAAGACUUUCCUAGCUAAACUCAUUAAGGUGAAAGGAGCUGAUAGAGAGCUAGUUGCCAGAGAGAUUGAAACACUCAAUAUUGCAAGGCACAAGAACUUACUUUAUCUUCAUGAGUCCUUUGAUAGCUUGGAAGAAUAUGUUCUAAUCUAUGAAUUCAUAUCAGGGAUGGACAUCUUUGAACGUCUUGGAACAAAUUUUGACCUCACUGAGCGGGAAAUUGUUCUGUACCUGAGACAAGUUUGCCAUGCUCUCAAGUUCCUUCAUAGCCUCAACUAUGGUCACUUUGACAUAAGACCUGAUAACAUUGUCUACACUACAAGAAAGAGCAGUACAAUCAAGAUUAUUGAAAUGGGCCAAGCCAGGCUGCUGACACCUGGAGAAAAUAUCAGAAUUCAGUUCACAGCACCUGAGUAUUAUGCACCUGAGAUCCACAAUAAUGAUUUUGUUACUACUGCUACAGACAUGUGGUCAGUUGGAGUCAUUGCAUAUGUGCUCCUUAGCGGCCUCAAUCCUUUUGCUGCGGAAUCAACUACAAAGAUGAUUGAACACAUUUCCAAUGCUGAAUACAUAUUUGAUAGUGAGGCCUUCAAAUACACCAGUCUUGAAGGCAUGGACUUUAUUGACAGGCUUCUAACUAAAGAACGCAAACAUCGUAUGACUGCAUGUGAGGCUCUAGAACAUCCUUGGCUCAGGAUGAAAAUAGAAAACAUUAGCUCUAAAGUCAUAAAGACCUUAAGACACAGACGUUAUUACCAGUCAAUAAUCAAGAAGGAAUGGAGCACUGUUAUUUCAGCAGCUCGUGUUGCCUAUGGCGGUGGUUACAGAAACCAGAGGAAUGUUUCAUUUGGCAGAGUGAAAAUUGCACAUCCAGAACAAGGCUUGAGAGCAGGUCCCGUCAUGCAUGGCUCUGCUGAAGAAGGUGGCCAUGUUCGUUUUAUGUGCAACAUUGAAAACUAUGACAAGACUACAGAGGUGACAUGGUACUUUGGCUCUCGUAAAUUGACAGCAAGUCAUAAGUAUGAAAUCAGCUAUGCCAAUGGAGUUGCAAGCAUAUAUGUGAAAGACAUUGAAGAAUGUGAUGAUGGACUAUACAGAUGCAAAGUUGUUAGUGAAGAGAGGGAAGACAAUGCCUACGCAGAGCUGUUUGUUGAGACUGUGAGGUCCUAUCGAGAAUACUUCCUGGGACGUUCACUCAAGAAACCCAAGCGCAGAAUUGAUAGAACCAAACUUCUGCAAAGGCCACCUGAGUUUACUCUGCCACUGUACAAUUGUACAGCAUAUAUUGGAGAGGAUGUACGCUUUGGUGUAACAAUAACCGUUCAUCCAGAGCCACAGGUUACUUGGCUAAAGGCAGGACACAGAAUCAAACCUGAUCCUACAAAAUACACGUUUACAACUGACAAGGGUCUUUAUCAGCUAAUGAUUCACAAUGUUGAGACUGCUGAUGAUGCUGAAUAUACCGUUGUGGCAAAUAACAAGUUUGGUGAAGACAGCUGUACGGCACGCUUAACAGUAACACGUCACCCUCUUGUUGAAGACACAAUGAGGCCAAUGUUCAGACGCCUCUUAGCAAAUAUUGAUUGUGUUGAGGGAGAAAGUGUCCAUUUUUAUUUGAGAGUGUCAGGAACACCGGCACCUACUCUGAAAUGGGAAAAAGAUGGCAAGCCUCUUGAAUUUAGACCACAAGUUGAAGUUGUUCAAGAAGAUGUGGGUUAUUAUGUCCUCCAUAUUAGAGAAACACUAAUUGAGGAUUCUGGCACCUACAGAGUUACUGCAACAAACUCUGCCGGUUCAGCAAGUUGCCAAGCCACACUAAAGGUUGAACGCCUAACAUACAUUAGGAGGGAGUUCAAGAGUGAGGAAGAUAAGCAGACAUACAUACAAAACCAAAUAAAGAAGACUCUAAAAAUGGCAGAAGAAUUCUCAACAGCAGAAGUUACUACAUUUAAUCCUGUAGCACAAGAGGCACUGAAAGAAGCUGCUGAACUGUACAAACCUGCAGUGAGUACCAAGAAUGUGCAGGGUGAGUUUGAUAUCUCUGACAAAGAAGAUAAGGACAUUAAGAGAAUUAAAGAAGAGGGUAGGAAGAUCAGAAUGCCUUAUGAAAUUCCAGAAGCUCGUGUACAUGAUCCAGUUGUUCUUGAGGAAAACAUGACUAUUAAACAUUUUGUUCCUUUAUCUGACAUGAAGUGGUACAGGAAACUUCGUGAUCAAUAUGAAAUUUCUGAACGCAUGGAGAGAGUUGUGCAGAAGAGACAGAAACGCAUUCGACUUUCCAGAUGGGAACAGUUCUAUGUCAUGCCACUUCCCAGAAUCACUGAUCAGUACAGGCCAAGAUGGCGUAUUCCAAAGCUUACGCUAGAUGACCUGGAAACUGUAAGACCAGCUAGGCGCUCACCAUCUCCUGAGUCAGACAUCUUCAGACUGAGAAGGCGUUCCCUGGGUGAUCUUUCAGAGGAAGAUCUCCUCCAACCUGUAGAAGAUUAUGUGACAAAGAGGAGAACUGAAGAAGAAAAGCAACAGCUUGAGGAGGAACUUGAACUUGGAUUCUCUGCCUCUCCUCCAAGUGCUAGCCCUGUUCGCUUUGAACUGUAUGCACUACGCCGUGCAUCACCUAGGAUUGUGCACAAAGCUGAAGUGAAACAUACAGAAGAAACGAAACUUGCAGUAACAACAAGGAAACCUAGUGGUUCUCCACCUCCCAUUUCCCAUUUCAUGAGAAGGAGGAGAUCUCUGUCGCCAACGUAUAUUGAACUGAUGCGUCCCGUCUCUGAAUUGAUAAGACCAUCCCGUGCACCAGUGGAAUAUGAAGGUGAGGCAAUUGAAAGGAGAUCACCCACUCCUGAGAGGACACGACCACGUUCCCCUAGUCCUGUGUCUCCUGAAAGAAGAUCAUCAAGAUCUUCCUCUAGAUUUGAAAGAUCUGCAAGAUUUGACAUCAUGUCUAGAUAUGAAGCAAGAAAAGCUGCUCUGAAAUCUGAGCGCAAGUAUCAAGUUGUAACACAACAACCAUUUAGCCUUGACCAUGCCCCACGAAUCACCGUUAGAAUGCGCUCACACCGUGUACCAUGUGGUCAAGACACUAAAUUCACAUUGAAUGUCCAAUCGAGGCCAGAAGCUGAAAUCCAGUGGUUCCACAAUGGACAACAGAUUCAAGAGAGCAGCAAAUACCACUUUACAGACAUGAGUGGUGUCCUAACCCUUCAGAUUACUGAUUGCCAAGCAGAGGAUAGUGGCACAUACCGUGCUUUCUGUACCAACUCAAAGGGAGAAGCAUCUGACUAUGCAACUCUUGAUGUAUCAGAAGGCGCAUUUACUACAUAUUCCUCAAGACGCAAAGAUGAAGAGGCUCCAGCAGCAUUUGUACCUGAAGUGAUAAAGACAGACUAUUACCAUACAUCGUCAAUUAGGGCAUCUUCUGCGUCAAGGACACACAUGGAGAUCAAAGAAACCAAGAUGAAGUUUACAGAAAGACAUGAAGUUUCUGGUUUUGAAAAAUAUGAGUCUGAAAAACUUGCAUCAUCUCCGAUCAGAUAUGCAUCUACAGAAUACCUGUCAUCUGCUUCGUAUUCAUCCUCAGAACGACAUACAUCAUCUGAAUAUAAGGCAAAAACUGUUGAGUCCUCAGCUACAGCAAGCAUAACUGCUAAGAAAGUCAAAGCCACUCUGUCAGCAAAAAUACUCACCAAACCACACUCUAUAACAGUAUCAUUGGGUGAGUCUGCAAGAUUUACCUGUGAUAUUGAUGGCGAGCCAGCACCAAGUGUCACAUGGAUGCAUGGGCAACAUACUAUUGUCACUUCCCAUCGUGUACAUGUGACAACAACACAAUACAAGUCUGUGCUUGAAAUAUCUUCUGUAGAGUACUCCGAUGAAGGCAGCUACACAGUAGUGGUAGAAAAUUCAGAGGGAAGGCAAGAGGCAAAGUUUAACUUAAACAUCUACAAGUCACCAGAAAAAGAGAAGGUUGUUGCACCAUCCCCUCCAGUUAAAUCACGUGAGCCAGCAGUGAAGUCACCUGAGCUUUUAGUAAAAUCACCAGCAACUUCUGUAGAAUCACCAGGACCUUCAGUGAAAUCUCCUACACCACCCGUCACAUCUCCAUUGCCAUCAGUAAAGUCUCCAGUGCCAUCAGUAAAGCCUCCAGAGGCAUCUGUUAAGUCUCCAGAGCCUUUAGUGAAAUCACCAGAACCCACUGGAGUCAAGUCUCCUGAACCAAAAAUUAAGUCACCUGAGGGUGUCAAAGCGCCACUACGAGUCAAGUCUCCUGAGCCUAGUACUGCUGCUCCAAGAGUUAAGUCACCUGUCCCUGCUAAGCCGUCAGAAGCAAUUACGCCCCCUCUUAGGAUUAAAUCUCCCACAGCCCUAAAAUCUCCUGAGCCAGUAACAUCUCCUCCAAGAGUGAAAUCACCACCUCCAAUUACAUCUCCAGACCAAAUGACCUCACCACAGAGAGUUAAAUCUCCCACAGGCCUGAAGUCACCAGAGCCAAUCACCUCUCCUCAAAGAGUAAGAUCCCCACCAGCAGCCAAGUCUCCUGAGCCGAUAAUGUCACCAAAAAGGGUUAAAUCUCCACUCAGUGUGAAAUCACCAACUCCUUCAAAGGAAGCACCCCCAAAGAUCCUCCAACAACUUAAAGCUGAGGCUUCUGAAGACAAGGUGAAGAUGACCUGUGUUGCUGAAAGCUCUGUAAGGGAUGUUGUGUGGUACAAAGAUAGCAGGAGACUUAGUCAGAGUAGCCAUUAUCAGAUCCAUACUUCUGCUGAUGGUACUUGCUGUCUAUAUAUAUCGGAUGUGUCUGAGAGGGAUCAGGGUGAAUAUUCCUGUGAAAUAUUUGCAAAGAAUGGAGCAGUCUCAAAAACAUCAUUCUCCUUCUUUGGUCAAGUGUUCCAGUCCAUCUACACAAAAAUAACAACUUUUGUGUCUGCACACAUGGCUGUUAAAGAAUCAGUGUCCUCCAAGGCCCAUGUAGGGUUUGAAAUGCUUAAGAAAGAGAGUGCCACGCUCAGCAGUAUGCAUGAGAGUUUCUCCUCAAAAUCCAUCCACAUGGAGAGUGCAGUGCAAGAAACAUCAUUAAGCAGUUCCACCAUGGCUGAAAUGAAAUUUGAAACAAUGUCAAUGUCCAGCCUGUCCUCCAUGACUUCUGAAUCAAUGUAUGCUACGAGCUCAAGCAGUAUGAUGUCAAGUCACUCACAUGCUGAGGGAUCCUCAAUAAGAGCCACUCUACUCAGUGGUCAAGGUUCAGCACCAAAAAUUGAAGCCCUUCCUGAAGAUAUCAGCAUUGAACCUGGGAAGGUUUUGACCAUAGCAUGUGCAUUCUCUGGAGAGCCUUCUCCAAACAUUGAGUGGUCUUGUGGUGGAAAAUCACUUGCAACAUCAGAGGGGAGUGGAAGGUUCCACAUUGAGACUACGGAGGACCUAACCACCCUCAUAAUCACUAGUGUAAAAUCUAGUGAUGCUGGGGUGUACACCCUCAAACUUUCCAAUGAGUAUGGGUCUGACAUAGCAUCUGUCACCAUUAGCGUUCGUUCACUAUAAAUCUAAUAAUGAUACUUUCUUCCCCUUCUCGCAUUAUCUGCCUUUUUAUUUAUUGAAUGAGAAAAAAAAAAGAGAAGAUAUUUACUUAAUGAAUACCUGGAUAUCUGUUCCUGUAAAUAUGAAAUAUUUUUAUAUCAAACUUGACAUUAAUUUAUGCAGAACUAGACUAAAGUCUAAAGUUGUUAUAAAAUGUGCCAUUUUGGAUAAUUAUGACUAGGAUUUUUGGUCAAUUUUUGUGACAUGUACAUAAUGUAUAUAGCCGAAUUUACCGGUUAUGGGAACUGUAUGAAUUGUUAUUUAAGACGAUAUUAACUAAAACAAAUGGAACUAAUUGUUUAUCAGGAGAAAGUUUCUCAUGGAACGAAUACCCUGUUAAAGCUGGAACUAAACUUAGUGCCUCAACAAAAAGUUGAAGUCUUAAGAUUGCCUCAACAGGUAGAGAGGCUCCCUGUUGAAGUUUUACGAAAUUUACGAGACAAAGCUAUACACUGUAUGUGUACAUGUGAUAUUACUAUAAUCACAUCAAUUUCAUAACUUGACCAUAAGACCUUGAAUUCUGCGUGCAUUUACCCUCAUGUAAGCAGCAUGACUAGGUCUUGUGUUCAAACUGAUUAUGUCAUACCACCAUUUUAAAGACAUGCUCAAAGUGCGAGCGGCCUGCACUUCAUGAGCUAAAAUGUUUAAUGUGCCCUGUUUCUGGUAAGGGAUCGCUUGAAUGGACUUUCAAAAUUAACAUCUCCUGGCCAAUAGUAAAAGUCUAUCUUGUACUUCCUUGCAGAAGCAGAGCCUUCUCUUGGAGGAUUGCUUUGUUGCAUUGUGUGUGUGUACUAGUUUUAGAAUUUAUCUUCACAGUUGCUGGGCAAACCAAUGUACCACAGGGACAACAUCUGUGGAAAUAAACAUCUCAAAACAGGAACUAUAUGCCCUAUAUUUUGGUUUGAGUUUAUGUAGAAUUAUAGUAUUACUAAUGAAUGCAACCUCCUUGAGCCUUAUAAUUGAUUCAAUAAAGCAUGUUUUCAGCACUAAAA